GAUCACUGGAUUUCCAAGCUCCAUUUUCCACCAAUCAAGUCCAACAUUACUGGUGUAUUGAGGAGACCUUAAAAAUAAGAACUUUCAAAGGGUUUCCUACAUGUCAAACAUUGUAGCUUCUCAAUUUUAAUGAAGGAGAAAGUUACUUUUGUUCAUUCAUACAUUCAUAAACAUGAUCAGUGUCCAUUCCUGAACACAUCUUAAUGCUGAUUUUUCAAGUUAUGCAAUCUGACCCCCAUUUCACAAGCGUAACAAUGGUCCCAGCCUGGGCUCAUCUACAUGUAUAUUUUACCAUAAUAAUGAUGCAUUAUAAUGGACAAACCGGUAUGAAAUUCCCCCAAUAGUUUGACCAAGCUUUCAUUCACAACUCUUCCAAUGAACAUGAACUUUCCUGCAGGUGAUCACUUGUAUAAAGUCAUGGUUCUACCUCCUAUUUAAAGGUAGUACAACAGAACAAUGUCCAAACUACUUAAAAUUACAAAGGUGUGCUGCAUGUAUGACAUAGAAACAGUAUCAAAUCAUCUGCAUACAGUGGAAUACACUGCUUCAACAGGCCCCAAUGUGCACAAAGGUGCGAGGGUCAAUUCAUUACCACUUAAUUGGCUUAAUCGAUUUUAUAGCUAGACUAAACUGCAAAGAGCGAAAUUGGUUUUGGUAUUUCCAGUAUUAAAGUGUUGUUUUUUUUACUGAAGUCCAAUUUCAGACAAAAAAAAUGAUUGGAAAUGUUGGAUAAAAUAUCUACAAUAACUAGCUACUAUCACUUAAUUCCAUAUAUUUAUGUGUUAACAGUCUGUUUUCAGUGUUGAAGAACACUUUGUUGAAGCUGUUUUGAGGCUUUUUGGAAUCAGUGUAGUAACCUCAGUGGAAAUUUUAGACAAAACGUCUACAACAACUAAAAAUCCAACAGCAAAACCUUCCAACACCAAAUACAACAGAACUCUGUUUACCUGCUACCAAAAGUGCGUUUGUACUUGACAACUUAAGGGUGAAAAUUUGCGAAGAAAAAGUUCAUUCUCAACUACUUCGUUACGUAAAAGUCAAAAUUGAAAUUUUCUCUUCACUGUUGUUGCUUCUGAUGACUGAAGUAAAGUAGCUCUGGCAUGUUUCUAUUUCAUUUGCCUGAACGCACACACAAAACACACACACACACACACACACACACACACUGGACGUGAUUGGUUGGUGUCUUGUGAAUGGAUGCAGCUUAUGUUCGCUGAUGCUUGAAUGUCCACAGCGGCGCAGCAUGCAGACGACUUCUAACACACUUAUCUGUUUUUUAACACCUCCAACGAGCUAUUGAGUGAAACGUGGGGUCACGUGACCACGACAAGCCGAUUGAUAAUAAACUGAAGUACCUGAUUCUGUGACGUUAGAGGAGGGAGGAGAGAGAGAGAGAGAGAGAGAGAGAGAGGUGGAUGGAGGCGGGUCGGAGAGGAGAGGAGAGAGAGAGAGGUCUCGCUUCUUGUCUCCUUGCUGAGGCUCUUAGAUUCACUGGCAGUGGCUGAGACAACCCCACUACCGGCCACCGUCAACUCGGUAAGUCCACCUCCUCAUCUUCUUCUCCUUCCUUCGCAGAAUCUUUCAUUUAGUUCGUUAAAACCACGUUUCCAACCUGCGAGUAAGACUAAGGAAAGUUGACGCGUAAAACUAGGGAGAAAGAGGUGGAUAAAACGCUUUACUUCAGCUCGUUUUGCAUCAACUCGAGCUUACUUUUUGGUGAAAUCGGUAUUUUUAAGUUUUAGAUGAAAUAGAAACAUAAAAGAUUUUUAAAAAUUCACUUUUUGAAGCGCUCCAAACAUCCUAAUGGAAACUUGGGCGCUGUCCAUGGUGCUGAAAGCGUCAAUUCCACCAAUUAAUGAUUUCUACGAUUUCUGCUUGUAAAUAAAGUUUCUUACGAACACUAAUCCGACUUUAAAUUUCUAAUUUAGGCUCAAAACCUUCUUCUUUAUGCUUCUGUCCUCAGACCAAGUUCGAUUCAGAUCAGCAACCCGAGAAAAGAGAAAUCCCUGCAGGAUUUGGGUCUCAUUUGCGUCUCUGUGAAAGAGAGAAAUUCUGUCUCGACCAAACUUUUACAAGAAUCUGUAAGGACGACAGCAAAGCCAGAGGAUGCGUUUUAACUCCGAGGAGCGUGACAUCUGCCAGUCAAAGUCCGUGUUGGCGCGCAAAGGAGUACCUGCCAUGAAGAAACAACAAGCCAGACGCUCCACUCGGUAAGCAGUGGAAGAGUGAGACUCAAAGGAAAAGAUAGACAGAGAAGAGAGUGGAGGCCAAAGAAUUAACACCAGCGCGUCCUCAAAUGAUGGGGAUAAAGCUCCUGCUGCUGCUUUUGAUUUCCUUAGACCCGCUGAAUGUCCUGUGCACCUUCACCGCUAAUAAAAAGAGCAAAACUCCGCCGAGGAGGAACACUAAGGUGAAGGAGGUCAACGGCAGCACCACCGCGCUCCCGCUGGCCGCCGCCGUCCCGGGGAGGAUCACGCAGGUCCAGGCUCCCGCCGUCCAGCACGACACCUGCCUGGGCUACUACGACGUGAGCGGCCAGUACGACAAAGAGUUCGCGUGCAACAACACCGACCACCGCUUCUGCUGCGGCAGCUGUUUCCUGCGCUUCUGCUGCGCGGACCGAGGAAAGCGGUUGGAGCAGAGGACGUGCACCAACUACAACACCCCAGACUGGAUCAAAACCCAGCCCCCUUCGCCUGCGCCCACAGGUGACACCUACGACCCGGAGUUGGACCAGACCAACACUACGGUCUACAUUACGUGCGGGGUCAUCGCGCUCAUCAUCGCCAUUGGGAUUUGUGCCAAAGUUGCCUAUGAUAAAGCAACCAAGCCACCGCAGGAGAUGAACGUGCACAGGUAAACCUGCCAGCCUUUUAUGUUACUGACAGUAAGCUUCACGCCCUGGUCUCACCAACAUCUGCAUCAAAACCUUACAACAACAAACAUUUAACAACCCAGCAAAGUGUUGACUUCAAACUCAAAAGUUGGUUCACUUACAAGCUUUGGAAAAAACAAAACAAAACAAAACAAAAAAACUUGGGAAAAUCCGUCUGCCUCCCUCAUAUGACUAAAAGUGUGCCCCAAACCCUCUGUAAGUGACUGACACUUAAAAUUAGUAUGCCAAAGACAUGAAUUACCACAUGCUGACUUCAUUUUGGUGCUUUGACAGGGCUGCCGAGCAACACCAAUACUUUUGCAUUAAUUUGGUUUAGACAGGCUCGAACCAAUGGCACGGCGGUGACUGAUAAUAAUGUCUUAAAAAAUCAGAAGGAGGUGAUAGAUCAUUAGGAGUGAGACCAUAAAAUAUAGUCCUCUGGGUGUGUUUGAUGCUACUAGUGCUGAAAACUGAUAAACUCCAUUGAUAUGUGCCGAGCACAUGGCUUCAUUCUGUAAAAGUACACAGUGUGCCGGUCUGUCAGCAUUAAGUGGGCCAGCAUGAUGUUUAAUGAUACUGACCCUUAUAUUCCAGGAGAUGUCGAGUGUUUCUCUGCAUCCUUCCGGUAUCGUCUUACUGAGAAAAAAAGCUCUUGUAUUUAUCUUCAGUUAGAACAGAAUCGGGCUGACAUAAACAGUGGACUACUGUCGCAUAACUCUGCAAAGAUGCUUAUCAAAUACAGCAGGGAGGUCGCUGUCCUUAUGAUGAUCUGGAUACCCGUUUAUACUCGGCUUUGCUUAAGUUUGGCUGUCAAAUCAAUUGAUGUUGAAACUUAUGUUUGGUGUUUCUAUAAAAAAGACAAGGUUUUAAUGUUGCAUAUGUAAAAAUAAAUGGCUUGCAGGUCGAUAUCUGUAAUAGGUUGCCCAAUAGGUAAUGGUUACAUGAAGCCCACCAUCUUUAAUUGAGUUUCUGAUCACUCGUUCUACUUUUUAUAUUUGAACAAACUCUGCCAAAGGUUUUAGUUCAGCCCAACAUUACUCUGUGUAUUGGAGACACUGAAAGAACUAAAGUUAUGAAAGUAUUUUUCUGCAUGGCUAAAUGUGUGGCCGUGCAAGCUCGUUGAACUUUGGUAUUUUGCCAAAAAACUAAUCAAUAUUGCUAUUGUUCAUGCAACCUUUAAUCUCUUUCAAAUGUCAUAUUCAUGAUUAAUGUCCAUCUCUGAUCACACCUAUGUGCUUAUUUUCCAUUUACUGUCUGAUCUAUUCCAAAUUGUGCUGGUUUUAUGUUGGUCACAGGCUAAACCCAUCUGCUUAUACACAUGCCAUAGUUACAGUGUCACCUACUGGAUGCAUGUGGUAUAAAGUCCCAUAAAGAGUUUGAAAAAGCUGUCAAUCAUAACUCUUCACCAAAAUAUGGUGAAGAAUUUCGUUCUUUGUCUUGACAAUUAACAGAUGUUGGCUAUGUAUUAUUUCCUCUAAUGACACUAAUCUCUCUAAUCUAAUAUUUAAAGACCCACUCCAACGUAAAUCAUGUUUUUCUUCAAGUCUACAUGUUCAUAUGGCAUUUGUCUGAUGCUUCAGGACAUAUCAUGAGAAAAAUAAGUGCCAAAUUGAAUUUCUGAGUAUUUCUGCAUUCAAAUCACUGUGAACCUCUGGCAGACCCCAAACGGCAAGUCCAGACACAGUGAGAUUUCCCACGUCACAACUGCAAGUGCUACGCAGGUCAGACUCGGAGAAAUAGAAAGGACAAUCGUGGAACAAGCGUGUGCGGUUAGCAGAUUGCAAUGCUUGUAAGAAAGCGAAUCAUGAUAUUGGCUUUCAUCAUGUCCCCAAAGACAUUAGUGUCUGAGAGUUGAAUAGCUGCUAUGUUACCUGCCACUUCCACUACACCGGAAAUGUUAGGCUAAAAGCUAGUGUGAAGAGGAGGUUGCAGAGAAGCAAUGUCUCCGCCCAUGAUACUGGAGCUCUGCAGGAGAAAAGCCCUUGAAAAUGACACAGGUAACUUGAUUUUGGCCAAAUAAAAAAAACAACAAAAAAAAAACAAAACUUUGUAUUCACAAUUUAAAGACCACUGAGAACACUUUCAGUAGUAAAAAAAAAAAAGACAAUUGGAGUGGGACUUUAAAGGUCCUUUUACCUGCAGUAGUUCACAAGAGAAAAAAAAACACGAAACGGUCAAAAAUUCAGGCACUCAGAUAGAAGUCAAGUAUCUGAUACUCAAUAUGAAGAUGGUUUCUGUAGAAGUUGCAGCAGCACUUCAUAGUCAAACAUUCGGAUUGUUAAUUUUUGAUCAAUCGGAAAUAACUGGAUGGCUCAUGAGGCAAUGUCUGAGCUGCACAGCCCAUAAAAAGCUUUUAAACAGUACCCAAAGACUUAUACUUGAAGUUUCAAAUUGCAGUGGUACCUGGGAGUACUAAACAGCAGCAGAGAGAAACAUAGUGAAAUGUAGCCUGUCAGAUUGUAUUUAAAAUCACUUUCUUCUGUUAACUGUGAAUGCAUCCUUCAGACACAGCUAGUUUAUACUUGUGUGUAACAUACAGCCUCUCUAUCAUGAGUUCACAAAGGUUCAUGACCUUUAGCACAUGCCAUUACUCUCCUCCCCAGAGCUGUCCAGUCAAAAAAUGUCAACAUUGAAUACUCCUCUCAUUCUGUGUGGGUCCCAGCAGAGGGGGAUGGGUGGUAUUUGGUGUCCCCAGAGGGUUUGAGUAAAUGCCACUGAAAGCCAUAAUGACUGAUUGUCCUGAUAUGAGUGUUUGCCUCUAUAUUGACAGUAUUUUCAGGUCCCCAGGGCAGGGUGCUGUUAGUGGUCAGUGAAUUGCUCGAUGAGCAUAAAAGAAGCAUAAAAAAACACAUCCUGUGGCUGUUUCAGCCAUCAGUUUAACAAACAGCUGUAUGCAGUGUGUUUUUAGACCCCGUAAAGCACAAUUGAAUUCAUAAAUGUUGGCUGUUAUUUUUUAUUUUUAGUACUUUCUGCACUUGUGUCCUGGAACAAACCUCCCAGAAAGCUCUCUGAGGUUGGUAUGAGUUUUUUUUUUUUUCCUCUGUAGAUUGAUGCUGUUUUAUGACUCUGGAAAACUGCUGGUCUCUUAAAUUGGAUCCAUGUUAGUACCAGGAGAUUUAAGCUCUGCCGUAAUGGCACAAAUAUUUCAGUCAAGUCCAUCCAGGCAGCCAAGGGGAAAUGUUAAGUGUUUGUGAAAGUCAAGUUUGAGAGAAAAAAAUCUCAUUGGCCUCCCUGCAACCAACUGAGGUUAAUUUUUAACAGUUGGUUGCAGUAUACUGUGUAUUAUCUGUAUAUAGAUACUCCUGACAUUGCUUCAAAAACCUCUUUUUUUAAUUUGACAAAGUGUUUUAGGGACCCUCAGCAUUUGUUAGAGGGUCUUAUUUCGCGACAGUUGUAAGGUUCCCUUUGACUCAACUGAAUAAGACUGAAUCAAAUUACCCUUUUAUGUUUUUAUUGAUCAAGAAAGCCUGAAAAGUAUUAAACAGUCUGUUGUCUUCCACUGUAAAACUGAUUAGCCAAUGUCUGUGCACCUGUAGGUGUUGGUAAGAGAUAUAAUUUUGCCCCUGUGUUAAAUCAAGGAACUUUCGCCUCUGUUUGAGGAUUGUGCAAAGGGAAUCUUUAGGGUCUGUUUUCUCAUGGAUUUGCAGAAGAUGAGAUCUGUUUUUGGGAAGUUUUCAGGGUCUGUUUCUUUAUUUGUCCAUGAUAUGCUCAGGUCUGUUUUUAACUAUCAUGUAGCAUCUUUGCAAAGAUUGCCUUGAUGUCUAAUCUAACACCAAAAGUCUUUGAUUAAUGAAGUUGGUUAAUCAUCUUACUAGUGAACUGUGUUCUGUUUUAAGCCUCCCAUUAAAUAUCUAUUGAGAUCUGUUUUCUUUCUUUCAGAUUAAAGGUAAGAUCGCUGCCUAAGUACUUAUUAAGAGUAUGAUCAAGGUCUGUGUAAAGGACUCUCAAAACUGUCAUUUAGAAGUUUGUUUUCUAUCACUAAAAAUGUGAUUUAGUCUGUUUUAUGGUGCCCUUAUCGUUUGUUAGAGGGUGCCAGUUUGCAUCACUUGUACCCUCUAGUGUAUCCGUAAUAUCUGUUUCAAAGACUAGUUUCUACUUUAUUUUCAUAUGGUUGGGUCUGUAUUCAGGGACCAUUAAGUGUCCUAAAGUGCAAUUUUAGAUUGCAAAAAACAAGCAAAGUCCUACCUGGUCAAGUUUGUAAAACUCAGACAGUAAACUGUGAUAAUAUCUUGAUUUUAACUUUUGGACUCAAAAAUCUUUAACCUGAGUGAAAUGUUUUUGUUUUUGAUCAUGUUAGACGCCUAAUAGUUCUCUUCUUGUGGUAAGAUACAAAAUGGCGCGAUGAUACAUGAGAUGUGCUAAUUAUAGUAGAUAUUUCCAUAAGUGUCAUGGCAAACAGUGAGCGGGAACAGUCUGUUCCAUGUUCUGUAAGCCUGGGUAAUAACUACCCAGGUAUUCUUUUGUGUGGUACGUGCUGGAAGGCUCUCCAUCCCCACUGCAGCAAGCGAUGAAAAUGUAUAAAGGGAUAAAUAGAUUUUUAUCUGGGGUUAGGUCUAAAUGGAAUUGCACGAUUCCUAUCCACUGGCGAAAAAAAAUAAAAUCGCUCGGAGUUAGUCAUAGCUCUUACCCAGGAGUCACUUGAGUCACCUGUGAUUAUCAGGAGUCUGUUGGAUGGAGCAGAGGAGGAAGCCUGGCAUUGACUUAUAGAUAUGAAGAUAAUUGUGCAUUGUUAAGCCUUGGUCAUUCAACUUUGGCACCUGCUGCUUUGGAAAUGUCGAGGCAGAUUACUCAGCUUCAGAAAAACACUCUGACAUGUUCCUGCUAAAGUCUUUUUUUCUCCUCAGUAUUUCCUGCUCUGACAACAACACAAAGGAGCUCCUUCAGUAGAUCAGGAAUAGAUUAAAUUUAAGCUCCACUGAUUGCUCUAAGUGUCUUUUCAAAAUUUCAGCACAGUCAGCUUUUUAAUAUCUCUGUAUGGACUCAUGAGACUUUCUAAUACUGUGUUUGAAACAACAAAAGCUCAUGAUGCAGCACUUUUCCCAUCUCUGCUUUGAGAACUGAAGUAAUGAUGAAGUUUUAAGUCUUCCUGUCCUUGCCAUGGGGCGUACAUUCAAGUGCUCAAUGCCAUCAAUAUGAGCAGUAUCCACAAGAGAUUAGAGUGGCUGAUUGAAUAAGAAGGCAUGCUUUACUAAGUGCUCAAUGAUGGUUUUUCUUUUAUUUAUAUUUCUUGGCUCAUGGAGCUGUUAUAAUGAUGUCUGCUGGAAUAGACUUGGGAGUCUGGCAGCAGACACCCACACUGACAAACCAUGACCGAAAAGAAGAGGUGGAACAUGGGAUUAGCUUUAUAUUUGGCAAGGGUCUGCUCCCCCUGAAAUGGUGGAGUUUCUGUGUAAAUUUCCAGGGCUUCUUUAAUGUAAUUUAGACUCUACCUCUGCGGCUGAGGGGGAGGAAAGUGAGCAGAAUACUGAGCUGUUGGCAGACCUUUGCUGUUUGGUCUGUGACCUUCACCGAAACACAAGAAAUGUGGAGUGAGAGCUAAAGCCAGUGAUUUGAACAGGCGGUAUUGAUCAACUUCUGCAGUGCAAACCAAUUUAUGCCAGCUAGGUGGUGAGAAUAAUGCUUUGUUUUCCAAUCGCAGGACUGAAAGGCUGAGUUAUAAAGCCAAGGUGUGGUAUACGGGCAAAAACAACAGAGGAAUAUUAGAAAGUUAGAGUCAAAGUUUGGAAACGGAAUAUUUUCUCUGGUUUACAGCCAAUAUUUUCGGGCGAUUUAAGUUUAUGGCAGAAAUGCUGGUAAAAGCAGAUAUUCUGAACAGCAUAAAACAAGAAACUGCUGAAUGGCAGUGCAGGAUACAUAUUUUAGGGAAUAAAAGUUAUUGUUUGUCCAUCUAACAGUUUGGCCUGUUGAUAUGCAUUAAGCUUGGGUAUGUUAUUUUUAUUAUAUCGAUAUCUAUAAUUCCCAUAUAAAGAACUGCUGCAGUUUUCCUCCAAUGGUAACCAGCUCAAUUGCUGUCAUAUAUUUCACUACUGUUGGACCAGUGUGCAAAUUCUUCAAAUGAAAGAGGUGUGAGAGAUCCUUGUAAAUUUAAUGUUUUGAGAUUGAUCAACAGCUGAUAGUGAUAGUGAAAAUCUGGUGCGACUUUGGGGUCAUAGUUCAAGUUAAAGGAUGUAUUUGAUGACCAAAUGAUUACAACAAAAGGUGGGGUUAAUCAUAAAAGAUUCAGGAUCAGUCCAAAGACACGCUCGCUGAGUUUAAUGAUGACUAUAUUGCCUGUUGGUGUGAGUGUGUCUAUGUCUCCAUGUUAGUUGUAUGAUACACUAGCACCUUUUUCAGCUGCACCCACCAGGGUUAAAUACAACCAGGGGUGGAAGUAAACCGAAACGAAGCGGUACGCGGUACCGGGAAGAUGAGAAUCUCCCUUCUAACUCAGUAAGUCCACAUGACACAAAAUCGAAACUCUCGUACAAAACCGCGGACAUUUGAAGAUUUUGUAAACUUUCCCAGACACAGCCGCCAAGCCCGGACAGCCCCCCAAAAGAGGACAUGUCCGGGUAAAAGAGGACGAAUGGUCACCCUAUCAAACAGCAGUUUUACAGCCGGUACGCAGCGGUAAGCCGUACCGGGAAGACUUACACAGCAGUUUACAGCCGCAAACUUUCCCCCCCUGCAAUGUCUGUAGGCUACAUUUGCUUACCGUGUUGCCGCACGUCAGUCUGUUCUCUGCGUUGUAACCGUAGUAAUCCAAUAGGUCCAUGCUGCUUGCGAGUGAGUCGUAUUUGUUUCCGCAAACAAACUAACACCGGAAGUUGGAACGCUUAAUGCGCACUUUUGAUUGGACGCUGGUUGCCUUGGCGCUGUGGAUCGUCUUCCGCCUUUUGUGGAAGGCGGGAACUUCUAAAGAGACGUCUGCUUCAAUCUUAAUGCGGAAAUAAAACAAAACGCGGAGAAAAAUCGAUUUUGUGUUCAAGAGAAAGAGAGCUGCAGCAGAUGAUGAUACUGUGGCAUAAGAGCAAGUUGAGGAGCAGAGGGGGGAAGCAGCAAAGUUACCAGGAGUGGGUAAGCUACAGACAAAUGGCUGAUAAUGUUACUGUUUUAGAACAACAGGAGGUUGCAAUAUGAAUCUUUUCAUUUGUAUCUAAGUACAGGUGUAGCUCAACCUGCAAGAACCUUAUCCUACUUUCACCCCUGAAUACAACAGAUGUGAUGACCCUUAAUGGGAUAAGCAGUAUGAACACUUGAUAAAUGGUUUUGGUCUUUUGGUGGUUUAGAAUAUUCAUCUCCAACUUAUUGAUAAAGUGAGCCUUUUUAAUCUUACAUAACUUUUUGUUGCUGAUGCAGAUUCCUGUUUCUCUGUACAUCAGUUCAACUGUUAAAGUGGCGUUCCCCAGGGAUCCUUUCUUGGCUCAUUGCUGUUUACAUUCCCCCCAACCCUACUCCAUAGUAUGCGAAACGCUCUUUGAUUUGACGUUGUUUUUAAAUCCUUUUGCCCACAUUCAAUCGUCAGAUCAGACGAUGAGGAUCUCCUCAUUCUCAGCUCUCUGAUUAUGACAAAUGGUGACGCGGCCUUUGCAUUAUUAGUGUCUCUUGAGUUAAAGAACACUCAACUUGCUAUCUUGACACAGUCUUAUGAGAAUGCAUUUGUCAAUAUUUAAUUCGUCUGCCUUUUUUCCAUCCACUAUUAACAUUAUUCUUUUAUAUUUCUUCUUUUAGUCCUUUCUUACCAAAAUAACUGCGAGUAUUUUCAUCAGUUUGAUUUAAUUCAGCUUAAAUAUGGAUAACGGUUUUACAUACAGCCUGUUGUCUGUCUCUAAGCAAAUAAGUAAAAUUAGUAUUAUAUUUUCUUGGCCGAAUCUUGGUCAGUCUUCCUAAAACACAUGUUAAAAGUCUACACUGUCUCAGCAAACUACUUCAGCUGAAACUACAUCAGCCAACUAGGACGAUUCAAACCAGGUCGCCUCCAUCUGUGUAAAGAAAACGGCUAAAGAGUGCUCAUCCUGGAAGGGAGAUGCUAUUAAUAUACAGCAGAUCUCCCAAAGUCACUGAGUUAGGGAAAAUAGUGGCUGCUUUAGGUUGACAUUGACACACUUAAAUAGCGGUUUCACUUCCUUUAAGACGAUGCAGAUUUGUUUCUUCAUCAUAGAGAGUCUCCAAAAGCAGCAAAUACUGUGAAAAGCUGCUUUUAUUUGCAGCUUGAAGCAGGACGGUAAUGUAACUUGUAAUAAAUGGGCUUUGAGCUGCAGUUGGACACUUAAAUAGGACUCUGCUGUACCUUGUGUACCACGCUAUUGAAAAUCUAACGCCCCUUGUGACUCUGGCUGUAAUUAGGAUUUCCUCUGCAUGGCUCCCGACCUCUUUGAUUCAAAUUGGAGCUGUGGCUAAAUGAAUUAGAAGGACCUUAAGGGGGAUUGUGAGCUGUAAAAAAGGAGAAAAUGUUGGUAAUUGGAAAACAUUUAGGUUUACUUUUUUUUUCAUUUGUGUGGUUUCUUUUCAGAGCCCUGGCUGACAUCCUGAGGCAACAAGGACCCGUUCCAAUAUCUCAGUUUGAACAUGAAAACAUUGCAGCCAUCGAUGGGUCGCCCAAAGACGAGACACCCGUCAGGACUUCGAAGAAUCAUUACACACCUGUUCACUCCAACCACGGUGAGUGAUACCGCUCUGCCUCCUCAGAAACAGCCUCCUACAUAUACCCAUGUAGAGAUCCCGCUUCUAUAUUUCUCGCUUCAUUAUCUGCCAAGACAUUUGAUUGACAUGCACGGGAAUACAUGCACAUUCUGGGAUUGAAAGGCUUUUCCUUCAAUCUUUCUUAAGAGGAAAUAUACAGUAAAAGGAAAAUGCACAGUAAAUUAAAAGCACUCAUGCCCAGGCUGAGCCCUCAUCUCCCUCGUGCCGCAGUCCCAUAAGCCUACUCAGCAUUGGCUCGAAAUUAGGAUGCAAAUUAUCAUCAUAUUCUUCUGCUGAGCUCUUUGUCCGGAGAUAAUUCUGUCGUGCCACGCUGUUCCUCCUACUUUUAUCCGCCGGUCUCCAGAUCCCAGCUCCAGGGAUCAGCCCGUUCGUUCGUUAAGUGCCCCAGUAUGGUGUCCCAGAUUCAACAGUGUUAUGUUUCACUCUAGUGUCACCCUGCCUCCAACCCUCUCCUCCAACACCGCCAUGUCCAGCAGUGCUACUCAACAUGGACAAGGUGGUGUUGGAGGAUGUUCUCGCAGCAAAAACGUGAGCUUGUCUCCUCGUGUUUCUGUCAUGGAUAGUUCAAGUCUUGGAGAGAUUACUGCCCAGCUGAUGGAGGUUCUUGUUCCUCCAGAGAAAAGGAGAUUAAGCCAACCAUCAUGUCCUCAAUGAUCUUCACUUUGUUUGGCAUUAUUGUCAUUUAUAGAAUUAUCAUGGUCAGAUAAUUAAUGUCCCCUCUCUAACAUCUAUCAGUAACUUUUGCAGCUGAAACUUGGAGAGUCGGAAGGAAAUGGUCAUAGAGUGCAAUUGGGUUUUAAAACCAGAUCUGAACCAUGCAAAGUUUCAAAACAUGAGAUACUAAGAUGGCGGCGGAAUACCCAAGACGUGGCCAGAGCCUGAUAUCAGGUUGUGCCGUCCUAUCAGGUCAAGGGUGAGCUCUGUCAAAGACACUCACACCUGGAAGCUGCCAGUCUGUAUGACUGCUUGUCUUUUGCCUUGGCUCUGCCCUUUGCUUAUAAAGUCUCUCUUGGAAAGUUGCUCAUAGGCAUUCUUUUGGAAAGUCUCAGCUAUUUUACCUUCCCAUUGAGGAAGGCUCCAGAAAACAGUGGAAAGCUUGGAGGCUUUUAGGACAACAACAGCCACAACAUAGUUGUUCGUGCUCACCACUUCACUGAUGAUGCCUUUUGUAAACAAAAGCCAGUAUGAGCUGGAUUUGAGUUUCAGCCGUUGCUGAAACCUGGAGCUGCUCAUGUAGAGAGACCUUCAUGAAACUCAGAGACACAUUACUACAGCACAUUAUGGGGCUUUAACUGACUUAAGCAAACAGGACAACGUGGGGAGCUAAGUGGGCUCUAACAGCCUCAGACAUUUUCUUCAACAGCAUAACUUAAGUUACUCCCCUGGCUAUGAAGCUGUGUAAAAAGUAACACCCUAAGCUGUGCCUAACUUUGUAUUUCCCAUUAUGACUUAAAUUUCCAUUUGUUUCACUCCUUCAUUGCUGUGUAAAAAGUAACACCUCUUAGCUGUGUCACGCUUUCUAUCAGUGGAAAAGCAGCAAAAUUGAAGUGUUUCAGACUGAGGUGUAAUCAUGCCUUAAUGAUGGUUUUCAUAGAUGCUGGUAAGAGAUAAAUAAGGAGGUUUCAAAGCAGCUGGUUUCUCACCAUCCCAGCUUGACACACUGAAAGGUGAAAAUGAGUUCAAUAGGUUGACUUCUAAAAGUACUCUAAAAUAGUCAUGAUCUCAAUCCCCUGAUUGAAUGUCAUGUGCUUUUGCUAUCCCCACCCUACCUUGAGAUUUUCCAAUUGCGCAGACAUGAAUAAUACAUCCAUUUGUAACACAACAUUAAUUUUUCAGCGAGAGUUGCACGAACAGCGGGCACCAAAAAAUCAGAGUAAAUCAUUAGGUUUAUGGGUCAGAAGUGGAUAAAUCUUGUUGUAAAAACUGUUCAUCACUGAAAUACCUUUUUUUCCAGUUUAAGCUUUUAUUGAAUAAACCUCAGAAAGCAGAGCAGAAACCUCCAGGUAGACACUCAAUGAUUGCAAAGAUAUGGCCCAAGUGCUGGGCAAGAAAAUCUGGAGAGGCACAAAUUUAUUAAGAGACAAGAGACACGUUUGAGCACGGAGGGAGAAUUAAGGUCAAAAAUCUGCUUAUAGAAAUCUUAAAAUCUUGUAAUUUCAUAGUCAAAACUUUGCAGAGUAACCUUUUUUCCCUUUACUUAAUCUGAAGUAGAUGCAUGACUUUUAAUGACACUUUAACACUUUCUUCUCAGUUUUUCUUAAGGGAGAAACAUGAGAGAAAAAUCAAAUGUCAGGUCGUGGUUAAGUCCCUAGGAAGUCUAGCAGAAGCAGGGGACGUUGAAAUGCAACAGCAGGAUUUUGAGGUUAAGUGUUACAAAAUCUAACCAUGAAAUCAAUCAGUAAAAGCCUCAAAGUGUUUGAUCAAUCGUAUAAAGGUAGAAAAAUCCACCUAGGACAGCCCAGAGUCCUUUUUCUAUCAAGACUAUUUUGCAGGCAGCAUUGUGCUUACUAGUGGGCAAAAUUGAGGGCAUCCACAGGGGGCCACAGCUCAAUUUCGUCUCAAGGUGAGCUGGCCUGCUAAUCCGACCCUGAGCCCCACUUUAAGGAACUUAAACUUCCUCCAGAGAAAAAAAUACAUGAAAGAAGACACAGAGCAAAAUCUGGGCCUAAACCAAAAACACGUGCAGGAUUUAUCCUCUUUCACAUCUUGUUUGUAAAAGAGACGUAUGCAAAAGGGCUCCCUAAAACAAAGAGAAGCAAAGUCUUGAUGCAAAAGUGUGGCUUAGAUUUAACUUUGCUGCAUUUGCAUGAUUUGUUUUUGCAAUUAGGGAUUUUUUUGUGCAGUUAUGAAUCCCUCUUGUGGCAUUUGUAGCAGAAAUGUGAGCACGGCUUGUACAUUUUGAAGUGCUUCAAGACCCAAGAGGCUUCCGCAUAAAAAUAACUCCAAAGCGUUUCAGAUAAUUGCUAAUAGAGCAAUGUUCAAAUGUAGAGUCAAACCUAAUAAAGAUUUAAACUAGUUGUAACUACUGAAUUCAGUUCUCUCUGCAGGCCACAGUGCAUCUAAGCAUCUCUUAGUACAAACACAGAGUAGUGAUUACUCCUCUGAGUGAUUCACAAAGCCACACACUGUUAUUUUGUUCUUGAUAUGAUGCCGCCCACAGAAAAGAUGUCUUCAUUGUCCAACCUGUGUCAUAUCAGCCUCUCAUUGUGUGCCGGCUGAGGAGUAACAGGACGUCACAGUGCAGGGGUGACUGCUUUUGAAUGAAGACAGAUUCAGAGAGGGUGUAUGAGAAGGGAUGGAGGCACUCCAGGGGAGACGUGACUCACAUUUAUGACAAUUUUAUGACAACCGUGAAUUACAGAGAUUUUUAUUUUUUUAAAGUAAAGGAAUGGUCCAAGUCAUCAGGUCUAUUAUAGAUGUGUCAUGCCUUCAGCUUGAGGUGUUUGGCUCAGUCUAUUUGGACAUUUUUCAGAAUUAACUCUGCUUUGCUUUGUGCAGAAUGUGUGGUUUGACAUUGUCCUGCUAAAAAUAUGACGGUCUUGAAAAAGUCAUUGUCUGCAUGGCAGCAUAUUUUGCCAGUGUUCAGCAUUAAUGGAGCCUUUACAGAUGUGUGAUGAUUCCCGUACCAUCAGGAAGGCUGGCUUUGAACUAGAGGCUGAACCGAGUGGACCCUCCUUAUCUAUAAAAUGCAAGAAAUGUCAACCACGGUCUCUACAAAGAAUGUAAUAUUACAGAUUCUGGAUCAUGUUUAUAUCUGUUUUCCUCUUUGCAUGGUUUAGAUUAACACUGGAUUUAUGGAUGCAGUGAUGAACAGUGUUUUUGAAAGUAAUUUUGAGCCCAUGCAGUGAUUUCCACUUCAGAGCUAUGUCAGUUUUUAAUGCAGUGCUGAAACGUAUUAUUUGCAUCAUAUUGACGAUAAACACCUUUCAUAAAAUGUAAAAUUUUGAUGGUUUCAACAUUUCUUAUGUUAUCUUCGCACAAUUCAAUUAAGGACUUAAAUGAUUUUAAACCGUUAAAAUAUGUUCUGGUAUUCAGAAACACAAUCAAAUAAAAGAAACAUCCACAGGAUAUUUUGAGGACAGUUGGCAGCAAAGAGAAAAUAGAGAAAAUAAUGUAGCAGAUAAUAUAAGACAUUUUAUAUGUGCUCCUUUUUACACAAUCAGAUCUAGAAUCCCUAUUCUGUGCUCAAUAGAUUAAAAACAAAACAAAACUAGAAAUUAAUUAAUAAAUGAAUCAAGCCAAAAUUUCAUUCAUUGUCAGUCUUGUGCCAAAACAGCAGAGUUGAUCACAAACAGCCUGCUGACUGAUAGAAAUAGUGAAUAUCCAGAUCAAAUCACCAACACUAGCUGUAUGCAGCUUAAAUAUUCUUUACUUAAUGUUCCAGAAGAGGUAUUAAACCUCAGUGUGAGGCCGUUGAACUCUCAUCUGAGGGCGGGGCUUCUUCAGAGCUGUCCUAAAGGAAGAAUUAUCACCUCAAUAUCCCAGAGUUGUGUGACUUCCUUUCAUUUUCUGCUCUGAAGUUUGUACGAUAUUGUGAAAAUUGGCAACAAAUGCCUCCUACAGUCUGCAGACAGAGACUGGAAUCAUCUCUGUGGGACACUCACAGCAUCGAGAUGCAUUCUGAGUCAUAAAAACCUGCAGAUGUUGUCUAUAAAAUGAGAUUAGAGCAGUUUUUGGGAUGAUAUUUUGGAAGCAUGACAUCAUGUGGUUGAUGCUGAUGAGUCUGGAGGUGUCAGUCUGCCUGAAGGAUUACACUUAGAGGCUGUUUGUGUUCAUAUUUUACAAAGUGAAAGCUGCUCCAAACAUAUGCCUUCAUUUAAUUGCUGCCAUCAGUUUAUUUGACGGAUAGUGUGGACGUCAUGGCCAUAUGUAUGUGGACACUGGGUUUAACAUGUUAUUCUAAAUCUGCUAAACUACUGCUGUAACACUCUUCUGUGGUGUCUCGAAGAAAAAUAUCAGAUAUUUAAGUUUAAUAGAUUUGCUAUUUCUUGGCCUGCCUUCAGAUUAUCACAUAUAUAUACAGUAUAUAUACGUGGUUAUGUACAGUCUGGUUCUCCGUUGAUGGUUUGGACCCAUCUACAGCAGAGUAAAGAGUCUCAUCUUGAGUAAAAACAUGUCUGAAUCCUGCUAGAGCUUUAUGAACCUGCUAAAUGAGCCAAAACAGACAGACAGAGAGAGAAAAAAAGGAAGUAAUCAGAGAGAACCAGAGUUUUGUGUGAGUCCUGAGUUCAGUCAGAUGCUGAACACACACACACACACACACACACACACACACACACACACACACACACACACACACACACACACACACACACACACACACACACACACACACACUCUCUCUCCCACAGACACAGUUGGUGUGUCUGGUGUAAACCAAGUCAACAGUCAUUGUACUGGACCAACUGUCAGCGACAUUUGGACGAUGCAGCGAGCAGACAAACAAUCCAGCAGACAUGAAACAUAAAGCAAGAUUUUUCAGUUAGAAAUAAAGUGUCACACCUCAGGAAAAACAUAUAUAAUUCAACAUAGACUGAUUAAAUUGAACUUUUGGAGCAGUGAUCAAGUCUCACAACAUCAGACUUACACCCAAGAGACUGUGGUAGGUCCAGUUUAAGACCAGAUACUGUUGUCUCAUCUGGAUCAAGACCACAGAAUGUGUAAAGAAUGGACAGCGUCUGCGUCCUCGCUGGGUAAAGCCACUCCGAGAACAGCACCCUCUGUUGACGGGCUGCAGUAUAGGUCAUCAAUCCCGCCUCCGCCAGCAAAGCUUAUGGAGCUGUGGACAAACUUUAGAAAUUUAUUACGCAGAAUAUAAAAUUUUCUCCCCCCUGGUUGCGAUGUUGACAUGUAGUUAUUGUAAAACUGGUUUGUGCUCAAGUCCUCUUUUUUCUGUAAAGCUCUAUUUUUAAAAGUUAUUACGAGGUUCAUGUUUUCUUUGAUUGACACCUGAUACAGCCUAUGGGCGUUAAGGAAUUGCGUAGCUUGCCCGGGGGAUACGCUGUUUGAGCUGAGCGUCAUCACAGCGACUCUCAGCGAUUCUCCCGUUGCAUGCGUACAACGCUACUGUGCAAUGCUGAUUUCAGGAAAUGAAGAAAAUCGCGGAAAUACCGAGAGCUUUUUGGCUUCAAAUCUGUAUACAGGCGGAAGGCGGAACCAAGUUGUCCGUAGUAUAUACAGUCUAUGAUCAAGACUUUUGGAGGCAGUUUGUUUGUUUUAUCCUCAGAAAACAAUCUAGGUAGUGCAUUUUAUUCCACAAGCGGUCCCUGCUUGAAGUGUAUAAUUCAGAAAGUACAGGACUGUUGUUCAGUCCCUAAUGUUACUUGUUGGUCAAGAUUAAGAUUAAGAUUGGAAUUAAAUAAAAUAUCAGAUUUUUGCUGGGCUAAUCUACCUCGACUUCGAUAAGUGCAGUUCACACAUCUCCUUGUUGUUUACUACAACCAUUAAGAGUUAAAACUCCACUUGUUAUUGUCAUCAUCUCUUUUUCUGCAUGAGCGAGAGCAGAAAUGUGAACACUUGAGUCACUAAUUUGAUGACUGUUUACUUUUCCCUCAAGGCCAAUUCAAAAGUGACGCUGCGCUUUGUUCCCUUCUGUCAGGAGGUUUGAGAUUUAUCUCAGGAAUAAAACACUCUGCCCUUCAUUCAUGAUGAAAAGCUUUAAUAGAGUGCUUCUUCUUUUUACAGACAUGUUAGAUCCUUUUUCAUUAUGCAGAGCAGAUAAGGCAGUUUUGAGGAACAUUUCCUGAGAUAAUAACAGGCUAUAGGCUCGCACUGCCUCAUGGGAACAGUUUAUCUCACAGUCAGCAUCUUCAGAUCCCUGAUUUCAGCUCCAUGGUGCUGUCCUUGGGGUAUGCAGGGGUUAUGAAUCAUCAAAGUUUCACCCUGGGAGACAUCAUAUAGAUAUAAAGUACUGUAUCAUCUGCAUAGAGGCGGAACUGCACUGUUUAAACUGCAGAGAAAGACGCUCAUUUCUGUCUUUGGAUCCCACAUUAACAGAGCUGGUCAGGCUGUUAGUCAUCCGCUUAUUUUCUUCCUCUUAAAGGAAACAUUUGAGUCACGCCGCUGAUGCCCAAGUAUCAAAUUCUGGUGUGAUGAGGAGCAGGCCUUAUGGUCUAGGUGUUUCAUCUCAUAUUAAUGAUUUGAAACGCUGUUAAAUCCCUGCUUUUAAGGCCCAAAGCUCAGAGUGAUGAUUCUGACUUUGAAGUGGUCUCUUUAAGAAAGUGUUUAAGAAAGAUCAAGAGGACAAAUUUGAUAAACUAACUCUUCAAAUUUUGUUCUACUCAAUACGACACCCUUUAUUUCUUUGUAGGACUGGUCUGUGAUUGACAGGACGGUUGUAUUUUGUUGGCGCGCUUGCUUGUAUCUUGUCUCACUCCCGUGUACCGAGUCAAUUCCCUCACUUACAGCAGAGGUUGGGAGCAGAGCUAACACUGCUGAGGUACAAAUUAAAUCACAGACUGAUAGUGAACUCAGAGGUGAGAACUUAAACUAUUCUGGCAUCCUCAAAGAUGGGGGUGAAAUCAAUUGUCAAACCAUGUUGAUCAAGUCCAAUUAUCCUGACUCCAAAGAGCAGACAACAUCGCUGUGAGCAUGGAGAAACAGAGGACGUGAUUGAAAAAUUAGUGACAUAAAAUCCAUCAAACUUUUAGACUGUAUCCCAGAUAUCCUUUAACUUGGGUGACCAUAUGUAGUCUUUUACCUGGACAUGUGCUCUUUUUUUAGGGGCUUUCUGGGCUUGUCUAGGUAGUUUAAAAAAUCCUUCAAAUGUCCACGGUUUUGUACGGAAGUUUCAAGUUUGGGUUACGAGGACUUACUGCAUUAGAAGCACGUAAAAGACACUCGAUCCGAGCCGAAAAACUUUAAAAAUUAACUUUGUGCGACUCCGUGACUGUGCCCCUGCGUAGUCAUGCCCCUUUUUGGGAAGUCAGAAUAUGGUCACCCUACUUUAACAAACACAUGGUUGCACCUGAGAUACAGUUUGGGGCUUUUGAAAACCUCUUAGGCACCUUAAUAAAAGCUGACCCUUACAAUAGUGGUAUAUUGAGGAAGCUGAAAGUGAAAAUGAAUUUUAUAAUGGGACAGAGAGUUUGGAGAUGCACUUUCCUCACUCGUCUUCGUCCUUUGUGGUACUGCUAUUGGUAUCAGACUGAUCAAUGGAUGCCAGAAGAUGAGGGCAAUCUCCUCACACAUCUGCCUCACUUGCAGCUCUGCAAGCCUUGAAAACUGGAGCUGCUUAAAGGGAUAUUCUGGCGUAAAAUUAAUUUAGGGUCAACACAGAGUUAGACACCCCUUCGAGGGAUGAAUGUUGCCGAACCACUUGCUUCUUUAGUUAUACCAACUUUAGUUACGACCCCAGAUAGCAAUACACAGCGGUCUGAGGAGCCAAACACAAACAUCAACCAAAACGCCACUCUAUAGCCACAAAUAAUGCUGAGAACAGCACCUAACUUCAUCAACAGUACACACAGGGUCCCUUUAACUUGCAAAAUCUUGCAAAAAGUUAUCAAAGUUUAACUCUCCAAAAGUCACCUUACUCUCAUUUUGUUCUCUGUACAUAACUUUGCAUAUUUGUUUCAGUGACAUUUGUUUGUAAAACGACUCUGCAGAGAAGAUGAUUAAUGAACCAUUAUCUGAAUGCUGCACACAAAUAAAACACUGAAAAAUGUUUUUUUUUUUCUCGAUUUAUUUAUCACAAGGGCACUAUGGGAAAGAAAACCUACGCAGUGGAGGCCAGGACAUGCACAACUUCAUCUCCUCUGGGUUUGUGACACUCGGACGAGGCCACUUGAAAGGUACAGUCCAUCUUUUUAAUCUGUUUCCCACUUCAAAUUCCUCUGGAGAACACGAUCAGAAUAACCAUCUUUCACUCUCAGAGCUACUGCGUCAUGCUGUCAUUGUGUUUCUGCCAAAGACAAAAAACUGUGACUUUAGUUUCGGCUCAGUGGAAGUUAGACAUCACAAUUCAUAAUGGCUUGAAGUGACAUCUUGCACAAGUCCACACACAUUUAUUAUCUAUGAUUAAAUCCUCACUUCCAACUACAAAGUCACACUUGGUAGGCAGCCGGUGUGAGUGCAGCACAGCACAGCAUAGCCGAACAUUUUUUACACACAGUGUUGUCUUUCUUUGGAGUUUGAAUAAAUCAGAAGUGUUGUCUGAGUGAGAAUGAGCUGUAAACAAGAGGCCUGUUGUCGUGUGUUUUUACAGCGCAGCACUCCAUAGACGAAUCAGGGCAGGUGUCCUGGCAGGGCGACCUGGACAUCCCCCUCUCCUACGGUACGUUCCUCUAAACGUUCUGCUUUAGAAGCCACAUGACCUGCUUUCUGCCUGCACCUGAUAAGAAAGGACACACACACACACACACACACACUUGCAGACCAGUCGAGUGCACUUGGCUCAUGACUGCAGCAAGAGUGCCAGAGUUGCUUUUAUUUUAUUCAUAUUUUUCAGUCCAUGGAUUUCCUGCCAAAAUAUCUCAACUGGUGGUUUGUAGAUGGCUUUGAAUGGAUGCUGUACAGUGCAAAAUCAUUAAUAGGACUUCUAUGGACAGGUGGUGGACUUACAGGAGAGUUCUGGACCUAUAUUUGCAUAUUUUUGUCUUUAUUUGACUUCAAGGUACAAAAAGUUCUUGAAUUACUCCAAUUGACAGUUUUGGCCAGCAGCAGUGAAACUGGUUUUAAUGGACACCUCGGCACUCUGGAGGUCAGUCAUAGCUGGGGAUGCUAGGAUGGUAGAGGAAGGUCCCGCCCUCCUACGCCUCUGAUUGGCUAGAAGUGCUGGGCUCCGAUUGGUUAUUCCUAAUGGCUGUGAAACGUCAUUCAGAAUCAUUCAGAGAUUCAGAAGUGCGAUAAUGUUCUGUAAUGUUCUGUUUAAUGUACUGAGCCGACAGCCCGUGUUUGGCUUGAGCGUACCGCUGCAUACCUGCUUACUUCCACCCCUGGAGCUAGGUGACUCUCCUGGCAGAGUGUUGCUAUUAAAGACAAGUGGCUUGUGUAACCUCUACUUUUCCACUGUGUCCCCCCCAAGAAAAUUAGAUGAGAAAAAAACGAUCAGUGCUGUUUACAUUUCUAUUCUUAUUCUUGCUGCUGGAUCACAUGGCUGAAUUACACUGUGCGCAUAAUGAACAAAUGGCUGUUUUAAACUGUGUGUGUCGAUGGACACAUGGUUGUUUUAUUCAGUGUGCAUAAUUGACACGUUUGUAUAAUCAUUUGUGUGAAAUGAAACAUGGUUGUGUUAAAAGGUGUGAGUAAUGAACACGUGGUUGUAUCAUACUGUGUGCAUAAUGGACACAAGACUGUUUAAAAAACAUGUUAGGUGAAAGAGAAACUGCCCCUCUCUUCUAGAAAUGAUUAAAAAUGUUAUUCAGAAGUCUGAUCACCCUGUCGGUCCUUACAUAAGAUGAAAUACUCCUCUAGUAUUUGCAGUUUAAGUUAAUGUGUGAACAAUGGUGGAAAGCUCAGACCGUCUGCAGGUUGUAUCACUCUUUAGAGAGGAUCAUAAACAAGUUACAGACUGUAGCUUAUCCCAUAAAAAAAGAUAUACAUAAGAUUGGGUGUUUUUAGAAAUUGCUGGUUUUAUUGUAUGGGAUUUUAGCUCCCCUAUUUUCUGCGUCCAUGUGGCUACGCUCAAGCUGAUGAAAGUCCAUGGUCGUAAAGUUCUUUCCUUUUCCACUGAAUGUCUCAGAGUUUGGUUCCUGAUUUUGAGCUGCAGUACAGAAGGGAUUCCUGCAGAGAUAAACCUUCUCUUUGUAAAGGAGGAAUUUUUUUUUUCACACCAAGAAGCAGCUGCUCCAUCAUGCUUUUCAAAGCCCCCAGACUCAAUAGAGACUCAUUUUACUUGCAGAACACAUAAGUAGCUGAUUAUCUGCAGGCUCACUCAGUCAUUUUUCUGCUUUUUUCUGGUUUUAGAUCUUUUUCAUGUUGGGUCUGAACUCACUCAUGACUCUCUAUUCAUGGAGUCUGGUGGUUAUAACAAUUGGUUUCAUCGGCAGCAGACUCCAUGAAUCCAUCCACAGAUCCAGAUAUGGACGGGUGGUUAUAGUGAUAGUUUGCUUUGCAGCAUGCAGAAAGGAACAUUUUCUGUCUAUCUCAAAUGAGUUGAUCGCCUUUGAAGUACUAACAGGAUGUGUAAAAUAUGACAGUACCAAAUUUAAAACACAAUGUGCACCCUGUUGUUGUUUGUAAAGAAUUUGAAAAGAGAGCAGAGCUUUAUGCUGCGUUCCAGUUACCUCGGAAGGUGGAUGUCGGAGCUGGGAGUGACGUUGAACCGGAGUUGACGGUGUUCCAGUUAAAAAGUCUGAAAAUCAAGAUGGACGCCUACAGUUACCCGUUGUUUGCUGUUGUUACCCGUUGUUUGCUGUUGUUAGCCAUUGUUAGCCAUUGUCAGUGAAUGUUAGUAGUUGUUGAUAGCGAUACCAAUUGUAUUGUGCUAAUAGAUGCUAAUAAAUAAUACAUUACCAGAGCUUUCACUGUUACUCUUUACUAUAGAUGCACCGGCUGCCAUCUUGGAUUAUGACGUUGUCGACAAGUUGGGGUUGGUGAGGACUUUCAGAGUUGGAAAUCCGACUUCAGGGGGGUGUUCCAGAUAAAUUUCCGACUCGGAGCUUGGAAAUUCCGACUUCCGAGUACAACUGGAACAGAGCAUUAUUCACCUGUACAGACAGUUUAAAUUGAGUGUUUUUGAAAACAGAGGGGUGAAGCAGGGGGGAGUGGGUUCAAUACAAACUACUAUGUUGCAUAGUUGCUUAUAGUAGCAUCUAUGGCAUGAGGAUGCAAACUUAAUGCAACUUGUACUUUUGUUUUUGAUGCAUGUUCUUUGUGGAAGUUGACUGAAUGUGGAUGUCUCCUCUUUUGUGAGUUUCCUGUUUAGCGCACUACUUUCCCAAAAAGACAUGGUUGAUGCUGUGCAGCAGGCACUUGGAGGUCUCAGCACAUGUAAAUAAACUGCAGACUUUUCUUGUCCUGCACAAAUGCACCAAACAUUGACAUCAUGGGGUGAUUCAAAAAGUAAGACCGGUAAACUUUAGGUAAUACUCUAGUGUGCUGAAGAUGUUUUUGUUGAGAUGUAUAGGAUUCUGAUGCAGAUUUUGCAGCCUGUGUUGUGGCUAUGGAGUAGAUGCAGAUUUUGUUAAAUGCAGCAUGCUUUGAUAUGAUAUCGAGCUUUCCUCAUCUAUACCUGGUGAUUUCUGAAGUAGAGAGCAGUCUACUGGAUCCAAACCUAGAUAAUUUACCUUUUUUCACAUGCCUGGUCAAAUCCAGAAGGCCUUGAUUUACACCUUUGCAGAGUCUCAUUUUAGAGCUAUGAAGACCUCUGCUUCGUUGCACACGGGUUACUCCACAGUAGCUACAGUAAGUGACAUAAAUAUCCCACGCUCUAUCUGCCAAAAGGUGUUUCUCUGAGGGAAAUUGUUGUGGGCAGCAGGAGGUGUACUUUAUUGAACCAAAGAUUGUACCCUGACAGCUUUAUUUCGCAGACUUUGUGAUAUAGAGCAGAGAUCAGUGCCAGCAGAGGCUCUGUGGCAGGGAUUGGUGCGCUGGAUUACAAAAUAUGUUUGGUGUCACUGAAAGGAAGAUUUGUGAGCCUUUUUCUCAACUUGAUUUUUGUUGCUGUGACUUUGAACAACUUUAACCUGAACACAUUUUAACUUCGAUCAACUUUUAGUGCAAUAAAUCAGGUAACUCAAACCAACCAAACAGUAAAAAAAUGGACUCAAAAUGACUGUGCUCACCAAGAAUAUUUGAUUUAAUGGUUGAGAUCUGGUCAAAGAUGCGUAAAAUUAUGGUGUUUGAGAUUUUAAAAGCAAGAUUUAAUACUGUUUCCUGAGCUUUUAUUGGCUUUGUAAGAAGUUAUCCAUCCUUAUACAAUCUUCCUGGUGGCAGUUUCUGGGGAUGCCUGUCUUUUUGGAAGGACCCGCUCUAAAUUGACUGACAUUUGUUGUUGCCGGCAGGUUAAAAUGACUCAGCAAUGAAGCCACAAGUCUGUGAUUUACUAAAUAACGACUGAGAAGUGCAUCUGGUAAUGUUAGUUAUUCCUGGAAGUUCAUUUCUUGUUAUUUCUGAGCACUCAUUUUAAACAGCAGGUUUUAAAUGGACCUCCACCUUUCACUGACUGGAGGGUUAAUCACUUUAAUUAUUUCAGGUUGUAAUGGAGAGAAGUAAUCUGUAUAAUUUGGUUUACUUCAAAGAUCUAGCAAGCGUAAAAGGGGUGUUUGAAUCUGUAAUCAUCUCAUUACACACGGUAAAUAUUAGGCUUGAACAACUUUACACGUAUAAAUGCACUCCUGUUUGAAUAAACAGAAAUGCUCUAACAGUAGAAGGUCUGUUUAAGAGAGGAACAUUACAGUGUAUAUGGUACAAUGUGAUAUAAUAGGAUAGGGUGGAAUAAGAUAUGGUACCAUUUGAUAUAAUGCGAUACAAUGCGACAUAGUACAAUAUGAUACGAUACGAUACGUGUUGUUAGGUAUAAAACAGUUGCUGCACCGGUGAGAAGGCCCUUAAAGAAUAUGUUAUAAUUGAAAACAUGUUUCUAAAAAUAUGAAAAUAAAACCAAAUGAUAAUUGUAACUUCCAUGAUAUGAUACUAAACGAUAUGAUACAACAAUGUUAUAUGAUGAUAUCCAAUAUGAAGUAAAAGCAGAUGUUUUUUUCUAAUAAUAUACAGGCUUUCCAAAGACUGUGGGAAAGCGAAGGAUUUGACUCAUAACGCAAUACCAUAGUAUACCAUACACGAAGAUUUGAUUGGUAUGAUACAAUUCAAAAUGUUGAGAUAUGCGGUACGAUAAGAUGUUGAUUUAACAUUAUUUUGUUUGUUUGUAAAUCAUUCAAGCCCUAUAUUCAGUUGAAAAUGGUGCAAAGACAACAGCAAAAGUUGAAACUGUAAAAGUUUAUUGCUCCAUGAUAAAUAAAUCCUCUAAUUUUUGUUUCAAAAGAGUUAGAGCAGAGACAACCAAAAAGGCAAAGCGUUGUCAGUGGAUUUCAUAGUUUUCAGUCAAGAUUCAGAGAAUUUGGAGAAAUCUGUGUACAAAACCAAUACUGGAUGGCCCUGAUCUUCAUAUCUUCCAUAAGGACUGUAUUAAAUACAGGACUCUGUCGUAGAAAUCCCUGCAUUGACUCAAAAUCAAAGUUGAAAAACAGUUCAUCACUUCAUCCACAACUGCAGGUUAAAACUGAAGCAUGUAAAGAAGAAACCAGAUAAACACAUGAUCCAGAAACAUCAGAGACACCUCUGGACCAGAACCCAGAACCAUCAAAUUCUAUAUUUUAUAAUAUUUAAUAGCACCAGUUUUGAGAAAUAGGAUCGUACAUAAAAAGGCAGUUGUUUUACUUCCCAGACACAAAUUAAACAUUUGAAUUCAUCCCUCAAAAAUCCUCCACUUUCUAAGACAAUGUACGCCUAAGCCUGAGCGCCCAUAACCUCUUUGUUUAUGUGUGCGUGUUAGACACUGAAUUGUUUGCGUGGGCACGGUGUAGUGGAGAACAGUACAAACAGAACGCAUUAAAAUGUACGUCAGCACUAACAAGCUGCUAAACAAAGAGCCCAUAGUAAUGUUGACAUUAAUAUUCAUGCUGCUGUGAUAUAACACCACACGGAGCUGAGUGUGGCGAACAUACACACUCUGCACACUGCUGGUGUACCUGAGCGAGGGUUAGGUGAGUGACUGUACAUGUUUGGAGAUAUAGCUGUUGGUCCGUAAUGACGCGUUCACUUUCCCUGCAUGUCCACCUUCCCUGUGACAGAUUGUACAUUAAAUCAGACCACAGGGAGUUGGCUCCGAAGAAAUAAGCCACUGUCACACAGAUGAUGUGCAAAUGAAGAGAAAGAAUUAAUUAAUUCGACAAUGUUGAGAUGCUUCAUGUUUGAGAUUCGUACCUGUAUUCACAUUUUGCAUAAAUGCACCUUGAGGUAUCCUCAGAUGAGAUUAACUCUUAUCAAUGCAUGAGGCCAGCAUAAUAUUAUAAUGUUUAACCAUUGUAUCUGGGAUGUGCAGAUGUGCAAAAGCAAGAGGCUUGAUUCAACCAGGGUACAACAGCAAGCAUUGCACUGUUGUAUGAAAUGUCUGCACCUUCAUUUGAAUGAAUGCAAAAGAAAACAUGACUUUCCAAUCAAAACCAAAUGAAUGAAAACAGUGAGUAAGGUCAUGUGACAGCAUAUGCAUGACCUUUUCUGCAUGUGCAUUUGCAACAUGCGCCCCAAAGCAGGGUGAGUCCUUGUAGGCUGUAUUUGCACAGAGUUGCAGGUUUUGUUUUGUUGGUUAUGAUUUCAAACUUCCAGGUUGAAAUGUUUUGGUAAAACACAUUUUUGUUGUUUUUGCUUGAUUAGUUUGAAAACAUCCAAUUCUUCCAGGACCUUUGAGAUCCAGCUGCACCUCUUUCAAUCUCAGAUGCACCGUAUAGCCACAUCAAAAGCUGUGCGGGUCAGUUAUACAGCUUAAAACACGACAUGCUGCUACUUUUAACACUCGAUGACAAGUAAAUACACGCACGGACGUACUUCAUGGGGGGGACACAGGAGACAUGUUCCCCUCACUUUUUCAUUAGCCCGUUUUGGUCCCCUGCAGUUUUAACCAUCUGAAAACAAUGUGACUUUACACUAUAGUAAACCGAUACAUGUCAGGCACUAGGACCAAACAGCAGCUCGAAAUGAAAACUGGUUUCCCUUGGUUUGGACCGCCUACAAGGUCCGUGAUUGGCUCUGCUGCAGGGCCGCUUUUUGUGUAUGUGAUUGGCUAUCCCUGCUGUCAGUCAUUACAUGCCCGCCGGACUUGUGUUUCGCAAGUUGCACGUAAGAGUCUGUAUGUGAACAUCACUAUUUGCCGAUUUAAGUUCAUAGAAGGGCGGUUUUAUUUACAUGCCAGUAUCGGUUUUGUACUUCCAUCCACCUGCUGUCCUCCUCUGUUACUGUGUGUGUGAGAUGUGCUGUUUGCUAGGCUAUAUGUCUCAACAAAACUCAACAGUACUCAAGUCACAUGUGAAAUCAAAAUUUCGUCCACGAAUACACGCCAGUUUCUUGUUUCUCCAUCAAAGUUAGGAUGGGUGAGCCUUCCCAAUAUGAAGAAAACUUUAGCACAGGCUGUUGGCACACUGGGGAUAAGAGAUGUUACUUAAAAGAGCUACACAGCUGCGUCAAAACUGCACUCCUUGAUAUCCACCUUAGAUGAAAAUAGAUAAGUCAGGAAGUAGUUUUUUUUUUUCACUUUUCGUGGAUCUUUCAUGAAACACUUCCUGACACUACUUUUUAGAGUUUAGAGACACAAAGAUGGAAAACAGUCUGAGGUUAAACUGUUUCCUGUUUUGUGCAUUUAGCAAACAGCUCCCGGUUAUCUUCUGCACAAACAUUCUCCUCUUCCUCGAGGCGUCUUCACAACCCUCCUCGCCUCCUCCGCCCGUGGCCUCCACCGAUGUGCAUCCUGCUUAAUUACUUUUUCAUGAGUCGCUCCCUGUUUUUGUCCUGGGGGGAUUCAUCAGCACCCCCUCCUCUCAUCCCAAUCCACUUAAGGUGACCUUGUCUUACUGGGACGAGCUGCUGCAGUAUCCUCCCACCUCCCUGCGCCGUGAUCCCUGCAGACCCACAGUGUGUGAGCGCGCGCGUGUGUGUGUGUGCACAAAUGGAGGUGAGUUGAAGUGUGCAGAGAACGAGGUACCACUCACUUUCCUCUGUCUCAGUUUGAUGCUGUGAAACUAAAAACUUAGUGAGUCACAGAUCAAUAAAUCAUGUAACGUGACAUCAUCGGACGCUACACAGUCAUGUUUACUGACCAGACGCUGACGCUUUAAUCGAUUUAAAGAAAUCGAACACUGAGUCAGGCUUUGCGAGGAUCACUUUCUGCUUUAAAUCCUCUAAAGUUUCCAUUUGUAUCGACAACAAGCUGUUUGGAGCUUCAUUUUUUCCCCUUUAUUUUUCUCCUCUUUAUAACUUAGUGGAUGAAUGUGUUGAAUUAUUUAACAGCCUCAUGCUGCUCUCAUUGUCUUAGAUUUUUCUGCGCUGAUUUUCUGGAUGUGAGAUUUCUGAUUAAUUAAAAUCUGUUGAAUGACGUCUGGUACCAAAAAGACAACAGACAAACAGCCUUUUCUGCAUCGUGUCCAAACAAUGUUUCACACAUCACACAUUAUCCUGUCUGAGUAUUUUAUGCCCAUAUUCUGAUUCUUUACCGUCUAUAUGAUUGGUUUACAAGUUUACACUUUACAAGGUGAAGUUGGCUGAAUAUUUCCAAUGAGUAACAGAACAUUUUGGAAAUGAUGCAAAAAUCUUGCAGCUUUUUAGUCAUUUUGACUGAUUACAGUAUUUGUUGUGUUUUCUCCAAGUAGUCUAGUUAAGUCCUGUUCUGUUUGGAGCUGUGUCUAUUUCUAUUUCCAUUGACACAAAGUUGGAGGAGGGACUAACAUAACCAAUCUGCAACAAGCUUCUUUUUUUGUUGGGUAACUAAACGUGCUGAUAUGACACUAAUGAUGGAUGAAAUUUGAAAAUAGAUGAUAUGGCAGGUCCUCGAAAGUGAAACCAAAAUAUUUGGAGUUCAUCUGCUCAUCUUAAACUUGACUUUAAAGAGUCUGAUUCAUGUUACAUUGAUCAUAAACUGAAUCAAAAUAGUUAAGAGCUUUCCUUUUCAUUUGAGGCCCGUUUAGACAUACCCGGUUAUCUUUAAAAACGGAGACGUUAACCAUCAUUUGCAUGUUUUGGUGCAAACUGAGAAUUCACCCGUGAAAAUGUCGCUUUUUAAAAACUCCGGCCAGAGUGGAGAUUUUGGAGAACUCUGUUGCACGUUUGCAUGUAAACUGAGAAAAACAGAGGAAAAUUGAGAUUUGGGUAGCCAACGGCAGAUUGUGUGCAGGAAAGAAGGAAGCGAAGUUGUUGCUUCUAUGCAGGAUUCUGAUUGGCUAACGUGGGCUUGAGCUUUACUGCUACCCACAUGUUUGGUAUGCGCUUGACGGCAUAUAUUCACGGGUUAGUGUAAAUGAAAACUUUUUCCUCAACUGAGAGGGUUAACGAAAAUAUUUGGGCAUGAGUAAACAUAGUCUGAAUCAUAUUCUACAUGCUAAUCUCAUUUGGUGCCAUCAGGAGGGGAGUGCACAUUGAAGCUCUGAGCAGAAGAGAGUGGCGAUGUUGAUAGCUCAUGUCUGCAUUCGGAUGCAAUACUUGAGCAACAUUUGCAGUACUACAGACAUUUGUGGUUGUUUUUGUGCUUGAAUACCAUUAUUACACUAUGCUAUGUGAAUAAGACCUUGAGAUGGAGCAAAUGAUGUGCAAUUCUCAGUAGCAGUUUAGGUUUAUUAGAUCCUCAUAGUUAGAAAUUUAUGUAUCCUAUUUGACAUGCAUUGACUUCAGUUGUACCUCAGAUCUGCAGCUGGAGAGAUGAUGCACUUGCAAACCAUGGGGUAGUGUGCUUAUAGAAAGCACAGAGGUCUGACUUUGCACGUUUAUUACUGCCGCCUCUCCCCCAGUUUGAGUUUGCAUGAGUCAUACAGCUUAACAACAAACACCAAAGAAAACAACUGUCAGAAUCAGGAGUGCAGCUUCAAGUCCGCUGAUAGUCAAAGUUCUCAAAGGACUGGGGCAUCAGAGUCAAAAACUUCACUGAGCCUUCAUCCUGGUACUUUGUGUGACAUCGGGAUGAAUACAAACACAAACCUGGUAAAGCUGAGCAUGUUGACCAAAGAAACACUCUCUGUUCAGAAAUGUUGUUCCCUAAAAGGUCGAGGAAACGCAGCAGAGAGUGAAAUAUUCAUUAUGUUGUCAGGUCUUUGUGCAGCUGUGAAAUGACGACAAGGUCAAAUGAAACACUUUUUUGCAUUUAGCGCUUCUCCGGAAAAAAAAUUAAUGCAUAUUUAUUCCACAGAGUAAUUGGUGUAUUUGCAUAAAGUUUUAGGCAACUAUGGAAUUCCAUUUUCAUAGAAAACACAGUUUUAAAGACAAAAGUGUUGAAACUUUUUUAUAAACUUUUGUCCCUGAGCUUAUCUUUGAAGAAUUUACAUCUUUCUGCUUUAGUUUUGCGAGAAAAUAUUACACAAUGACCUACUGUACUUCAAAAACAAAACACUGGUGAAUAAAUGUAACAGUUUACUGCAUCCAAAAGAUGUUUGACGAAUAAUUUCACACAGUAAAUUUAAGGUUAAACAGAAGAUGUGGUUGAUAAUAGUGUUAAUAUUUUUUUCUAGUAUUAAUGAGACAGAUUUAUGAAUGUUUACAUAACACUUAUCGCUGAUUUAAUCACUCAUCUUCAGCAAGGCACAAAUGCUCUUAUCUAAUUCAACAUACAGAGAAGCAUGUGUUAGACUGUGAUUUCUGUAGGGAAUAACCUUAAAAUGCAUGUGUUUGCAUCUAGGUUAAGUUGUUCUCCUCUUGUACAUGCACAGAUCAGUUUCCCCGUAUCGGUAAUAUAAAUUUGGGGCCUUUUUUGUAACAUACUUUGUAGUUCUUGCUGAAUUUAGACCUCUCAUUUUGGACCUGUGGAGGCCUUAUAUGAGCCAAAAUGAACGUAGCUAAUUUCAAAAGUUUUCAUUUUAAGUUUUAUUGGACUGCUUUUUUUGUUAUGUUGUAGUAUUUUGAAUAAAAUUGUGAUAAAUGAUAAGAUAUUUCAAGUAUCUGUAAACAUCAUCAUGUCAUAUUUGGGUCAGGGUUACAGUUACAGUACAGUUACAUUAAUACUUUACUUUUUCCAAACCCAGAGGGUCACUGUUCCUUCUAAAAUACUAAGUGUAUAACCGAGCAUGAGCUGAAACCCUUCCUUCAGUCACUGGGCAGUUUUCUAGCAGCACCCCCCUCUCUGACUGCUCUUUAUCAGGUCAUUUGAAGUCAGCACAGCGUUCACAGAAGUGUUCAUUUCCGCCUCUUUCUCAAUGAGUGAGAUUCAGACCAGCAGGGGGACGGUCCUCUCACAGAGCUCAGAUCUGCAGUGGCCAAAAGCACAAUAUGAAUCGAUUGGUCUCCUUAUCUGGCUGUCCAUUAAACACCCGGCUAAUGAACCUGAUGAGGCCGCUUAGAUGGAACUCACACUCUGAGGAUCCCACAAGCCUUUUCUACAACAAGGCCAAGAGAUUUAUACACCACCACACAUCCUCGUAUACACACACAGAUAGCCCGUUAACAUGUCCUCUGAUCCAGCUUCCCUCAUGCAUUAUGUAGUGCAUAUUUGUACACUAAACCCCUCUGAAGAGCUGACUGGAUGGAAGAUAUCUUACACUGGAGCACCAAAUACUCUCUAAAAAUGCAGUGGGAAGAUCAAUCCCACUUUUAUCAAGUUUACAGCGCAUUUGCGUCAGGUGCUGGAGAAUACCUAUAAAUAUUCUUAUAUAUUCACCCGUCAGAUUCAGUGUGAUACAUUUCAGGGAAUAUGACCUAGGCCUGUGCAUUUGAUUGUCAUUGACCAAUGGGAUAACCAUUUUGUUGAACCAAAUGAUGUGCAUAUUUAUUCCAGUAUUUUGAAGCUGUAUAAUGUUGUUGAUGUUGCAUUUGAUUGCAUCAGAUUGUAUUUCAUCCCUCAGAGAACAAACUAUCCAAAGUGGCAGAUGCUUUACUCAGUUAAUAUUAAAUUUCAUCUUUCUGUCAUCAUAUUGCUGCUAACAUAAGAAGGCUUCUGAACAUCGAACUUUGAUGUCUUAACCAACUCAUUUAACAAACUUUAAUGUAACUCAAAAAUCAACAUCUUUUUCUGUGCUGUUUGACCCCAAACUAGAGACUGUAUGGACAACUUGGUUCCGCCUUCCGCCAGUAUACAGAUUUGAAGCCAAAAAGCUCUUGGUAAUUCUGUGUUUUUCUCCACUUCCUGAAACCAACAUUUCGCAGUAGCGUUGUACGCACUCCUCCACUUGUGCAGUAGCAUUGUGCGCAUUCGACGGGAGAGUCGCAGAGACACUGGGAUGACGCUCGGCUCAAACAGUAUAUCCCCCGGGUUAGCCUCGCAAUCUUCGUACACCCGUAGUAUCAAGAGUCAGUCAUAGAAAACAUGAACCCCCUAAUAGUGGCUUCACCCACUGAGGAGGCAGACGGCGUCCAUUCUAUACAGUCUAUGCCCCAAACCCAGACCCUCCGAAUCACUGUUUGAUAUUGUAAACCAAGUGUUACAAAAAAAAAAAAAGGAAUGAUGCCAAUUCAUAAAACAGUGACUUUCAUAGCAAAGGGUACAAAAAAAGGACAAAAUGUGGGUUGUUGCACUUGAUGAAAGUGGUUUGGGAGGUUCAGUCGCCUUCAAACAGUUGAGGAGAAAAGCAAAGUUUACAAUGGAGGAGUCUGAAAGGAGUUGAAAACCUACAAUCAACAGGGAAGGUUACUACAAGGAAAAGGGUUCAAACAAGGCGGGUGAGCACAAAGCCAUAGCACUGCCCAGCAAUGGUCCACACAAAGCUACAGGUGGCUGAGGACAAGUAGACCAAUGGUGCGAAGACAAUCUAAUGUGGCAUGAAGAUAAUCCUGCACUGGUGGAUAGUUAAUCUCACAGACCACAUAGACAAUCCAGAAAUGGUGUAGAUAAUCUGGUAUUGUAUCGUGAUAACAUAUCGAUUUCAGGAUUAUCCUGACAUUUUAAAUUGAGAAACCAACAUUUGUCCAAAGAUAUACUGAGAACAAUUUCACAUCGCGCUAACGUUUUUCAUUUUUUAAUAGAUUUGCAAAAGUCUCAAACUAUUUUUUUUUCACUUUGUCAUUAUGAGGUAUUGUGGGUAGAAUUUUAAGGUAAAACAUGAAUUUAAUCCAUUUUUGAAUAAGACUGUAACACAAGAAAAUGUGAAAAAAAGUACAGAAUACUUUCCAGAUGCACCGUAUUUGCAUAUUUACAUGUUGACCCUAAAUUAGUCUGCCAUCUCUGAGACUAUGAUCAUGUUUAAUGCAGUCUAAACUUUGUGUGCUGAAUUCAAUGAGCGUUAUUUCACCUGCUCAGACAGCAGACCCGUUACUGAAUCCACUCUCACAUCCUCCCCUCUAAAGACUGUGGGCUACGCCACCGUGAAAUGUUAUUAGCAGCAUAACAAAGCUGUGAAUUGAAUGCAGCAAUGAUGAGAAAGCUUUAUAUGACACGUGAAAUCCUGUUAGGAUGCAGAUUAGCGUUAUCUAUGCUGCACCUGUCAAUAUCUAUUACGGUUGGAGGGCAAGGACGGGGCAGAGCUGGACAUGGAACUGCUUCUGUCAGCACUGCGGUCACCAGCAAACACCAAUACUUAAGAGGACGGUCUGUAUUGGUAUGCAGAGAAUUCACUCUGAUACUAUAGGCAGGCCAGCCUGAGGCGUCGUUGUUUCUAUCACAAGGAAAGUUUUCUGCUUUAACAAUGGUGAGGGACUGUGUUUAAACCAAGAAGCUGCAGGAACGACAGAAUAAUUCAAGAAAAAGCUGACAAGCAAGGACGAGAACCAGCCUAGAUGUGGAGAGGACGAGCCGGGUGUUAAUGCAUGUGUUGUGAAGGACGGGGUUCUCAUUUGGAAAACAAAUGGGGAUCAAUUUCAGAGCACUUUCAGUCACUUAAUGCACAAACAAAAGACUCACACACACACACGCACUGACAUUUUAGUGAUUGAUUCUCCUCUAAAAACCUAAACCAAGCAAAGGUUACUUAGCAAGAGAAGAACAUUUUUACUUCCCGCUUUAGAUUGAACACAUACGCUCAUCACCGGUUCAUUUGAAUCCUAACAAGAAUGAUGAUGAAGCCAGCCUCCAGACUUUCUCUGCGUGAUUCUGCAGCACCUUCUGCUCUCUCUGCUCAAUCUGCAAGUGAAAGGAAAUACAAAAUAGUUUAGAUCACUGGGUGUCCCCAAAGGUGAAGGAAUCUCUCAUCAGCUUCAGUAAUAAAAAGACUAUUAAAGCAGCAAAAUCCUCUGAUGUACCUCUUUGCCGGUUUCUACUUUGGCCAAAAAUAAGGUCAAGAGUCAGCAUUUCUAAUAUGGCGGCUGUCAUCUUUGGGCUUCAUAACAUCCAGUGGGUGUCGUCAUGGUGUCUACUUCCAUAUCUUAUGUUUUCCACAGGCCCUAUUCGACUGAUCCAAAACACAUGGUCUGAAGUGCAUGGGGAAGAAGGAAUCCAACCUUAUUUUCUUAUUUCAGAGAUGCAGAAUCUAGGUAGACAACGCAGCCUCAGCAGAUGACUGUCUUACAUGAGUCCGGUUCUGCUCAAGGUUUCUGCCUCUAAAGGAAGUUUUUCCCUUGUACCGCUACAUUGCUAAAUACUGCAGAGUGAAACACUAGAUGGUUAAAGUUAUUUAUUUAUUUAUUCAUUCGAACAUAUCUUUAUUGGUUUUUGUAGUCCAACAAUUUAAACAUUUGGCAGUAAUGAAAAUAAUAAUGAAAAUAUGAAUAAUACAGAAGAGGUAAAUAAAUAAAUUGUCCUGCUAAAUAAAUUAUUAAAAAGAAAAAGUGAACCAACAAAUUAGUCAAUAAAUUACUUCGAAUAAAUAAUAAAUAUGUAAAGAAAAAAAGAAAAAAAAACAUCUCAAAUAAUAGCAAUAAUCGUACACUCCCAACAACAAAUUAAAUAGUUUUCGUUAGAGUUAUUUUACUGGAUUUAACAUCAGUCCAUGCACCAGUGGCCUAUGUGUGUUUUCUGCAUGUUUAGAGGCUCAAGCCAGAUGUAUUUUAGUAGAAGGGCUGGAAUCUGCUGUGUAGAUAAUAACACACCUGCAUGUGCACCUGACACUUAAGGAGGAUGAGAGCAGACAGACUGACUGAUUGGUUUGAUUCACGUUAUGUCCAAAACACACCUCUGAAUAAUCAAGGGACCAUAUCCAACCAUUCUGUGCCGUGCAUCUCUCCCAGUUCUCAGGUUGUAUGUUGCUUAACUAGCAAAAAUAGCCAUCAGAUAGCUGUUUUUAAACGGUCUAAAUAGGGUCCUAAAAAUGUAAAAAGACGACUUUCUCAACACUAAAAAUAUUAAUUCAAGUCCAGUAUACUGUAACUCUCGUGGACUGUGAUCUGGAGUGUUCCCACGCCUACAGUAAGAAAACACUGACACAUGUUACACAAAGGCCUCAGUAAAGACACAAUGAGCUCAUCAGAGAGACAGAAAGCUGCUCUACAAACAAAUCAGCGCCCAGUUCAGAGGAGAUGUGAUUUUCUCUCCACAUCAAACCUCCCACUCUCUCCGCUCUCUCCACACGCCGCUACUGCUGCCGCAGUGACAAAUUGCGAGUGACGGCGAGCUCUCACUCAGCGCACAAAUCGCUGGUAAUUGUAUGUAAAAUGGCAUCAGGAAUUACAAUCCCAACUCAUCUGCAGGUUGACGACACCACUGGAGUCUGCUCCUGUAAAUGCUUCAUUAGCCAGAGCCUCCAAGUGCUUUCUAUGAAUGGGGAAAGGCUGAUCGCUCCUCCAACAGCCGUCCACCUGCUUCCUGUGACCCUCGGGGCAAACCUGCAAUCACUUCAGAGAUGAAUCCUCUGCACACGCACCAGGCUUCAUUCAUAAAUCUGUGCUUUUAUAAAAUCACAGAUGUGAGGGAGCCUGCGAUUGCACAUGUAUAAAAAAUUCAGCACCCAAACAGCUCCGUGCUGUGAGAGUAAGUCGGGGGAUUACAGGCGUUUGUAAGUGCAAAUCUGUGGAGUAAAACAGGUGGAAGAGCCGAGGGUGGGUAGCAGUGAUAGCUCUGUGAUUAGCACCUUCCCUUGAGUGUUGUCCUGGAAAAGCAGCCUGCACAGAGAGAGAGAGAGAGAGAGAUAGAGAGGCAAAGGGAGGAAGAGGAGGAAGAGGAGUCAAAGAGGGAAAGGCUGAAGUUAAGGGUUUGAAUAUUCUUCAGGGGGCCUUUUCCCCCGUAAUGUGAAACAUCAAUCAGAGAUGUUUCAACAAGCUGUGUGGCCACUUUCCUCGGCUGCUCAUUAAGAGAAGACACCAGCUGGGAGCCGGCAGGAAUGCAUGAUGGUUCAUUAUAAUAUUUACACAGUUUGCCCUCAUUCAUCAUCAGGGAUAAUGCGGUUUGCUGAGCGCCAUAAGCAUAAGGUGUUAAUAGAAGUGUGUACCACCGAGCUGCCUGUGCAGCACACAGCAGCUCAUUUACCUCACAGUAUUAAAGGUCCUGAAGCGAGACAGUUUGGUUCUUCCAGGACUUUCUCGAGUUGGUUUCAGUUCAUUGCCGAAAAGCAGGUAAGACUCAAUCCCAUUACAGACCAGAGUCCAGCCGAGGGUGUAUUCUGCCUCUGAUCCGCCGACUGUAGAUAAGAGCAUGGCCUUCCUGACCUCACAAAGUGAUGGUUUGAAGCCUCAAGUUUGGCUUUUGGCUGCUCACUCUCUAGGUUUUUGCAGGAGUGGUUGAAUUUUGACUUCCUCCCUUGAUCACUGCAGCUCAGGGUCAAGUCGGUACACUUUGUACCCCAGCACAAAAGGUGCUGAAAAAGAAGGACGGAUACGUUUUAUUAAUGGAAAUGCACCACUGAGGCAUAGAUAAUGCUUGAUUGUAGCCGCUGCUUUGUCACAGACUUGGUUUGUUGGCUUGGAGCAGCUGCCGCGAAGGUACUUAAAAUGUUCCUGGUACCAGGAGGUGUCACCUUGUGGAAAACCCUAACAUCUGAGUGGAGUGGAGUGGAGUGGAGUGGAGCAGGAUAGAUGCCGGUGGAAAAAAUCCCAUUCCACACCCCUACACACUGACCCUUCACUACCAAGUGUCGCUCGUAAUGAAGUCACACUCGCAGCUGUUGAGGGCGCUUCGUUUGAAAGGAGGAGAGUAAAAAUAAGACAGGCGGGUAUGGGACGCCCUCCUUACUCCACCGGAAAAUGGAGAAAAUGGCGUUUCUUUUCUAAGUAAAACGGGCAUCAUGUACAGUUCUGAGCCACACUAGCUGCGUCGCACAGAGUAAGAUUUCCAAGUUUUGUUUGAUCUUUCCAAACCACGUCUUUUGUGAUUUUCUGUUAGUGAGACAAAAAUGUGAGGAACGUACAUCUGUAUGUUGUUUCCUCCUCUACCAUUUUUGCCUGCGCACUACCUGCAAAUCAUGCCAAAAGUGUGCAUCCGUGUAGACUUGUUAUUCAAGGGCUAAACGGUCCACUUGCCCUCCGCACAUGGUGGUUUGGGACGGCCUUCAAUAUAGCGGAUCCUCCGUGGUAACGCGCAAGGGGAAGGCGAGUGUGUAUGGGGUUGGAUUGGGACUAAAUUUUGUAAAUAGAGAAUAGGCUUCAUAUGUCUUGAAACAAGACACCUUAGUUGUUCUUAGUGUUCUGUUAUUGGUCCCGGUCGAUUACCUAAAUCCAGGCUGCAUGAAUUCAAGACUAGUUCCAUGGACAAAGAAUGUAAUUUAGAUUCAGGGUUCACCUCCUGACACGGUCUUUAGACAUUUUCGCACUGGGAUUGUUCGGAAACGUUUUUUAGCACAGUGCAGUUUGCAGGUCACAACCAGAGAUUACUUGGGAGAGAAAGUCUCGACUUGCGUCUAACAAACUCUGGAGUACUUUGUUUGUAGAGAAAAUGCAAUCCAGCAACCAGAGCAAACAGCUGCUGUGCUCAUCACAACAGUAGUAGUAGUAGUAGUAGUGUUCUCUAUAUUGUGUGGUGUGCAACAAUGUGUUAAACACACCACACCACACACAUAGAUAUCAUAUCUACUGUCAUUACCACGGUUGCAUUUGUUGGGUCUCCUUUUUUUCAGCCAGCUCACUCCCUGAUUGGCUGUAUUAAUUAGAUUAGCAAUCAUAUAUGAUUGUAGUUCAUGCUCAGCCAUCCUUGGCGUUAUAUUAUUGGACGGACUUAAUAUUUAGGAUUCAGAAUGAGGGCAGCAUUGAUUAGAGAGAGAGAGAAAAACAUUAAUAGAGUUUUCAAAAUCAAUGUGAUAAAUUGAAACAGACUUGAAACUCCAGAUUUAGACCAUAAGGGAAAUAUUUUCUGAGGAGAUCAAACCACUGGGACGAGGGACACAUUUUUUCAUAUACUUACACAUGAUAGAUUGUUAAUGCAUGCUGUUGAGUCAUCUUCUGCAGGUCAUUGGGGGGACUGCAGGUUUAGGGAACUCAUGCAUGAAGUGGAUCUUGUUUUCAGACCCCUAUAAAAUGACAAAUGUUUAUUGGUCGUCUUUUAUUUCGGCAAAUAAUUCAGAUCAAAAUUACGCACAAGUCAAUGUCGGACUCGGUGAGCUGACGUCCAGGGACUGUGUCGACAUUAAUUUAAAGUCAUUAAUGAAGAAUUUACAGUUUCUUUUGUUUGUAUUCAGGACUGAAUUGAUCUGCACGCACUGUCCAUAAAGACAGCCUCAUAAUGAGCUUCAUUUUCUCUGAAGUUUUCCUCUUUUCCUGUUGAAUGAGAUGGAAAAGAGAUGUCUUCAUGGAGCAGUAAUGAUGCAUGCAGCCCCUCUUUUCUCUGCCUUAUCGUCAUGAUGUGGGCUUUAAUAUGCUGUAUAGCUGUGGCCCUAUCAGAUCAGAUGAGGCUCCGGGCGAGUGGAGCCUUCAUGGGAUGGAGGAAGGGGGAGGAGGGGUGUGAGGUCUGCAUCAUAUUCCUCCUAUUUCUCUCCACUUUCAGACAACAGGCCCCGCUGAAAUGACUGUGGGUGCCGCCAACUGUGAAAUUAAUUGAACUUGUGAUACGUGGGGUAGAGACCAGCAUCCGGCCUGAGGAGGCAACUGUGCAUCCGCUCUUACAUUUGCUCACGACAAAAGGAACAGCCAAGCCCAGAGGCUUUCUGGAUCUGUGGUCAGUUUCCUCGACAAGAUGUCUCUGGAUGCCGCUGAGCCUCAGUGACUGGCGUGACAUUGCAGCAGAGUGUAUAAGGCGUGUUAAAACUCUCUCAGCUCUGGUUAGAGGCAGUAUUUUGGUUUAGAAACAGGAUUUGUUUAUGGAUUUAUCUUGUCAAGCUGGUGAUGGAUCUGUAGAUAAUGAUUUUAUGUUCAUGAAAGGUUUUUCAGCCCAGGGGUUAAACCCUAAUGGGCUACAGAAGAUAAUCUGUCUUUUUAUUGUUUUAUAUGUUGGUUUACCCAGCUUCAUAUUUAGCAGUAAUGAUGAAAAGUCACAGAUGAAUGUUGCCGACCACUUGCUUCUCUAGUUAUACCAACUUUAGUAACGACCGCAGGAUAGCAAUACAUAGCGGUCUAAGGAGCCAAACACAAACAUCAACCAAAACGCCACUCUAUAGCCACAAAUAAUGCUCAGAACAGCACCUAACUUCAUCAACAGUACAUAUAGGGUCCCAGACAUAGCACUAGCCACCAAACAUCAUUUUAACUUUGCCUGAUUUCUUUAGCAAAGAGACUAAACACAACUCACCCACUUUCUUCCAGCAGCCGCUUGUUUGUAGCGAGACCUCGCGCCAGUCCAUUACAGACUACAGCGGGGUGACGCAGCUCAAGGAAGAACAUUUAUGAUCAUUUCUUCGUGGAAAUGCAAUCAGGCCGAGACGCUAAGGCAGAAGAACUACCGCGUCUGCAAAAUUAUUAAUAUGAUGAUUAUUACUGAAAGGAAAUGAUAAAGAAAUGAUCAUAAAUGUUCUUCCUUGAGCUGUGUCACCCCGCUGUAGUCUGUAAUGGACUGGCCUGAGGUCUCGCUACAAACAAGCGGCUGCUGGAAGAGAGUAGGUGAGUUGUGUUUAGUCUCUUUGCUAAAGAAAUCAGGCAAAGUUAAAAAGAUGUUUGGUGGCUAGUACUAUGGCUGGGACCCUAUAUGUACUGUUGAUGAAGUUAGGUGCUGUUCUGAGCAUUAUUUGUGGCUAUAGAGUGGCGUUUUGGUUGAUGUUUGUGUUUCGCUCUUCAGACCGUUGUGUUUUGCUAUCAUGUGGUCAUUACUGAAGUUGGUAUAACUAGAGAAGCAAGCGGUGGGCAACAUUCAUCUCUCGAGGGCGUGUCUAACUCAGUGUUAUGGUGUGUUUGACCCUAAAUAAAUUGUACGCCGCUAAAUCCAAACUUUAACUACUGGAUUUGGUGUAUUUGUUGAGACUGUAGUUCUAGUUAGAUCUACAAGUUUUUCUGUGUUUAAAAUCCUUCAAAAACUAUUUGUAUUUUGGUACAUUCAGCGUCAAAUUAUUGCAUUAUGCUUCCUAGAUAGGACCAAACUGAAAUAUCACUACUAUUCCUUCAAGUUCUGCAAAAGAGAAAGAAAUCAGCAGGAAGUUUAAGAAUGUAUAAAAAGUUCAUUGUAAUUGGUGCCACAGGGUAGGUGUCCGACAAGGAGAAUAACAGCAUGCUGCUGAAACAGACCUCUUUACCAUUUCCCACUGCAGAGAUUCACAAAAAGAAGUCCCUAUAACCGUGGACACAAAGAGAAGUUCCUCUUUAAGGUUUCAUUCCCUCCUCAUCCUCAGUAAGAUGAUCUGAUUCUCUUACUGAAGAUCAGAGUUACUCUGUGUCUAAAUUAAGCCUUUUAUUCCUUCCCCCCUCUGAGGUGGGCUUAUCUCUGGAUUAAUGCUCUUUGUCUGCAGAGUCAAUAUCAAUUAUUUACACUCUUUUAAUGAAGACUACAAAAACACAGCAGCAGCAAGAGAAACACACUCCCAAAUACUGAAAGAGCCUGAUGAAUCCAGACAGUUUCAAACAUUUCAGGGAACAUAACUUAGAGAUAACAUUACUGCUGCAGUGCAUACUUAUUACAGCCUCGGAUUUCACCAAAUUAUGUUUUUUUUUUCUUUUUAUGCAUUUCAGUUUUUAUACUCCACCUUGGGGCAAAAGCUCUGAGCAUGUUCUCUCACUAAUGAACACAAGUGGAGAAAUUUAUCUUGUUUAAUUUAGUCAAGACUCCAGAGUGCAGAAAGUAAAGAAUACAAAUGUGUGAUUUUAGUCUGGAGGCCAUGGAUUAUCUUUUAAAGUCAGUUUAAGGCUCGUUUUAUUCACCGUAGGCUCCACUUAUGGCUAAAGGGUUAAUCCUAAUGAUUAAAAACAUGAUUGAUCCUCAGGUAAAGCAACAUCUGUGUCUUUUAAGAGUCCGAUGAAUUUAAUCACAGGGAAUAAAUGAAUCGAUCAUGAGAGUCCAAUUUUCCUGCUGAUCUUUGACCGUACUCAGAGAGUGAAGUCGAGAGUAUACCUUAUCUUUGAAACACUUCAUGUCCCUGAAGUUUCCACAGCUCCUUGGUCCCUGGCCCUGUGGAAACAAUGCAAUCUGUGCCGCCCCACAUUCACCGCCUAUCCUCCAGCUCUCAUCCAGGUCACAUUGCACCGCAGAGUGCAGCACUGCUUUCAGGACUCCACUGCUGCUGCUGCUGCUGCUGAACAGGUGGAGGGAACUCUGCAGACAUGACAAAGAGCCUGCUGGUGUUUCAGGUCACAUGAAUCACUUAGUGUCCUCGAAAAAGGCCCAAAACUGUUCCUUAAGGUGGUCUUAAGCGGAUCUUGUGAUGCAUCUCUCAUCUCUUUAUAAGGCUAAAAUCAUCUUUAUUAGUUUUGUUCAAUGAUUACUCUUUAGACAACAGAGAGCACUGAAACACUAAGGAGUUGAAAUUGUUGGAAGGAACAUUUUAUUUCUGACAAAGCCUGAGUUGAGUCUAGAGAUUUUGAGAUGAGGAAACUGUUAAACGUUGGAUCCUUUCACGCUGGUUGAAGCCAUAUUCACUCAAGCCUCUGGGGUCCUAAAGUAAUUUGAACUAAGUUUAAUAUUAGCAAUUUUCAAAGGGUAGAAACAAUUACUAUAAAAUUUAACACAAACACUAUAUAACCAUAAAGAUCCACACAUUACUCCAAAUCUACAAAAGGCCAUAUGAUCAUGCUUGAAUUGUCUAUGAUCCAUCUUACCAUGAAGGAGCAGGGCCAACUUUGGCAGCUAUUUAAGAUUCAGUCUUAGGACCAAAAUGAUUCAUUUGAGUCUAAAAUAGUUUAAGUUAUUAACAAUUUUUUUUUUUUAACAUUUUAGUCUUUCAGCCAAAACCUUCUCUCUUUCAUCACAACUUGGUAUCAAGGUUGUACGAGCAAUGAGUCACCAUCUUUACACUUUAAAUUAUGUAAUAUCUGGAUUCUUGAGAGCACCCUGGUAACUUAUUGUGUUUCUUUCAUCAACAUGCAUCAGGAAUAAAAGUUCAUGAAUGAUAAUAAGACAGAGAGGAUUUGUACUGGUGGUGUUGUAGAUACAUGACAAAUCUAGGUAUGUAUGAGAAGUUCUAUGCGUGUGAUUUCAGUCGGACUAAUGUGUUCGCAAGCAUUUUUAAAGUCCAGUUUCAGUUGGACUAACUCAACAGUUGAAUAAUUUAUUUGAUGGCAUACAAACAUUUCAUCGUCUUGACCUCUUGGACAGAUUUUUGACCCUUCAAAAGAAAUCUCUCAUCAGUCUGACAUCAACCCCUUACUUGACUUUAUUUGACUUGAAGUUUUAAAUCUUCUUUACAGCCAGAAAUAUCCAAAACAACUCAGAAAAAAAACAGACAGAUGUUACUGUUAGAGGCCAGAACCAUUUUAGUUUGACACAUAAAUCUGUUUUAAGGAAGAAAAUUCAUCAAAGUGUGACUAUUUUUGGGAAAGGUGUGAAUGGAUUCGAGUCUGAAUUGAUCCUGUCCUUUCUCCAGCUGAGAAGAACAUGCAGCUGUUUGCUUUUCCAGAAUCAACCUCAGCAUGACUUUGGUUUAUUUAUAGAAGUCAAAGUCGGCUGAUAUUUAAUGAGAAGUCUUUGAAUACUCUGUUCAAAUAUCACAACCUUUAAGAAAACAGCCUCCAUUGUUAAAAGCUGCAUGGCUGCCCGCCCGCCUUAAUCAAUUAGACGUCUAAGCUUUUAAGCUCAUUCCUCUUGAUAUCUGUGAUAUGCAUAAUAAUGACCUCAUUACCGCAGGCGCCGGCAUUGUGCGUUAGAGGGAUUGGAUGCAAAAUGCACUUUUAUCAUUCUUUAUUUCUCCUUCAGAGCAGCUGAGGAGAAGGGAAAAGAGGCAGAGGAGACUGCGAGGCUGCAACUGGGAAACCAGAAACCAGUCUGAGUCACUCCAGCCUCCUGAACACACAUCCCACCACAUGUGGCAUCUGUAGUGUGUGCACAAGGUGUAUAAAAUGGCGCUUUCUUUCUUUACAUACUGAACACGUCAUCGCUCCCCUUUUCACAAAGAGAAAAACGACAAAACAUGACCUUUGUUCAAGACACAUCAGACCUUGGACCUGUUCUCUCUUUUUCAUUCUGUGCUGUUCCCGCCAACUCGUUUUUUUCUCUCUCUCUGCUGUCAAGGUUUCUCUAUUAAAGGACAAUUCUUCUCUUUUUCUUGGGUAUUUGGAUUUCUUUGGCCUUGAAAACAGAACAUGACAGAGAGCUGAGGAAAGUCCAUCCAGGUUUAAAACAAGAUAAUGAAAAGGAAGAUUUUUGAAAUGUGAGUUUUGUUGAUCCUCAGGUAUUACUGAGAUGAUUGGGGAUGUCUUACACUUGGGGACAUUUUAAUGAUAUUGGACGUCAGCCACUCAAGAGGAUUCUUAGAGCUCAAUUCGCCACCGCCAAUGAUUGAGGGGCAGGGCCUUGUUCAGAGUUUAUCAUCACUGAUUAUUUGUUCAAAUAAUCCUGAGUGUGUGAUGUCAGUAUGACUAUUUUACUGCCCUGGACUGAGUCAGAGUCAGAGCCUCCUCAUCUUGAAAUGUAAAGAGCAGACCGUGUUUUAUAGUUGGUUCUUUGGUCCAAUAGGAUCUUCUAGAGUGUGUGUUCAUCAGAUCGCAAAGUAAAAAUAAAGUCUGAACUGUCUUUGCAGGAAGUGUCCCCAGAUUUUAAAUCAUGUGAGAUCCAUUAGUUGUUCAGUUUUUAGCGAUAUUGUUGAUUUUCUCGAUUUUCAGUCUGCAUUUUUAACUCCAGCGAAACAGUGGAAUCAUUAUGAUUGUCUACUGACUACCAUAUCUUCCCAAAUAAUACACAUCACAUGUAAGUCGGUUGUUAAGAUUUAUUCUUAAUUUGAAAAAAAAUCUAUUUAAGUAUUGUAAAACAAAAAAUUGUGAUACUUCCGUGAAUCGAUUUUUUCUCCCACCCCUACUUGGAAUUAUGGCCGCAAUACCAUCUCCUUUUAUAAUUUACCAAAAGAGGGACAAGGAAAGAUCUUGUUUUUGUGGAUUCCUAAAUAUGAAAUCAAGACCACAAAGGUUAAGCUUGUGGUCUUGUGGAAAUGUAUCUACAUGUUUGCAGAAAACUGUAGAGUCAAAAAUCAGUCAAAGAGCCAAAAGUCGUCCAGAUUAAUGUGUUGUUGUUUUUUUUGCAGAUUUUUCUCUUGCAGAAACAGUGUUGACUGUCAGACACGAGCACCAAGAAAAGACUGGAAUAAUGAAUAAGAGCCUCUUACUCAACCCGAUCUCUCCUAGACUUGUACAUUUUCGCACACGCAUAAGUAGUGUUAAACUAUGUUAAAUUAUGCAUCACUCUAAAACUAAAUAUGGGCUUAAAGUAACCCUCAGCAGACACAUUUACAUUCAGAUUUAUCUGUGUAGACGUGGAUUAUGAAGACAGUUCAAUUUAAGAGACACAAAUAUUGUAAUCAUUGAUAACUCAGGCUGCUUUAACACACCCAGAUAAAUCACUGCAGUUCACUUUUCUGACGGAUGAGUUUUGUGAGAGCCGGCCUGGUUUUUAUUAGCGGCUAAGGACUGAGCCAGUAUGCAGGUACUUCGACUAACGCGGGCUGAGACAGGUGUUCCAGAUUAAUCCUGUUAAAGUCAGGUCAGAACUUCAGAACGGCAAGAUGAGUUUAUUUAUACAGCCCGAAACCUGGCUACAGAUGGACAGGAUUCAGCUCUUUGCACAUGUCUAAAAAAUAAUAUUUUUGAGGUUCAACUCUGAGUUUCACCCGAACACAGCCUGUUAAUCAAGAAGAGAACGACCUCGCAAGCCUGUGAACUCAGAAUCUGUCAGGGUUUUUGGAGGUGAAAUCAACCAUUUAUCUGAAGCCGGUGUCUUUUAAGGACUCGAACAGGCUGAAUGUUUGGGCUCCGUGGAGCGGAGAUGAUUACUUUAAAUUGUUCAGUCCUCAGAUUCUGGCUGUAAUCUGUGUCUCAGCAGAACAAACUCUCUUAGCUUGUGUUUGAGGAAGCAGCAUGUUGCUUUGUUUCCGACUCUCUAAUCAAAAAUCUGCACGAGCCAUCUGUCAAUCAAACUCAUUUCAUCUCUCUGAACUCUGAUGGAUUGUCUCUGGCAGGGGAAACAUUUCUGAACCUGCACGACUCUCUGGGUCUAAAACUAUCUGCAGAAAUGUGUUUCAUCAUUCUGUUUCUCUGCACAUUUUAACAGUUUUCCCUAAAACAACAACAUGUAGACGGUUUCUGACCAGUUGAAUCAUUUCAGAUGCUUUUAUCCGAAAGCAUGAUCCACACCUGAGCAUGAGUCUUUAACAAGCAGUUGAGCUGGUGAAUAAGAGCAAGAAACUCACUGUUAUGAAAACAUGUAUUUAGAUUUGAGUUGUUUUAUACUAAGAGGUAAAGAGGAAUAAACUUGCUUCAUUAAUCUUUUGUUCGAAGUUGAACAAAAAAAUUGCAAAUGAACUUUUUUAGUUUGGAAGUAUAAAUGUGCAGGUAUACAGAGAAGUUUAAACUUUUUGUCAUCCUGCUGUCACUCUGUAUCUCCUUGCUGUCAGUACCAUGGAGUUAAUCAGAUUUCAGUCUCCAUUGUUUUUUUGGAUAAAGGAUGUAAAUGUAAUCCUGAGCUGACGGUCUCCUGCAUGUUGCACAGAUGGUUCCUCCUCUCUGACUCCUUCAGGAUCCUGGUUGGCUCAGACUCAGUUUUGUUUGUGUGGUGGAGGAGAGGCUUUGAGUCUGUAUGGUUUUAUGCAGAUGAACGCCGAGGCUCCUUUAUUAACCUCAGCGGCUGAAUUCUCUGUGGGCUGAUGAGGGGCAGCGCACUGGUUUAAUGAGGGUUUAAAGAAGAGCAAAAAGUGAUGAGAAACUUUAUCAACUUCUCCUGCUGAUGAGAAACAGUUUCAGUGAUGAGGUAAACUGAAGUACUGUGUCAAAAUUGGCCGCAGAUAUCAUGUUGACUUCAAACAAAUGGCCUAAAGUUAACUAUUUAUUGUGCACAAGGCAGGGAAAUCAGGCUUUUGAAGCCUUACAUGUACUUUUUUUCUCAACUGUCAUGUGGUGUGAUCAAUUAAAAUUUGGUAUUCUCUUGGAAAUCGUCUAUGUCAGUAUUGGGAACUCAAGUGUCCAUGGCAUGGGUAGCUAACAUAUCUGGGAAGGCUAGGAACAAUAUAAACAGGUUUUGGAGCAACAUAUGCUGCCAUCCAGACAAUGAAUUUUUCAAGGAAGACCUUUAUAUUUCAGCAAGACAAUGCCAAACCACAUAAUCCAAACAUUAAAUUUAGAGUAUGAUCAAUCGUUUCAUUGAUGUAUGAAGUUAUUUUGCAGCACAACAGCUUCUUUAGGGCCUUUGUCUCUUGCGUAUUCGUCUUCAGGGCCAGUGCCCACUAAUAAAUUUGUCUUUGGGGCCUUUGUGCCAACUAAUAUGUAUCUUUAGGGACUUAACAACUCAGUUUAACACUCUUCGUUAGGGCCAAUGUCCACUUAACAGUUCUUAUUAAGGGCUGGUGUCCACUGAACUUUGUUGUGUUUUUUUUAGGGCCCAUGUCCACUAAACCUUGCUCUUCUUUAGGGCUCAUGUCCUCUAGCUUGUGCUCUUCUUUAGGGCCCAUGCCCACUAAACCUUGCUCUUCUUAAGAGCCCAUGUCCACUACACCUUGCUCUUCUUAAGAGCCCAUGUCCACUCAACCUUGCUCUUCUUUAGGGCUCAUGUCCACCAGCUCAUGCUCUUCUUUAGGGCCCAUGUCCUCUAAACCCUUUUUUUCUUUAGGGCUCAUGUCCACUAGCUCAUGCUCUUCUUUAGGGCUCAUGUCCACUAACCCAUAUUCUUCUUUAGGGUCCAUGUCCACUGACCCAUGUGCUUCUUUAGGGUCCAUGUCUGUUGAACCAUUUUUUUUUCUUUAGGGUCUAUGUCCAUUGACCCAUGUUUAUCUUAAGGGUCCAUGUUCACUUACAUAUGUUCUUAGUUUGGGCUCAUGUUCAUUAACUCAUCUCUCCUUUUGCGCUAGUACUGUCAAUUUUAUUAUUCAACACUAAUACUGUCCAGUUUUUAAGUCCUCAGCAUUUUCAGUGCAAAAACACUCUCAGCAUUCGCCUUUUUCUCAACACCCAAUCAAAAAAAAAGUUCAACUUCUGGAUCACCACCAUGAUUAUCAGUGUCACUUUCCUCUUAUCAGCCAUUCAAAAACAAGGAGGAGUGGAACUUCCGUAUAAACAGUCGAGAUUUUUUUAAGGGUACAACUUUUUGCCAUGAUGCAACAGUAAGCACUAGUGAGAGUCAAAAUUUAAGGUUGUCAGUGGGAUGGCUCAAAAAAACUGAUGUUAAUGGACACAGGCCCUUAUAUCUUUGCUCAGUAAGUCCACUUCUAAGUGAUAUCUUUGUGCAUUUAAUCUUACUGUAUUUAAUGGCCUGCAAAGAGGUCUUACACUCUGGCUUAACUUGGCAGCACAGUAUUCAAAAUGUUAACACUUAGUUCAUUAAAAACAAAUGCACUUCAGUGGAUUUACAUGAUUUCUUCUGUGGGAGAUUUUCCAAGGAGGGAAAUCUAAUUAGCCGAGCAGUCAGCAGGGAUCUGUGAUGAAAAGUCACAUUUCUGAUGAGGUUAUUAAAUUUUAGGGAAUGUCAGAAGGAGUUCUUCAGCAAAUGGAGGACAUAUACACACAGUUUGAUCAAAUAAAACUGUGCAGAGAGAUUAAAAUACAUAUUUGUAGAGGUUUUAAAGAAGGUGAACAGAUGCCAUGUUGGGUUUACAGGAUCAAAACAAACAUUGACGUCUCUGUCAGAGAUGUUUUCUCUGAGCAGCUUUUACCCAGCAUAUCUGAUUCACUUUGCUUCAGUCUGAAGAUAAAAUAUUUUGCAGUAAUGUCACUAUUUUAUUCAUAUUUUGCCAAUAGAGGACUUUGAACCUCUUGCGUCAUGAUCCAAAUCAUUUAUGAUCAUGCUAACUGAUGUUUCACUGGCAGUAUUUUUACUCUGCAGCAAUUAAAAUGUCAGCGAAGGAGAAGGAGAAGGAGGAGAAAGAAGCCAGAGACAGAGCAAUGAGGAGCAGAUCAGAGAGGGAGGAAGAAAGGAAAUGAAAUUCACUCUGAGAGGCGGCAUAUUUAACACUUGACCCCAUUAUGGAGAGCGAGCGCGGAGGUGUGUCUCUGCUUUAUUGGCCUCUGCUCCGACAAUGUUCAUCUCAGAAAAUUACAUGAUCUUUGGUUGGGAUUCAUGGCCUACUUUGUGCUCUGAUAUCCACACUGACAGGAUCACACGCUGAAUUAAUAACCCCAAAUACUUAUUAUAUCACUACUCAAACUCCACUCUUUGUCUUUUAUAUUGCCUAUCCCGCUUCCAGUAGUUUAAUAUUUCUGUUUCGGACAUGUAGCCACAACUGCAGAGUUUAAUUCAAGACUUUUCAGGUUUGAAUCAAGAAGACAGAGACAAACCAGGAACUUAUUGUUUUAAAUAUCGUCUUUCCUUUUCCUGUUUGUAGAUUCACUGCAGAGAAAUUCACGUUUUUUUCAUGCAUGUUUUGCACAUAGACAGGUUUUCCUAUCGUGACUUUAGUAUUUUAAGCAAAGAACCAUCAUUCUGCAGGUAAUGUAGAAACCCAGUCCCCAGGUCAAGUCAAAUCCAAGUUAACUGUUACUGUCUCCACACCAAGCGUGAUGAAACAAUCAUUCACUCGAAUGAAUUUCAUGUUAAGUCAAUGCAAAGACGCGAUUAGACACUCCUACUCCUCUGGCGGUGCGAAUGACAUGAAUUGGGCGUGGGCUGCAAAUGUCUCAACUUGAAGCGAUAACUAAUCAGCACGAAGUUUGCCGGGUGACAAAUGAAAACGGACGGUCGUUCACUGGUAUCUAAAAUGGAGGACAAACUGAUCGGUGCCCCGAACUAUAUGAUACCUUUUCUUUCAAUUACUGAAACCGGGAUAAAAAGUAACUCACCUGGAGGCAAGUGAGUGAGGAGAUCAGAUUACCUGUUAAGUUGUAAAAAAACCUUUGUCUAUCACUUGAUCCCACUGGUUGAAUAAGCAGGGAUUAACGGUGAAAUUAUUGUUGAAAUUAAAAUGCGAAUGAAGCGAGUAAAUUGUAUUCAUACAUGUGUCUAGAUUUGCGAGUAGAUGAUGUUACUCGAACUUGGUGUGAGGGCCCCAUUAGGCUUUUAAAUGUUAAAAACUGACUGAUAAUCGAUCACUCACUGGUAUCCACGGACAUCAACUCAAGGACAUCCUUCACUGCAGACCUCCUCAGUGAAGAGUGUGAUGCUGUCACACUAACCAAAACACAGUCACAUUGACAAAGGGACCCCAGGUAAUGCAACUGCUUACAUGCAUCAGUCUAUUUAGCUGCACCUGCAUGCUUAGUUCAUAGGUAGUAUCUCAAAUUCAGCGUACUGAACUGAUAUAUUUUAUUUCUGUUUGAUACAGAGUAGAUUUCCAAACAUAAACAUCAGGGAUUUUUCCAACUUGUACCUCUGAACCAAAAUACAGGGGUUUAGAGACACCAGAGCAGUGGAGUUAACGAGACACAGGUGAGACUCAUCAGGGUUAUCAGGGGAGCAGGUUACACAAGGAGGAGGAAGUCAAUAAACCAAGAGACAAGGGUGAGUAUCAAAAUAAAACAGGAAACACAAGACAAGAAAAGUGAGGGAUUAAAAAAAAAUAAUAUUAGUAAUCAGGAGAUGUGACAACUGAAAUGUGUUUUCAAUCACAGUAAAAGCAGAAAGGCUUUGUAGUUUAAUGCAGCUUUUCAUUGCUUAUUAAAUGUGUGUGUAAUGCACAAAUCUGAUUCUGCAUGCAGGUGAUAAACGUCAGGAUUUUAGCCCAUAACGUGUUAGAUAAAAUGCAGCUUUUUGAUUCGUUCGAGGCUGGCGCGCUGGUCUAUAUGGUAACCAUGGCAGCAUACCUUUUGUAAAUGGGGGUGCUUGUAGUGUGUUGGACUGCACACACAGACACACACAUGCAUGCGAUGAAUGCUAAUGUUCAGCCUCGGAUGGAGACACUAAGGUUGCCCGAGGCGUCGACUUCAGCCUGCUGACCAGCUUCCUGUCAGGUUUGUCUGUCAGAUUGUUGUGAGGCUGAAGGUUUAUUCCAAAAUGUGGAAAAAGUGGGAGGAUGGUUUUCCCAACACUGCAGGAGAAGAUAAAUGCUCUGGUCAGGAGCGUUGGGUGUUAGUAGCUGGAUUUUCAUGGUCAACUGGGGCAAGAGAAGACCUUGACUUUAAGUUAAACUUGAUUCCGUUUAGCUUAAAAUCUGGCACAAGAUGUAAGAUUUAUGAGAAAUCUACACACCCAAAGACAUUGCCAGAAGUGAUAUACCAUAUGACACCAGCCUGAUUCAAAACUAGCCUUAAUACUAGGAUGCAACAACAAUUGACCCACUCCUAGAAAUAUUUUAGUUUGAAUAAUAUUGACAAUGCACUGAAUAAUAGCUGCAAAAUUAAUGAUUGUCCUGUAUGCAAGUAUUUUGAUGAGCAGGGAUGCAGUUUGUUCUGCAGGAUGGUUUUAGCAUUUAACCCCUCAGAUGUUGAGGGAUAGAUUGAUCUGUCUCAUUUGUUCAGGUUUAUCAGGCUUAAAGCCCUGUGGUUUCUUUGUGGAUUAGGCCUUGUUUGCAUAAUUUCCUUUGCUGCAAAAUCUUCACACAGACUGGAUUUUACAUCAUAAGAGACUAGGAUCCAAACCAUUGUUAGAAGAAUGAAAAUCAAGAGUUUGUAAAAUUCAAACCACCAUUUUUUAAACUCAUUCCUUUAUUUCAUAUCACAAAUAUUUUUAAAAGGUACAGUCAAACAGUGAUGGUUUAAAUCAGGGAGUUAAAGCAGUGGAGGCCCUGUGCUGCACACUGACAAAUGGUUCUGAAGCCUGGUCUGUUGGUGAGGUAGUCUGUUAUCCAUGCAGACAGGUGACGAUCUACUCCCACUCUUUCCAGCUUCCCCCCUGAAAAGCAAAGCCUGGAUUGUGUUGAUGACGCCGGAGAAAUCAAAUAACAUGACUCUCACAGACAGAGAUCUGUGCAGCAGGCAGGUGACAACGUUGGCAGGUGAACUGCAAGGGGUCCAGCUUUGGGAUCACCAAUUGGCAGAGGUUGUGAAGGAUGAUUCUCUCCAAGGUCAGGUGAGAAAUGAGGGCAACAGGUCUGAAGUAGUUGGGCUCCUUGGGGACAGAAACCACACAGGAAGUUGGAAACCUCUUCAGACUCAAGUUCAGUUUGAGGAUGUCCAAGAGCACCUCACAGAGCUGGUCUGCACAGUCCUUAAGGAGCCAUUGGGACCUGUAGCCUUCCUGGCAAUGAUCAUCCUUAGCUUGCUUCUCACCUGGUCUGGUGUUUUGAAAAGGACAGGGAGGAGUGGGAGGUUGGUAGAGGGCUAAGAUGGUGUAACAGGGGUCAGAAUCAAACUUGUUAAAACACUGGUCUUUGCAGUGGCCUGAAAUGUUCGUCAGGCCUCUCCUGACCUCCCUUGAGUUGCUCUGUUGUAGUUCUUUCUCCAUUUUAGCCCUCUAAUGGGCUUUGCCUUCCUUGGAUUUAUGUCUCUGUGUUCAAAUUCGUUUGAGGGGGUGCACAAUUUUGGGGCAAUUUACUGCAGCCUACCAAACUGCCUCUGUGUGGGUAAAUGGAGAAGAGAACAAUGGCAAAUUAACUCCCUUUCUUUUGUAAUUUAUGUCACUUCAAGUUUUGAUUGGUGUCUCUAAGUGGUCCAACAAAUGAAGCUGUAGUCUCUCCAAUCAGAGCUCAGAUCUCAUCGGCUUUCCUCUCUGUUUAAAUUUUUUUUUAAAAACUUCCAGGGAAAAUUUCGGAAUUUCAGAAGUUAAUUUGGAGUCAGAGCUGAUAGAGGGUAAAACAAUCAUUUGUUUUCCAUUGACUGAACAGGGCCGCAGUUUUGACAACAAUUCAAAUAAGCGAGCAGCGAGAACAAUUCCAUUUAAAGCCUCCAAUUAGUUGAAUUGAUUCCACGUUCAGCUCAGUCACCGGAGACAACAGCAGGAAUAGAAAAGGAGGUGAUUAUGUCUUUAAUAUUUGGGUCAGGCUCCAAGCUGAGCGCUAGAAACCAGUCCAUUAGAGCACAAAGGGCUCAUUUUUGGUGUGUUUUUGGCUUAAACUUUGUUAUAAUUGCUUUCAAUGGAAUAAAAAAAAAAGUGUUUCAACAGUGUGAUAGAUACUGUAGAGGAUCAAGGUGAAGUGAUAGAGGAUAUCUGGGGUUACAUCCCAUCAUGUAGACCAUUACCUGGACCUCAGAGUCCACCAGGACUCACAUUAGAUAACAGCGGCCUUCUUUUAUUGCUCCCAGCGGUGACAUAAAUCUGGUGGCAGUCACCAAAUAUUGACCGUAAUGGUGACAAAUGCAGCCUGCAAAGGACAACACUUUUCAGCUCACAUUGUGCUCUCCUGUAUGAGGCCGCUUCAUUACUGGGAUUCAUUAAGUGUGCAGGACAGACUGGGUAAUGCUGCCAGAACUGAAAGGCACCAAUUUGCUUUAACAAUAUGCGAGGCUGUCCUAAUCCCUGGCUGUAGACCUGAAUGGUGAAAUAAAUGGUCGUGAAUAUUCAGCCCAUGAAUCUUUAACCAGAGCUGCUCUCUUCGCUUGUUUUCAAACUCUGCUCGUUGGAGUUGCCUCGCUUGCAGAGCUGAAAAUUCAAAGUAGCAGCUCUGGAGUUAAUCCUCGAGUAUGUGGUGUACCUGCUCAGUCACCCGAGUCGCCGUGCUGCAGGUGGGAUGAUGAGUUUCUGUCCCGAUCACUCACAGACCCUCGCCAAGUCUUUGUGUUAUCUGAGCCUGCAGUUGGUGGGAUCCUGCAGCGUGUCCUGUUGGUUUAUGUAACUCAUGUCCCGCCUGCGUGGACAGGUUCUCCGUGCAGCAUGCUACAGCCCAAGCCUCCUGUGCUGCCCUACUUAAACACUAUUUUAAGACUUCCCACACGGGUUCAUUUGCCCUCAUCUCCUUCUGUAGCAUCCUUUAGAGUCAGGCUGGGAAAACCAGUCCAAGACAAUCAGUGCACCACCGCCUUAUUACAGAGAAUAAAUCUGUGCAUGUUAAAGAUGAGCCUACAAAAGCCUCCCAGUGAAGAGAGGACUUUCACUUUGCUAACAGGUUGUAAAAGAUGGUAAACUUUUACUCUGAGGACCCCGAUAAGAGUCCCAUUUGAUCGGAUUUCAGUAAACAUUCUCUAAUCUCGGAAAUUAACCAUAUUUUGAAAGUUUCCAGAACAAAAGUGUAAAAAAACCCAAAUCCUUUAGGUGGCUGCACUCCCCUUAUGCACUUUUUGUGGCGUAUCAUGCAGCAAGCAUUAAUAAAUCAUAAGUAUUAUGUUCCAGAUGUCUACAGUUGAUGAAAUACACACAAGAACUUUUGCAUAUCUUCUCCUAUCUAAUUUUCCAUCAGGAUGCAUGAGACAUCUGCAGAAACUUUGGCCUUAAUACGGGCAGUUGAUGCAGACAUAGAUAGAAGAGGUCUGUGGUUGUAAGAUGGGAUAAUUAAGGCAGAAAAGGAGUUGUCUAUGAAUAUGGUGAUAAAUGCAGAGAAGAAAGCACAUACCGAGGUAGAUUAAUUAAGACCUGUGUCAUCAUCAAGCUCUGUUUUAGUUUUGUUUAGUUCCUGAACUCCCACUAUGCUAAAUGUGAGUUUUGGUUAAGUUUAGACAACCUCUAUAAGGUAAGCACAACCCUAAUGCAAAAGAAUGUUUUUUUAUGGUUUGCCCCACUGUGUGGAAUCUGUUAUGUGGAUUUUAAGUGGUAAAUUCCCAGUUGUGUAAAAUGAGAUAAAAACUGCAGUUCCUCUACUGUCCACUUGGGGCUAGCUCCAAAAACCAAAGGAUUCCCAUAAACACCAAUGUUAAAAUUACAGUUUACAGCAGAAUCAAACAAGUUUUACUGCAUGAGGUGGUUUUGUUUUCUGUGGCCCCUUUAUUCACACUUAGGGUGAUAUUUUUGAUUUUAAAGCACAUCCACUUUUAAAAAUAUUGAGCCAUGCUUGAUAAGGGGUGUGCCUGAUGUAACUUUGAGUCCCCCUCUCUAAUAGGCUACAGAACACCGUUUAGUAUGUAUGUUUUGAGCAAUAAAAAACAACUUUGCUGAUAUAUGCCUGAAGUCAAAUUGUUAAUGAUAAACUUUAAUAAAACAUUUAAAAAAAAACUGUGUUGUAAGGUGUGCUCAGAUUUGUCCAUCAUACACCGCAGUCCUGCUGUCCUUUCAUCAGAGCUUUAACAUUGAACAUAUCUGGAUAUGAAAGCCUUUUUUUGAGUUAAAGUUUAAAAUAUUUGACUUUCUCUUUUCCCCUUUUAAGACUAAAUGAACAGACACCCACUCACACAGCAGCUUUUAGUACCUGGAUUGUGUAGAAAUUGAUGUUGAUAGUUUGGCAGUGAGGAGUGGUGAUUCCAUGAUUUAAUGACAUGACCCAGCGGCGGCUCACUGUUAAUUUUCCCUCUUAUCUCCGUUUUAUCUUUUGAUGUUUUUCACAUGAAUGCAAUUUCAAUAACGCUCCUCUCACACAGCUCUGGAGUCACUUUAAUGGCUUCGGCUCCAUUUUUUGGAGGAAUUUAAUUAGCGGGAUAUUAUUUGAACUCUCUCCUGCUGCGAUGUGUUAUUUGUGCCUCUCUCUACGACCUGAUCUGACGGCUCGCUCUCCUCGCUCGCUCUGACUGCUCUCAAACACCCAUCAGUCAAACACCAGCACCGGAAAUGAAUGAUGAAUCUGAAAUGUUUGUGCAGGAUUGUUUUAAUCUGCCAGGGUGAUGAUGGUUUUCAAACAGUGUCAGCGGUGAAGGAGGAGCCCGCCGCGUCACGAUGGAGGCCCAUUAUUUCACAAUUUUUUUUUAGUGCUGCUUGGAAGUUAUAGUGGAGAGCUUUUAUUUUGGUAAUUGGAUUUAAAUCUGCUCCUCCUUGGGUUAUUUUAGAGCUUUGAUCCUGAGAUAAGUCAACCAUAUUGAUUUAAAGCUGACCUUUAUGAACCUCUGAAAUACUAAUGAGAACAUCUCUGACUGUGCCGACACUUAAGAUAUUUUACAACUUUAGAAAAAAAUAGUUCUCAAAGUGAUUCGUCUGUGCAUUUAGGAACAUGGACUUCUUCUUGACUUUUUCAGCAGAUUUCACUAAUCAAACCCAUCAGCACUCCUGCAUGAGCAGGUUAACAAAUUAAUCUGCAGUUUGUGGCGCCCCCUGUGGACAAAGUAUGUGUUACUUAUAGUGUGUGACAUACAGUUUGUAGUAGUUAAAGAGCGCUUUGAAUAGUCAGUAAGACUAAUCCCCACUUGCCACCACAUCUAGAAUGGCUUCAUCAUGGAACGGCGGCGAUUUUUACUGUCCGCCAAUUCCUACCGGCUGCAUUUGUGAGACGAAUUUGGUGGCGGAUUUCGGGCAGCAGGAUUCGCAAGAACUGGCAAGAACCCGCUGAUUCACAUGCAAUCCCACGAUAACCAGUUGUCACUAAUAAGACAGCCACAUAACCAUAAAAGCAGUAGAUUGUGUCCUUCCAGAGGAGGAGAUCCACUUCUAGACUUCUAGAACCAGUAUCUCUGCAUCCAUGGUGAAAUCCUGUCUAAAAACUAAACCGUAACAGAUUGAGAAGGAGCGGUUGGAAAUUGACACAUUAACUUCAAUGGAAAUGAUCAUCUGCAAUCGGCAGAUAUGGCCUUUUCACAGCCGUUUCCAGAUGCGGUGAAAAAUUGGGGGUAAAGAGUGCGACAUGAACACAGUCCAUCCAGUAUAACUAAGGUAAUUGUUUACAGAUGCGACAAAAUCCACUCAAAGAAUACUGGAUGCAUCCAUAUUCCUUUUUAUUUGUGUUUUAGUGCCCCCUGUGGACCAAGUAUGUACUACAAAUUAAAAAUGUUGUUUUAUUUUUAGGGCACACACAUACUGCUAUUACAGUUAAGGAUAUUUACACUCCAUCACACCUCAUCUGCGAUGUUAGGGAAAGUAGUGAAGUUGCCUCUAGUGCUUCCUGCAACAACUUAAUGCGAUAAGUUGUUGCUGGGACACCAAAGCGUGCCUUUCUGGGGUGUACUGUGUAAAUACGAAGGCGUAAUGAUGUUCCAGCACUGUUGCAGAAUUGCAGUGUGUAAAAGGCUUAAGUGUGUAGUUUGUUGAUCAAGAUUUUAGUGCCCCUGAGACAAAGUUGAUAAUCCAUAACACUGUUUGUAUGCAGUAUGUAGUCCAAUCUAAUGGCACUGGUAAUCUUGAGUUGGUAAUCUCACAGAGUCUCAAAUUGUUUAUGCAGAAGUGCUUUGUCAAGAGUAUUUUUAUGUUUUUAAACAAAGAUAGUUGCUCAGCGAUAAAUAUAAUCACUCAGAGAAUAACUGUGGAGUUUUGAUCAUGAUCUUGCUGUUUGGCAUGUAAUUUUUGGGCUUUUCUUAGACUAAUAGCUGGCGUUCUGUGCCGCAGCACUUUGGUAUUUCUUGUCCGUUUCAAAAUCCCCAGCUCCCAUUUCCUCAGCUCCACUUUGUUAUCCUCAGAGCUUCUGUUCUGACAUCAUGUUUUACUUGUCAGGAGAAACAGCCGACACAGACAGCAGACUGAAUCACUACAUGGUUUCCAGUCAUGAAAUGCCCGCUAGGAUUUCAUCUCCGAGCAGUCACAACCCUGCGAACCAGCAGACUGAUGUGUCUGGCACCCAAAAUGAACAGAAACAGCAAGAGGUGGAAAAACGUGGCACUCUGAGGGGCUUGUUAGUGCAUCUCUCUGUCCUGUGAGAAGUGCUAGAUGAUGUUUGUUGCUGUAAACCUGCAGAGGUGUGUUUUUUAACUCCCCUGCAACCCAAAUCCUGGAGUAUUUUCAUCCCUCACUUUGGGCCAGGAUCGGUUUUUAUUUAGUUUUCAUCUAUCAGCUCCUAGAAGUGCAAUUUCCUGUUUGUUUUUUAAUAAAUAUAAAGUGCUGUCUCUGUGAUUGCUGGUGCAUAAGCCACAGGGUUGCAUUUGCAGUAAACACAGGGAGAAUUCUUGCCUUGUUGAAUGCAAUCUUCCCUCUCAGAUACAAUAAUAUAUUUUAGGUUUAAGUGGAAAGAAAAGAUGCACAUCAGAACGGCGAAGCCCGCUCUUCUGGCUCUUCCUAGCUCUAAUUAAAAGGCGAGAUGUGUUUGGUUGGAGGGGGAGAGACGGAGAGAGGAGGCAUAAAAGCAGAGAUCAAAAUGUUAGUGCUGGUGGCUCUCUGACAGCAGGAGUCCUCAGAUGGAGACAAGAGGUAGCAGGAAGUUCAUUUACUCCGCCGUGUGAGACACUCGAAGGCACCACGCAGCUCCGAGCAAAUCAAUCACACAAAUUGUUGUUUGAAAUCUCCUCUUCAUCUGCGACUGUAAAUGAACGCCUCAAGGUCUCGCGGCGUACAUUUUCUGCAAACAGAGGGAUGCAAAUCAAAAGUAGCUGUUCGAUUUUACACAAGGAGAGAAAAAAAAAAUCUGACUUAGUGCAGAAAUCACUCCUGCAGGAUGCCGACUAACUUCCUCACACUUCAGGUGUUUAAAAAGAAAGAGGAGAUGAGCAAAGGUAGACGGAUUUAAUAACGCUUUCACAAAUGUCAUUACAGCAGGAGGUGCAAAUGUUACUCACUGCUCUCAGAGAAAACAAGCCUCCGCAGAAGUAUUCGGCCUGAGAUUAAUGGCACAAUUUCAGAGCGACAAAAUAUUUAAAUGUUAUCCGGCUGGGUUAAUGGGCCCCAGAGAUUUGUUUUUAGUGUUUGCACUGGCAAAAUGACAAGCAGUCCCAACUCAGAACUGUUGUCUUUGGUGGGAUACCUUUGAAGACAAAAAUGUAAAAUACAUGCACGCCUAUUCAGGACAAGAGGACCUCAACACUAAUUUAUAAAAAUACAGUGAAGUGAGCUGGAAGAGUCAGCAGAGCUGGUCUUAUAAGGAGUGGAUGUUGCACAGUCUGGGGCCUGACCUGCGAAGUGCAAUCACUUUCCAAUUAAAGUCCCACUCCGAUUUUUUUUUUUCUUUUCUUUUACUACUUAAAGGACUAUAAAUGAAGCAUUGCGGUAGUUCAGGCAGGACACGGAGUCAAGCUAAAGGCUACAGUCAGCUGAUCUUAAGCUAGCCCUCUGUCAUCUGACAGCUCAGUUGAUCGUCCUCAACACAUCCUACUGGAGAAUGUCAGCCUAACAUUGUCAUAGAAGAAGCAGGCAAUGUAGGACUACUCAGCUCUCAGAUAUGAAUGUCUUUGGGACAUGAUGAAAGUUAGUAACUCAAUUUGUAUAUUUUCUUUUUAGCUUUUUUCGCACAUGCUUGUUCCGCUAUUGUCCGGGGGCGGAGCUUGGACUUGUGACAUAGGAAAUCUCACUGUAUCUGAGCCUGCAAUGCAGAAAUACUCAGAAAUGCAAUUUUGCACUUACUUUCCUCGCGAUCUGUCCUCUAGCAUCAGAAAAAUGCCAUAAGAGCAUGUAGACAACAAGAAAAACAUGAUUUUGAUUGGAGUGGGUCUUUAAAGAGUCGAAGGCUCUUUUGCUUUGUUGUGAUUUGGGGGAAAAAUAAUGCAUUGCGAAAUUUACCAUAGAUUUUGAUGAUCUCUAUUGCAGCAGUUUGACACAGUUUUUCCUCAGAUUUUUGAAAAAAAUGAAAGUUCACAUAUCCCCUGAGCCAUACUUCUAACAGUCUUUGCAAGAUGGCUUCAUUCUGUUCCAUUACCAAUGCGAGAUGUUGUUGCUUAUUGUGGGGUGUUUUGGCCUCAAUUUUUUUAACGACAGAAGGUGCGAAUGAAGUUGUUUGUUUUAUUAUUUGGCUUCUGUUUUCAAGCACAAAUUAAUGUUUUUUUUUUGUGACUUGGGUUCAUCUAGCUCUAAAAGAAAUAGUGCACCCAUAGUCAGAAGCAAACCACUGAGGUUAUAGUCAUACCUGGGGCUGCUUUCGCAAUGGUUUGUAGCCCCUGGAUAUGUAGUACAUGCUCUGACCGUUCAGUUAAACCAGCACCUCAAAAAGACACAUCUUCUAAAACAUCUCCUUGUUUGUGCAAUUCGCUCAGCGGGACCUGAUCGUACCUGAGCUUGUUUCACUCUGUCUUUCUGCUCAUCUUUCUCACCUCUUUGAUGCCUUUGCUGUCAGAAAAUGUCUUCAUCCCUCUGAGGUUUGUAUCCAUCCUUUACUCUCUCCUGAAUUUCUCAUUCUCUUUGUUUUAGCGGCAAGGGAUUUCUUCCCCUGGGCGUAUGACAGACCACCACCUCCUCUGCCCCCAUCUGUGCGCUGACCUCUCUUUUUUGUACAAAGCAGUCACUCUUCAAAAGCUCAACAAUCACUUUGCUGUUUCACACGUUCGCUCUCUUUCAGUCUUUUAUCAUUUCCUCACCUGGUGUUGUUAAAAAACUGACUCUACUUUAAUUCUUCGCUGUAGAAGAAGGAGUUUCUUUAAUAUUUUCAACACCCACAUACUGCAGGUCAUCCUUUCUUUGAGAGGAUUGACCCACAAGAGAAAAGCUGCAGAAAUUCUUACAUUUUCUGAGUCAUAUCAUCCAGGUUACCUUUCCACAGUCUGCUCCCCUGCUGAUGAUAAUUAGCAGGCUCUCCUGCAGUCAGGACUGUGGGGGGGCACUUUGAGCUCUGGGUAGACGACCAAAAACUGUGGACACACACCAAGCAGAACAAGACCUCCCUGAGAAACAAGUCAAUUAACCUGCUUCAUAAAACGAUGGCUAUGCAGAUCCCUGUCAAACGCUGUGAAUGCUGGGUAAUGGCUUGUAGCUUUUUUUUGUAAAGGCGUAGUUUGUUUGGACAUUGAGAAACCAAAAACUGAAGCUUAAAAAAUAUCAGACUGAUUUGAUUUUAACAAACUGACACGUCAAUUAAAAGAGCGAAUUUGAUACAAAUUUCUGCUUUUCAUGUUUUUUGUGCAAGAACAGUUACUUGUUAAGAUGCUUCUGCAGUUGGCAAUUUAAUAUUAAGGGACCAAAAGUUUUGACUUCUGCCUGCAACAAAAGUGUCAAAGUUUUCCAAGACAGUACAUCUCAAUAUUAUGCAUCUGCAGGAUCAGAGACGACAGUUUUAUGAUCACAAUUCUGGGUCACAAUGCUACAUCCCGGAGAGCCUUGUAUUGGUGAAACAGUUAGGUAUAGGGAUAAGGGUAUACAUUAUCCAUUUUAUGGUCAUCCAUCCCAGCUAUAGGCUGUGUCUCUGAAUUGAGACACAGCCAUAGACUGUAUAUAGAAUGGACGCCAUCUGCCUCCUUGCUGGGUGAAGCCACUACAAGAACAGCACCCUCUAGUGAUGGGCUGCAGUAUAGGCCAUAAAUCCCGCCUAUCUACAGCAAUCCCUAUGGAGCUGUGGACAAACUUUAGAAAUUUAUUACACAGAAUAUAAAUGUUUCUCCCCCCUGCUUGUGACUGGUUUGUACUCAAGUCCUAUUUUUUUCUGUGAAGCUCCAUUUUUAAAAGUUAUGAGGGGGUUCAUAUUUUCUAUGGUUGACACCUGAUACAACCUAUGGGCAUAUGAAGAUUGCGUAGCUCACCCGGUUUUGAGCCGAGCUUCAUCACAGCAACUCUCGUCGACUCUCCUGCCGAAUGUGUACAAUACUACUGUGCAAUGUUGGUUUCAAGAAAUGGAGAAAAAAUGCUGAAAUACUGAGAACUUUUCAGCUUCAAAUCCGUAUACUGGCGGAAGGCACAACCAAGUUGUCCAUAGUUUAUACAGUCUAUGAUCCCAACAGUAAAAUGCAGGUGAUCCAGGCUUGUAAAUGUAAGCUAUUUUUUUAUUUCAUUGGCCGUUUAAGGGGCUCGCUUACUAUGGUAGUGGUAGCUACCUCAAAUGCAAUGCCGGUUCUUCUGACUCCUGCAAAACGGUUUUCUGUAACCUUACAAUAAUUUAUAUAUUAAUUGUCAAGUAUUUUGAAGACCAUUCCAGUUGUUUAGCCAACUAUAUUUCUGUUCAUGCCAUUGCAUUAGUGUGUAAAUGUAUGUUUGGAUAUGAUACAGUUUGUUUAAAUUAGCCCCAGUUUCCAGUUAAUUCCCAUAAAUUCCCAUAAUUCCAAUGGAAAGUUUCCAAUUUGGAAUAUUUCCAAAAUUCCCAAGUGUAACCUCCAUUGGAAAAUUUCUGGAAAUUUUCCUCCCCUUUUCAACCCAAUUAUUGACAAAACUUUAAGCAGUUUUGUCCCCAUCAUACUAAACACAAACUUCAUCAGCUCUGUUUCACGACACAAACUGAAAACACAUCAAAACAAACUCUCAGAUCUGAAAAUAAAAAAAUGACUUAAUGAAAGACUCUUCACAGCAGGAGUCUGACAUUGAUAUUACCAGUUAAGUGGCGAAGCCGCAGCAGAAAUCAUUUGACUCUCAAAUAAAGCACAUAAAUACAGAGAGCAGCAGGUGUACAAGGACUGACCCCUGGGAAACAGCAGGUGUCCACUUCCUGUUAGCGCAGCGUUCAUCAGAGUUCAUCAGAAGUGCACAGAAGGUUGUUACUUUCAAAUGUACUAUGAGGAGUUUUUAGACAGCUAUGAAUUUAACAGGGGGAUAGACUGUGGUCUUGGUUUAGAGAGAAAAAAGGCUGCAGUGACCAAUACUGGAUUGUCACUGGUGUCUUGAUAAAAAUGGUCUGUCCUCCCAUUAAAUAUUCCACCAAGUGCCAUCAAUUAAGCAUAGGGUUAGAUAAUUUAGCGAUCGGUUUCUUGCAGACAGCGUUGGUGGUUCCAGCCCACUUAAAAACACUGUGUGAGUGAAAGCUCUUGAGUGUGUCAGUCAGGAUUAUUGCAGAGUGUCAGAGGAGAUGGAGGCUCAGACUGACCCUGAGGUCAAACCUCCAACCACACGCCUUUUGGCAAACACUUUGAAGCGUGUCUGCAGCAGCUCGAUGGCGGCCUGCAGGUGCAAAGGACCCGCAGGCUCUGCAGGAUCCGAGCCUGAGUUUUAAUAAGCAAUCUGAGUGAGGACCUGUUGAGGCGGAACCUGACCCCGGGGCAUGUUUGACACGCUGAUACACGGGGCAAGCAAAUGUUCUCCACAACGUCACCUUCACAGAGCUUCAGGCAAUUAAAAAUCACAGUGUGCAGACAGAGCAUACUCUUGAUUAUAUCUUAAAUUAAUGAAAACACAAUCAUGAUGUUGUUAUGAAAAUGUGAUUUUAGAAAAGGUCCUCCUGUUUUGACACCGUUUGGCUUCGUGUUGACAUUUCCAAAAGUCCCACUGUGCUCACAUUUUAACGAGCGCUGGCAUUAUCACUCCAGAGCUCAUUUGAGAUUCUUAUGAGGGCGGUCGAUACUGAGCAUGACAGCACCUAAUCAAUUAGGCCCUGCAGCCUGUCAGACAGAGUGCAGGGCUGCUGUCGCUCCAUCUCCAGAUACCUCUUUAUGGAGUCGUAUUAAUCAUAAACCUCCACAUUAACACCAUCAGAUGAAUGCAACGCGCGCUGCCUCUGCCAUCUUUAAUUAGCAUCAUCAUGCACAAUUGUUUACUUGUCAUGAAUGAUCAUUUAAUUAAUGUAUCUUCAAAUGAAGGAUGCAAAUAUUAUGGAUAGAUUACAACGAGAUCAGCAGCAAACGGCUCCUGCAGCGGCUUAAAGAAGCUCAGCUCUGCAGGACAAGUAUCAAUCACAUUUCUAUGUAAAUAGAUGUAAUUAUCUGUUCUAAUCAUCACACACUACUCAGAGGAAGUCUGUUUGCUGCUUCACAUCAGUGAAAAAUGCAGAAAUGAGGAGGAGACCGAGCUAAGGAGAGGAUCUUUUUCUCUCCAGGCUUUUACUGAAGGCUGGUGUUAUUUUACAGCCGAUUCUAGGAGUGGGGCUCCUCUCCAGUCGGAGUCCUCACCAGACGCUGAGACACUGAUGCUACUUGUCUUUUUGUUUCACUUUGAGAGCGCUGAGUUGAAAUUAGCCUGCAUUAGAAAGAAACCCAACACAUCUGCAGAGAAAAAACCUAAACCAUCUGAGUCACAGAAGAGCAUCUGAUAUCGUGUUUUAAAACCAAUCUGGUCGUGUUUUUGGUCGUUUUAAGACACAAACACAACAAAGAGUCCAAAAGUUAGCGCAGACUCGUAAUUAAUCUGUUUUUAAAGUUUUUAAAACAAUUUCUCAAAAACCAUCUGGGUUUCUCAGGAAAAAUCUCUAAACAAAAUUUCAAAGUCUGCAUCUAACAGUGCAAAGAUAAAACAUUCAAAUGUCUAUAAAUGAAGAGUAACAAAUAAAGAUUUAUAUUUACAUGUCCGCACAGACACUGAUAAAAAUGUAAUCCUCUAAAACUUGCGUACUAUAAACAUAUUCAUCUCACACAUAUUUUAUAUUUAACGCAGUAAAUUUUUGCAAAGCCCAUGGGAACAUUUUGCAACAUCUUGUGUAAAUUACACUGAUCGGUUCAUAAACUAAUAAUAUUUAGAUGUGCUUUUUAAUAAUGUUUUUUAUUAUGUUUCUUCUACUGGAUCAUCUGAUUAAUAAAGUUGUUUAAUGAACUUUUUCAGUGAGGCCGGUGUUAUUUCAGAAAAAAAUAAUGAAUGGACUUCUGCAAAUGACAUUUGUGGGCUGUAAUUUUGUCUUUUUGUUAACGUGUUUUCAUCUUUUUAAUGUCUUCAUUUUGAUUAUCUUCUUCUUUCACCGCUCCUUUUUUUGUUUCUAACCUUCUCAGCCUUCUUCUGUUAUAAUCUUCAACUCCUUCAUUUCCUCUUCUUUUUUGUCUUCUGCAUCGUCUUUAUUUCCUUGUGUCACCUCUUCUUUUUCUUCUCCUUCUUCAUCCUCUUAGUCUUUUCCUUGAACUUUGUCUUCUUUGCAAUCAUCCUCUUUGUCAUCUUCGUCUUUGUCUCAUUUCUCUUUGUUUUCGUCUCUUUAAUCACUCUCAUAAACACCACAGCCUUGCCCUGUUCUGUCAGCCAUCUAAACCCUUGUGUUUAUGCUUCUUUGCCCUUUUUUUGAGGUGAUAUAUUAUACCAUAAUGGUAACAGGCUGUCUAUGGGAAAAGAAAUAAAGAGUUGUUAUAAGAUUCACAAUUUUAAACAUUAAAAAUCUGCGAAAAAACCUCCAGUAACUUCAGAAUUAUGGAUGCAGUUCAACACUUUUUCCCCUGCUUUGGACUCAAAACCUAAACAGUGUCCUACAUCCUUCAUAAAACUGCAUAAAAAUAAGUAAGAAAUAGUAACAUAUUCAUUUAUUUGUUUGGUUUCUCUUCAUUAAGGCUUAAAUUUGACUUCUUUGGUCCAAAGUGGAAAACUAGUUUCAGACCAGAGUAAUGCCUGACCUGUCUGUCCUUAGAAGGUGUAACAUUUACUGUAGAUAUUCAUGAAUUCUCCAUCUUGUCCCCUUUUCCUCGCCUCCUCCUUAUUUUUCCAGAAUUCUUGUUUUUCUGUUGAGUCACAAGGUCAGCCAGAGGAGGAUAGGAGGAGGUGAGGACACUAGGCUGAUUCUCCUCCUGACUGGAAAAAAAAAAAAAAAAACAUGUCAGGGGCUCACAAAGAGCCCGAGAGCGGCGACACACGAUCCCUAAUCGAAGAGGGAGAAACAGAGAUCUUCAGUCUCUGGGGCUCCUGGUGGGAAGUCUUAGUGAGUCAGCCGCCUCAGCUCUCUGGUCUUUUUGGAGAAGAAGGAGAAGGGAUAAAAGGUGAUCUUGUGGGUGUGUUAGAGUUCCCCAGAUAACUCUUGAACAUUGAAUCUUUGACCCUAAUGUUACUACUAUUUCAAAAGUCCAUAACAGCAAUAAGACUUUGCUGAAUUUUCUGCAUGUUAUCUUAUUUUUUUCCCCCCAUACCAUGGGGGAUGCUGGCUUUCAACUGUGAAUUGACAAGCCGGGUGGUUCCUCGAGAAGAAUGCAAAGUCCAUGAUUUCCAAAAAGACUGAAAUUUUAACGUUUUCCAAAUUGCCUCAUCCAUCUUUUUUUCAGCCUUACACAACUUUUUCAUUGUUAAGUCGUCCCCCUGAAUCAUGUUCUUGUUUAGUGAAAAUAUGCAUAUUUCAAAUUAGAUACCAAUAACAUUUUUCAGUGACAACAAUUGACAUAUUGACCUUGUACUAUUUAGGGUGACCUUACGUCCUCUUUUACCCAGACAUGUCCUCUUUUUGGGGGGCUGUCCAGUCUUGUUUUAAAAAAUCCUUGAAAUGUCCGGGGUUUUGUAUGGAAGUUUUGAGUUCGUGUCGUGUGGACUAACUGAGUUAGAAGCGCGUAAAAAACACUCGACCCAACCAGAAAAACUCAAAAUUAACGACGCACCACUCUGUGACUCCGUGACUCCACCCCGUGAAGUAGUGACCCUAGUCACCCUUGUGCCAUUUCUUCACUUUUUACCCAGCAUCCUAACUACUUAAAUAAGGGCGGGUGCACAUAGGUGGGUUACACCUCCCUUUAUUUGUACACAGAUGAUGCAAGGCGCAACAAUAGUAGUCAUAGGAGGAGAGAGAUAACUAACACCAUGUGUAGUUUUCUUCAGCUGUUUGUUCAGGUCCAUUUCCUGUGCAAACCAGUUAAACUUGCACGGUGCAUGUGUUAAAAUGUGCACUCAAAUUGUCUGUGAUUGUCUGUGCUCAGCUCAUAUUUGUAAAUGCACUGAAGGACCUCGGUUGUAAUUUAACAGUUUGUUUGUCUUCAUGAAGUCUUGCCAUUUCUCUCCUUUUAAUCGUUUCAUCAACUUGCCUCUCAAUAGUUGCUUUGUGCCAAACUUUCAACCCAAUUACAGGAAAACAUGGAGUGUAAUUAUGGAAAAGAACUCACUGGAUAAUUCAUUUUUGAAAUAUUCCGCUGCUUUUCAUUCACACCCACCUGAUCAGAUCGUCUUUAAAAUGUUUGGUGUGUCUCCUCCUUAUUAUUUCUAUCAUUUAUCGUCUUGUCUUUGUGCCAUGAGUCUUAUUAGAUUCAGCUCUGUAACACCAAAGUUUCAACAUAAAGCUGUUCCCAACUACGGCCCUGCUCUUGUUUUUUUUUUAUUUGUUUUUUUCCAUUCAGUUUCCUCUGAGCCAAGAUAUCGUAAAGUGAGGUUUUAGCUUCCAUCUGUUCUUUGUCGUACGAGUUAAGCUACAAGAGAAGAAGCUAAAAGUUUUCCUCAAGUGUCUGAAGAUGCAGAGGAUUUCGUUCUUUAUGACUUCAAGUAUUUUGAUGCACCAUCUGUCUGAGUUUGGGUUUUGUUUCAGCAUCUACAUAUGGCAAAUCAUUGGAUGUUUAAGACGGAAAAACUUGUAAAUUCGCUGACAUUAAAGUUUGGCAGUGUUCCCAGGACUCUCAAAGAAGUUCUUGAUGAGAACUAAAGGAUUUUUUUCAUUUGUACAUGCUCAUGUGGGUGUAAGAACAAAGGGUCAUGACAGGUGGUGAGGGGUACACUAACAAAAAAAACAACUGUUCAGACAUAACGGUGCAAACGCUGAUCUUGUGGAGAGAGAGAAAACGGAACUGGAGAUCUGAGAGAAUGUCGCCAGUCAGCUUUCUCUUGAAGUGCAAAGUUUUAGUAAAAAAAAAUUAUGUAGUUUGGAAAUCAUUUAAAGCCUGUAUUUGGCAGAAAAUAGUGCAAAGACAAAAUAUCAAACAUUAGAGCUAAAAUAUUUCAUUGCUUUAUGAAAAAAACGACUCAUUUUGAAUUUAAUGUUUCUAAAAACUUUUCAGAAAAGUUGUGCAUUGUUAAAAUACAGCUGGGGGGAAAUCUCCUUUCUAGUUUACAACAAAUUAGUACCAUGAUUGGUUAUAAAAAGGACAUUCAGAGAGGCUGAGUCUUACUGUACUCACUGAGAAUAACCGUUUGGCUGUUGAGAGUGUUUUAAUACAAACAAUGGCGGCUUUUUUGGGGGCUGCCAUGGAGGAGAAUGGUCAAUUACAGGUAGCCCUGUCCUAAAUUCUAAUCUAGUUUAUGGCCCAUUUUACCCUGAAUGGGACCACGAGUUACAAGAAGAACAUUAUAUUGAGUGGAGAGACUUGAAAUUAGAGUUUGAGAGUUUUACUCUUUUGAAAACUGCUAAUUUAAGGAUUAAACCAAGUGUGAAGUAAGACCAUUUUCUCUGGUUUGCAUACAGCUAGACUUCUCUCUCCGACCUCCUGCUGGACACGGUAAAGGAUGCAGAUUUGAGGUUUUACUUUUUUAACAAAGACAAGGCUCAUUGGCGACAUUGUGAGCAUGCUUUAAUUGCUUGUUUGAACUUUUUCUUUCUUAAUGCAAAUUAUCAGUAUGUAAUCCAAACUUUAUUCUUUCUCUGUUUGCAAAGCUGCUUUGGAUUUUUCACAAUUGUACAAAAGUGCAGUUUUUUCUCCCCUCAAGACUGGGAUCCUUCAGUUUCUUGACUUUUUGCUUCUUUCUCCAUGGAGUCCCUUAUCACGGCAAGGAUAACGGCAGCUUUGUGUGAUGUUACUUCUGACAUAUCGAAGAAGACAUCAGAUAAAUCUGUGCUUAUCCUUGUUAGUAAAUCACAGACUCCAGAAGCUGCUGACACGCCGUCCUGAAGCCGGUGGAAACUGUGCGGGUAAGGCUGUGGACCAAAACUGUAAGACCUGGGAGAAAACUGCUUUCUUUGCAGGAAAAUAAGCAGGAUGGACUGACUGACUGUUCACAGCUGCAGCCUGUGAAACGGAAAAUGAACUGAUUUGUCUUCAGCAGAGGAUGUUACUGGGAAAAAAAAAAACACAUUUUUUUAAAAGCCCCAAUCUUUAACAGUAGCUGUAUUUCUCGGAAGAUGUGGUUCACUUGUAGACUGCAUUAAGGCUCUUUCAAGUGCAGACAGGAACACUAUUAUCAGGUCGAGUGCACUGACUGGAAACCGCUGCUGAGAAAGUGUACAUUUGUUAAAUCCAGUAUGCUGAUAUGUGCCACUUAGAGACUCUGGGGUUUACUGAGAAAGAAAUAACAACAACAAGACAUCAAUGAUUAACACCGGCUGAUACAGUAAAGCAUGCGUGACAUACAUUCAUUUCUCUGCUGCCUUUCAGUGCGAUGCUGCUGUGGAAAAACAUCUUAAACAGUCUUGUGUCUUGUAUCCAAGCUGUUGGAUUGAUAUUUGGUUUAAAAUGAUAAGUGCUUUUAAAUCAGUGCAAUGCAGGGAGAGCAGCAGCAAAUCCCAACAGGAAAUUACACAGAAGCUAACUGUCUCCACGCACAAUGCGUGAGUUAAAUCAUUUGCACGGAUGAAUUACAUGUUAAGUCAAUGUAAAGACGUGAUUAGACGCUCCUACUACUCUGGCAGCCUGAAUUACACAAAUUGGGCAGGAGCUGAAAAUGUCUCAACUUGAGCGAAUAUCCGCGUCACGAUAACUAAUCAACAGGAAGGUUGCCGGGUGAGGUAUGAAGAUGGAAGGUUGUUCACGUGAUUGUGUCGGUGUGUGGGUGCCCCCAAUUAUAUGAUACCUUUUCUUUCAAUUACCGAAACCAGAAUAAAAAGGAGCUCACCUAGAGGCAAGUGAGUGAGGAGGUUGGUCAGUUGUAAAAAACCUUUGUCUAUCACUUGAUACCACCGGUUGGAUCGGCAGGGAUUAUCGUUGAAAUUACCAUUGACGUUCGAAUGAAGCAAGUAAAUACUAGUUAUCCACGCGUCUAGAUUCACCCAAAUUCAGCGAGUAGAUGAUUUUGCUUGCGCUUGGUGUGAGCGCCCCAUAAAACUUCCUGUUCCCUUACACAUAUUCGCUUAAGAUGACUGGGGGGGGUGAUGAUACAGAGAGGUUGAAGCUACCUUCUGUUUCAUGUGUAUAUAUUGAAAAGCCAAGGCAGGGAGAGCAUCAGCAAAGAACUAACCUCCAGGUUGUGAUUUAAGCCCCCUUUUCACAUACAAAUAUGGAGGAGCAAAGCCAAAGCUGUAAGUAUGAUAGGAGGAAUGCACCGCCACUCUGUUUCUUCAAUAUAUAUGGAAAACCAAGGCAGGAGGAGCAUCAGCAAAGACCCCCAGGGUCUGUUUUGAGAGCUCCCAGCUCUCCCACCUGCAUAUGUGGGAGGCCAUGGCCUGAAACGAAGAGAGCUCAGUUCCUACUGUUUCAUGUGCGUUCUCGAAAAGAAAAGGUAGGAAGAGCAGCAGCAAAGACUCCUGGAGAUCAGAUGAGAGCAGGCCUCAGUGAUGAUCCAUGGAAGUGGUUGAAUGAGACACAGCAUUAAAAAGGACGAGCUGAGAUUGAGGCGGUUUAUAAAAGAAGCAGUGAGAGUAGGCAAGCUGGUUAAAUAGAACAACAAUUUUUAUCCUAAUUUAAUUUUUAAUGUUAUUUAAUAGCCAAGAUUCAGAAACCAGGAAAAAGACUGUGUAUGUGCAAAACUCAGCAGCAAGACUACAAUGAGAACUCUAAAAUGAGAGCGCAUUAUCCAUGUCAAAUAACCGGGCUAAAUCAAUACUUGCAACUUAUAGUCUGGCCUCUAAUUAUUUAUCUCUAUUUUAUUAUUUAUUCAUUAUUUAGUAUUGUUCUAAUUUUGCAGAAGCAUCUUUAGAUUCUGGUUUUUCAGUGUAAAACUCCUCCACAGGGGUUCUACUUUCUGCAGGUCCAUUAGAGGUUAAAGUCCUGAGAUUGGAAAUUACCAGCUUUCCUUUCUCAUUUUCACUUUGCCUCUCUUCAUGCACACUCAAACACACACAUAUGCACAAGGGCAAAAGGAGGUGAUGAGUCCCACCAGGUCCACAUGGUACUUCACACUCUGCCACCAUAAUGACACAGCCCGGGCUCUCUCCGUCCGUCCAGCCCCCCCGACAGCAGGCCGUUUAAAAUGGAUCUGGGUCACAGUGGGAUCCCCUUCGUCCGCUCGCUGGAACCUGAAGCAUUCGAUUCAUUUGUGACAGAGUUACUGCAGCCAAUCCAUGUGACACACUUAUCAGUCAGUGAGAGCUGCUGCAUUAUGUAUUAACACUUAGCAGGUACGCUGUCCUCCGUGCCGCUCAUGUCAGCUGGAUGUCAGCACCGGAGUGUGAGUGACAAAAGUGAUAUAUCAGGGAGGAUGAAGAAAUCCCUGGACGCUUGCUCCAUUUACUCAGCCAGCUCUGAAAAAAGCUGCAGUUUAAAACCUUUAACCUCGGCUGCUUCAGUGAAAAUCAGUGACCAUUGUGCUUUUUUAGAAACUAAAGAAGCUGUCUGCUGCUUGUAAAACCUACAUUCAUACACAUCAAAAGGAACUUGAAUUCAUUUGACCCAACAGCUACUCAACGGGGGCCUUUAACACGUCAUGAUGUUACCUGAUCAAGUUAUCAUGCAUCCUUUUCCAUCUUGGAAGUCAGAUAUUUGUAGAUACCUGUUUGACACACCAUCCCUAACCACGCCUGGAGCUUGAAUUCCAGCAUUCAUUCCCUUCAAAAUCCAAGAUAUCUGCCCUCAAAUGUGGAUCAGCUGCACAUUUAAUCGUGUUUAUAAGCAACUUAGUCUUGUUUUGUGUAAUUUGGUGAGUCAAACUAAUGGUAUUGUGCAACUUCUAUCUGUGGACAUGUUACUUUCUUGCAGAAACUAUCGCAUAGUGUGUUACUGUCUGGUCUUUCUAACGUUGCUAGUAACAACAGAAGCUACUUUUUGGCUUGGUUUUUCACUCAGUCAACUUAAGGUGCAAAGUCUUUACCAGCCCCGACAUCUAAGUCUCAUCUCACCAAAUGAGACUCAGGGCUCUAUUACUCAAGCUUUCAGCGCACUUUACACGCCACUGGCGAGCACGAAAAUGUCACUGCGCCUGCAAAUUCUGUUGACACCUCCCCCUACCACGCCCAGCUUGGCGGAUCUCGGUUCGCCUCCGUGCACCUCAGUCCACGAAAAUACCAAACUGGCUGUGCGGCGGGCACCGCCAGAUGAAAAUACAACUGCGCGGGGCCCGCCACCCUCCGCCCCCUCACCGGUGUACAAGAAAAUAGAGCCCUCAGUCUUGUCUAGGGUGACUAUACUCUGACUUCCCAAAAAGAGGACACGACUCCGCAGGGGCGGAGUCACAGAGUCGCACGAAGUUAAUUUUGAGAGUUUUUCAGGUCAGAUCGAGUGCCAUUUUAGCGCUUCUAACUCAGUUAGUCCACGUGACACAAGAUUGCAACAAAAGAGCGACAUUGGAAGGAUUUUAUAAACUUCCACGGACAAAGCCAGAGAAAAAAAGGACAUGUCCAAGUAAAAGAGGACAUAUAGUCACCCUAGUCUAAUCUGGUCUUGAUGUUGGGUCUUUGUACAGAGAGUACAAUCCUGACCUGCUCUGUUUAUAAAGCAUCUUAAGAUAACAUACGUUGUGAAUUGGCGCUACAUAAAUACUGAUUAAUUGAUAUGUAAACCUGAUAAACUUGCAGCUUCUCUGGCAUUUAAGAUAAACUGAGGGGAAGUGGAAAACUGUCCUGUGGUCUGAAGAAUCAAAAUUUGACAUUCUUUUUGGAAAUCAUGGAUUCUGCAUCCUCCAAGAGGAAGAGGACAGUUUAAAAAGCCAGCAUCCCUGAUGGUUUGGGGCUCAUGAGUGUUGAUGGCGUGGGUCGCUUUCACAUCUAUAAAGAAAGAAAAAUUACAAAGCAAAACUUUCUCCACAACCAUAUUUUACUCUUGCGGCUCUACUGACCAGACUCUGUUCCUCAUAAAUUCGCCUUCUCAUGAUGAACUCUUCUUUGUCUUUGUCAUUGUAUUUCGCUACACCCCUUUUCACUCAUAACUCCAGCUGUGCUGUUGCUACCUUUCAGUCGUUCAGAUCCUGCAGUUUACCCGAGGACAUUCGAGAUUUGUGAGCUUCUUACUGCAGUUUUCUUGGUUCCACUUGAGCUCAGGUGACAUUGCUCUCCAGCAGCAAACUCUCCGGCCUGAGAAAUAAUUGUAUUUGUUGUGAAUGUGUUCCCUCUGCAGCUUUGAGUUGCAUGAUUGCUCACCUUCCCUCGGGCUGAUUCAUGCCCGGCUUCAUCAGCAGGUGUGGGACCAAACUUCUCUGUGAAACUUACCUUUGUCAUACACAAACUUGCUCUUAUUUUUGUGCAGUGUAUGUUCAGUUUGGGGCCAACAAUAAACCUCAAAGAAAAGCUGUCCUCUCAGGGUAAUCAACUUUUGAACCUCGGUUAAACACUUGUGGUACAUUUUAAUGUGAGAAAUCUCUCCUGCAGGCUGUAUUUGCCCUGGAGGAACAAAAACAGUAUUAAACAGAUCAUAAAAGUUGUUAUUUGCUUCGAUUUCAGGUUCAUGGCAGGGCAAUAUGGCCAAGCUUUGUGUAGCUAUUAUAAUUAGUCCCUGGAUAAAACCUGGAUGUGUGGACAGCAGAAUACAGCUGCAGGGAAAACAACAGAAGACUUAUUUUCUCAGUAUUUUACACACUUUCUCUCUGUGAAGGGAAUGUAAAGAUUCAAAUUAAGUGGAUUUCUCUGAGCUGCAUUUCAAUUUUACUCAUCAGAAGUCAAAAAACAUUUGUCAGAAAUGUCAGAUCCACCCGCUGGGAGAGCAUCAUCAUUAAAAUACAGACGCUAAUCUUUAACAAAAGCAGAAAGAAACCCUCUGUUUUCAGUUCAGAGAUCUUAUAUGCACAGUUUUAAGCUAUCAGAGCUGCUUUUUUAUUGACUUUAGCACUCUCCGAGGAUGAUAGAUGAACAUAUUUAAAUGCAAAUAAGGUACAACUACCACAGAUCCCUGUUUGGUAUGCUCUGCUGUUCAGAAACACCAGGCCUAAUUGAAUAAAGGCGAUAUUUCCACUCUGAAAAUGAUUUGAACUCCGUAGUUGCUCAGUGACGGAGGCCUAGGAUGACAUUGCUUUGUUCUUUAAGCGCUCAAACAACACAUAACGAUAUUAGCGCAACAAGAAAUGACUCACUUACAAAGAAGAUGGAUCACCAUGAGCUACAGCUGCUUCCAUGUCCCCGUAUGACGACGCUGUAAUCAAUCAUUUUGUACAAAGCGGCGGCACUCUGUGGAUUCUGUCAAAUGGAAGAAACACUCACAGGUCUGUUACUGAGCGGUGACAGUUUACUGCUCACUUGAGACGUCUGGAAAAAAAAUCAAAGCUCUCAUAUCGAGGGACACUGCGAACACAGACGCUCUGGAUGAAAGCAGACUGAUCCUCUGACCGACAGAAUAUCGCUUGUUGUGCUGAACUCACAGAGACUUUUUAAAGGAGGGGUAGUCUGCUAAAUCCCAAAACGAAUUUUUCACCCUCUUACCCAUGAUCACACACUAUCUAGAUAAACCAGAGGGUGUGAGGAUAAUCUGUGCAACUCAAGGUUUUCUGUCUCAACCUAAAGUACAGUGAAAGUGUUUUUAAACAAGCACAGUGUGAAGAAAUCUGAAGCAUCUUAAACAUGACCUUUGACAUCCAGGUGAACAUUAAGAGGUGGAAGUUAUGAAAUAGAAACACAAAACUGUUUCUACAUUAUUUGUGCUGAUGAUAUUUGAAUAGUCAUCAUAAAACUGCUGGAUUAAAUUUGACUCUCAUGCAGAAGCAUCUCACACUUGUUACAGGCUGGAAGAGCAUCCAAGGUGAACUUGUAUAGCUGAAUUUGACUGGAAGGGCAUCCAGUGGGCACUGUAUUGUUUUUCAUGCUGCAUACGUUUCAGAUGGUGUUUUUUCUCCACUUUUUUUUUUUACUGUUUUACUGGAAGGGCAUCCAGAGGACAAUUUUACCGGAAGCGCAUACAGAAGGGUUCUUGUUAUUGUUUUAUUUGCUGGAGAUGUAUUCAGAGAAGACUUUGUCGUCCAAAUAUUACAUGAAAGGCAUCUAGAGGGGCAUCUUUCGUUGGUUUUUGACUUUGAGGGGCAACCCCUGGGUAGUUUUACCCUAAUUUUACCUUGAGGUAUCCACAGGAUGGCUAAGAUUUUAAUCCAGUGGAAAGGCAUCUGAAUGUGCUUUUACAUGUGUUUAAUUUACUGAAAGAAUAUCCUGACAUCCAGAAUGCAAUUUUUUUGGUACUGAAAGGCAUCUAUAUGUCUUUUUAAUUUUUUACCACCAUUUAAAACCAUGUGCAUCACUCUGCAGGAACAAUCCCAGAAAAACAACAGGCCAGGGUCUGCAAAAGGUGACUGCUCAGCUAAAACUAAGAAAACAACUUCAGGACACUUAUUUCUGUAGAAAAGCUGCAAAAAAUUCAAAUAGAUGAGCUUCAUGUGACCCCUAUUUAAACCUUUAAAUAACACAGUCUAAUUAAUCUAAUUUAUCUAUUGUGAAGUCACAUUGUUUUUAGUCAUUUAGAUUCUGUUUUUUAAUUGUUUGUGUUGUAUUUUCAAGGGGCCACAGGUGUAAAUAAGCUCUAUGUCUAACUCUGGCUGGGCAGUUGCGGUUGUGUACACUCCAUGUCAGACAAACUGAACUGAUAAACUAAACCAUGAAAGUUUUUCACUUUCCAAAGUCCUGCCUUCGACACAACACGCUCGGUUCACCAAAAGACAGCAGGUCUGCCAUCGGCCAGACUCUGGUGGACGGCAGAUGGUCCUCCUGGUGUGUCAGGGCCCUGAAGAAGUUGAAACUGAGUCUUUGUUCUUCUCACCACAGGAAACCACCACCAUGACUACCAGCACAGCCACCUGGAUCUGACCGCUCUGACUCCUAAACUGGGUAAGAAAGCACACUUAUGUAGGACACCGUAGACCUUUUACAUAACAGUAACUAAACCUGUGAUGGAUUUGGAGGUCUGUGUAAUGCAUGCCACCAAACGCUGCUGUCUCCUUACAAAGUUAACGUUUUCAAAAGUUUCUUUUAAAGGUAUGAUUGACCUAAACUGACAUGUGCUUUUAUCUCUGCCUAAAUGAAAAUAAGCCGAACAAAUCCGAGGCUUGAAAUUGGAAACAGUUUAUUGAAAAAGUAUAUCAUUCUUGGGGAAAUUAAAAUCUGAGGAGCUGAUAAAAAAGGCCUCGUAGAAAAUAAAAAAGGAGUGUAUGAUAAUCAAAGCAUCAUUGGUGCAGUUUGCUGGAGUUAUUGAAAGCCCAAUUACUGUUUUAGCUUCCCAUCUAUUUCAGUAAAUGUGAUUUUCUGUGAAAGCAGAGCAGCUUUAGGUGUUGAGUUAUUGAAAGCUCCUGUAUCUAAACGGCAAUGAAAUGAAACAGCGUGUAAUUAAAAAAAGAGAAUCAGGCCGAACUUGUUUUAAAGAAAAAAACCCUCUCUAUGAUCUUCUAAAACCUGCCGAGCCGGAUGUUUUGUUUCAGCGUGUUCAGGUUCAAGCUGAGAGACUGUCAUCCACCCAUUAGGAAAAGUUUUCCACCAUUAACGCAGCGCUGCGGUCCACAUUCGUCGGCCUCUUAAACGACACGGCCUUUUUAGGAGGAAAAUGGGUUUCAAAAGUACUCCAGCACCAAAUAAAACUCUUCAAAGAGCACUUUUGAAGUCUAUUUAGCAUCUGAUGAGGAUCAUGACUGCUCUGCAUAAUUCCUGGUUUGGACUUUGUCCUCAAAAGUGGCAGCGUUUUUGAAAUAUUGCCUUUGAACAAGGGUGCACUCUGAGCCGGGAGAUGUAGCUGUGACUAACACGUCCUCGUGUGAUGGUUCAAAUUUGAUCUAAUAAAAAGUUAUGAACACUUUUCACAUGUAAUGAAAUGAAAUGUCCAAUAUGUGGAGUCAUGAAAACCUUCAUUUAAAGUCUCCCGCAACAAAAAAGGUAGCUCCUGUUUUUCACCCAGCAUUGAUCAGGUUUUGGCAUCUAUUUGAAGGUCUGUCUCUCUUUCUAUAAACACAAAAACGGGUACAAAUGCAGAUCCUGUCAAGAACUGUGGUGACAGGAUUUGGUUUCUGAUAGAAGUCCAGUGGUUGAAUUGGUGGUUGGUUAAAAAGCAUUUACCCGGUCAUCUGUUUUGGCUUUUUUAAAAUUAUUACUGGCCCCAGAAUUUCCCCAAAAGUACAAAUAACCAACAAGGGUAACUUUACUUAUAUCAAAAACACUGAAAUUCCUGAUUGUUUGGUUUUGGUCUCAUUCAUCAUGCACUUCUGUGGUCACCCAUUGGUUUGUUGACCACCGGUGGAUAUUUGACCCUCCAUAACUUGUCCUUUGGAACCAUAACUGGUAAGGAAGAUAGGUGUGUGUAGACAAUUGGCUGUUUAGGCUCCAGGUCUUUGGCCAUGGUUUCCAAAUUAAACAUGAUACCAGACUGAGGAAGACCUUUAGGACCGUAGACAAAAAUCCUGUCCUGUCUAUGCACCUACUCUGCAAAGUAUGAUUAAUUUAUACACAUGGGGUUCAAACCCUGGCUUCCCAUGUAUGAGUUCCCCAUUGUUUUCAAUCUAAUCGGCCUUUUUACAGUCUCCAACAUACUGGGAGGUCAGAGCCAUCUCUCCCACCAUCUAAUGUAGCGAGGCAUCGGUACUUAUCAGGGAUGUAUGAUUACAGUGAAUGAGAACAGGCAGGGUUAAACCAAUCUGUGCACACUGACUGUCAUUGAUCCUUUCUCUCUCACUUGGAUUUUGGUAGCCCACAGAGAAAUGAGAUACGGUAAGUCAUGCACAUACACAUGUGUAAAUUUUCUAUUCCACGUAGAGUUUAAGACUUUUUACCUGCACACUGGGAGUCAUUUUUUCAUUUUCUUUUUUUCUGAAGCUUGUGUAUUUUUCGCAGUCACAAACUUCACGCUGCUGCAUCACAAUCCAUGACCUGCAGCCCGACCUGAAAAUCCUUUCUUCACACUUUAUUUUAUCUUUUUCACUCCACCUAACCGGCUCUAUCUCCCCGAAAACACCCUCCCCUCCCCUCCGACAUACACACUCCAACACCCUUCCUCCAACUCACUGACUGUGUCCCCUCCAUGCCAUAUGUUCCUCAGCGCUGUGCGUCCCUGUCCUCCUUGCCGCAGUAGUCGCCCCGUCCUAUUUAUAAAUCUAGCACCAGAGUCCCUGACCGUAUUCCAGCCUUCCCCGCUCGCUGCGCCUCCUGACCCAUGACUGGGCGUCCCAAAUACUGAAGCCACGGGAGCUCGGCGCAGCACGGGGAGCCUUAACAGCGCCGCACUUAUCACUGACAUCAGAAACAGAACUGUUGGAGCGUUUCACAAUGACCCAAGUGUGGAUGGAGCAGCUGAGAUGCAGUAAACAGAUGCUGGGUCAGAGAGUGUGAAGGCAAAAAAGCAAAGAUUUGGACUUUCAUUGAUGCAACGGCUCAUCGACAUUUAGUAAACAACAGUCUCUGAAUGGGACAGAAGAAGGUCACCUAACUCCCUUUAGAGAGCAGACACCUGAGUUUGUCUCACCUGAACACUCCUAAGAAGAACAGGGCUUGGUCUAGAAGUCUAUUUUUGUACCCUAGUGUUGCCAUGAUCUGAGUAUGUAUCAGCUUUGAGAAUCUAACCUCAUAUUAACUCAUCAAAUAUAGAAUUAUUGUACCAGAGACUCAAAAUUAUUGUAUUUUUAACAUCAUAAUUAAAAUAACAAUCUUACAGUUGCAUGAUAGUCACAUAUAGUCACUCUUUUUAGUGUCCUACAGGCACUCACGAUUUUGUGGUUACAGUUUUGUGGUCAUUCACCACCCCGCCCCACAUCAGCAGCUCCAACUCAGCUGUGUUACAUUAAUGUGUCCCCUUUUAACAAAUGACAGGUGGGAACUAAUGGGCCAAAUCAUGAGACCUUGAGGCCACCUACUUUUUUAAAACAGUAUUCAUAAUAACUGACGAGGAAAUAAAGAGUAAUCUGACUUAACUUGGUGAAAUCUGUUUUAGAUACAAAAAUUAACUUGUCCUCACACAAGGAUUCUGCUCUCGGUAAUCACCGUCCUCUUUAGUGGCGCUCAUUUUUCUCAACUCACAAACCGAGUGAUUGACAUCCAAUCAUGCUUGUUGUUCGGAGACAAACGUCGCUCAAACUACGACUGGAUGGAAACGUCUAGUGCUGCAACUAACGAUUAUUUUUUUGUUGACUAAUCUAUCGACUAGUCGUCCGAUUAAUCACGAUUUAUUACUAUCUUCUUUAUUUAUAAACACCUAUUUCCGGGGUGUCGGCGUUUCAGGUGCUCAUGCAUCGCCGUGGUGCUGCCACGGUAGGAAAGCUGAGCUUUGAUCAACGUGUUUUUUUGGUUUGUUCUCCGUAAAAUGUUCCCAAACUUUUGAAGUUUUGGGUCGGAGUUUUGGAGCGUCUUCUUCAGUUUGUUCUGCCAUGUGUGCACUCUUCUUCUGUGUUUGCUCGCGGGAUGUAAACAGCGAGCGCUACUGCCCCCAGCACAUCCUGUAGUGCACUGCAGUUAUAGAUGAGCAUGAGGCGCCGGCAUGUGAUUCUUAACAACAAUAUCACAACGCAUCGUUUUCAUGUCGAUGAAUUUGUCGUGACGACGUAAUCGAUUACGUCGACUAAUCGUUGCAGCCCUAGAAACAUCACAAGGUAAAAGAUUCAGGGUUCGCAAAUAAGAAACAGAAAAAUAAUGUUUCUGGCAGUCUGACAGUCCUAUUGCACCACACGUUCACCAAAACUGUCAAAUUAUUGCACAUUUAGCCUUUUUUUCUGGGUUAUUGAUCAUACAUCGUACAGAGGGCAAAAUUAUCGUACAAAUAUGAUAAUCAUCGUGCACCUGGCAACCCUGGUCCAGAACAAAACUCUUCUUUUUAACUCUUUUAGACUUUGUCGUCAAAGACCCUCAACACAGUUUACAUGUUGUUUAAAAAAAAAAUUCAAUACAUUUUCAUUUAUUUUGCGUCAAUUCACAGGAAGUGUUGUUCCAAGACACAAAAACAAAUGGUCUAGACCAGACUCUGUUUACAAAGACCUACAGCGACACUUUGACACUUUAAUUUUCUUAAAAGCUCAAACCUUUUGCACCAUCUUCCUUCUCACUCCAUCACUCUUCCUCCCUUCCGUCCUCCCUCCUUACCUCCUCCCGUAAAGACUCCCAGUGUAUAACCAUCUUUCUGACUGACAGUGCACUGACCGCAGCGCGCCACUUCCUCCCCUUGUCCCCCUUGUAGAGAGACCCCAGCGGAUGAACAACAUCCUGACCUCGGCCACAGAGCCCUACGACCUGUCCCUGUCCAGAUCCUUCCAGAACCUCAGCCAUCUGCCGCCCUCCUACGAGCUGGCCCUCAAGUCUGAUUUAAGUAAAUACUCCUCCUCCCUCGUCAGAUUAAGUAGGUGCUCCUUCAUUUGUCCUCCAUCGCCGUCUUCUGCCUGAUGCACUAAAAAAAAAAUCACAAGGAAUGACGUCACCCUGGUGCCCCGUGCAUUUACGGGUCACCAGGUCCACCCCUGAAAUGUCCAUUACAGAGACAUGCAUCAUGAUAAGUAUCUCCAGAUGUUUGGUGGCUCAUCAUGCAGAGAGUCCUCUCACUUUUUCACCUUUUGGGGGGAUUAAACUCUUUAAACUGCAUGACGGCGCGCUCCAUACUCAUUCCCACCGACUCAUCUACGAGCCCAUCCACUGGCAGCUAAUUGGCGUGUAAUUUGGCUCCAUCUGCAGCCCAUGUCAUGUUGCUAUCAUCUCUUAAUGACAUAUUAAGAGCUGUUUUUUUUAUAGCUGAAUGGCUUACACACGCCAACAAGAUGGCGCUUUAAUAUCCCAGCGAUCCAACAGGUCAUUAUCUCGACUGUGACAUUUUCAGCUUGAUGAUGACUCAGAUGAAGCUGUUUCAACUUCAUGACCAGAGCAUGUCCUGUUUUUUUUUUCUAGAUAAGCUGCAUGUUUUUGAUUGAUUGGAUCUUUAUUUCGAACAUAGAUUGAAUAAGAGUAGAUUAAACAGUUUAGAAAAAGCAUGAGUGGUAAAUAAGUACGUUUAACACAUACUCAAUGUGCUUGUUUGAAGAUUUCAGCUGCCCAACAGUUCAGGGUUUCAUUUGUCCUUUUUUGUGUCAUGUUGCUCCAAAUGUUUCAAAGGGUGACAAGUCAGGACUGCAGACAGGCCAGCCAUGCUGUUGUUAUACCUGCUGAAUGUGAUUUGUCAUUGUCUUGCUGAAUUUCAAUUUUCAAUUUGCUUUUUAUUUGUUAAAGAGGGACAGUGUACAUUAAUGAACAUUUUAAAAAGAUAAAAUGUAAAUGGACCCAAUUGUAGCCACAAGGUCUUCCCUGGAAGAGUCAUUGUCUGGAUUGCGGCUCUUUAGAUCAAUCAAUCAAUUUUACUUAUAUAUCGCCAAUUCACAACAGUCGUCCUACCAAGACGCUUUCCAAAGAAAAAGAGCAGGUCUAGACCACGCUCAUUGUUUGAUGAAUUAUCAAGACCCAACCUAAGAUGAGAUUUGGCCCAUCUCAUCUAACAUGAGCGACAGUGGCAAGGAGAAACUUCCUUUUAACAGGCAGAAACCUCGGGUAGGACCAGACUCAUGCCACCAAGCUGCUGCUGGGCUGGGGAGGAAUAAAGAGAGAUAAGGGAGAGAGAGUAGAGAACAAGGUUGAGAGAGAGAGACAGGGGACAACAGCAACAUUAAAACAACAUCAACAUCAACAACAGGUCAUGCAAUGAUGAAACAAAUUCAGUUUUACAGGAUUAGGAUAUAAGUAAUUAUUGACUAUGUUUGAUCCCAGUCUCCAUGAUUUCCAAGAAGAGUGUCAAAUAUUGUUUAGUCAGACCACAGGACAGUUCUUCUCUACCUCUCAGUCCAUCUUAAAGUUGGGAUACAGUAGUUCUGGCUUUUAGAUUUAUGGAUAAAAACUCAUCAUACUCGGAUUUAGCAUGUCUUUUAUGUUAUCGCUAUUGAAGUGGACAAAAAGAAAAACUUUUAGUGCAUUUGUCUUCCUCUGUAUCAGAGCUCUUGAUGAUUUUACAAACUCAGGCAGCAGCUUCUGAAGUAUUAGGGACAAAGUAUCUCAUAAAAUCCACCAUUUUUCAGUCAAUAACUCAGAUCCACUAGAGACUGAUACAUUUUUCAUACUGUAUGUCAGUUUUUAAUAUGAGAUGAUCCCGAAAAAUUUGUGUUACAAUCAUUUGAGAGGGACGUUUUGUCUGAGUAUGAAACUUUAAAACAUUAAACAAACAGAACAGGACAUUUUCACCUCACUGCGUCAAUAUUCAGACAUUAAUACACUCAAGAACACACUGAUGAUGACAUAGCAGGAUGAGUUAUCAAGUUAAGGACAUUUGUUGAUGGAAAAUCUUCCUUCCACUUGAACCCAGCGCCCAAACUCGCACUUUCAUUUCCUCCAAAGCGUUACCUGCAGGAAUAAACUCAGUGCAUAAUGCUAAUGAACGACUUCAGUGAAUGUGGGCACCAUAUUCUUUGUCCUUGACUCCUCAGAGAAGUCACUUACAGAGAGAAACCAUUUAAUUGUACCAUUGGCCUCUGCGUCAUGGUGGUAGAAAAACAUGCACCAGUGCAAUCUCCUUUUGGUGCGUUCAACAUUUUUCUUCUUCUUCUUCUUCUUCCCUCGCCUUUUUCUCUCUCUUAUCAACUCUGGGCUUUGCUCUUAUCUCACUGGGGCCUUGUUCACACACAGAAAACCACAGAGAUGAAUCACGCCGAACAACAAAGAGGCUUUUCGAGUUUGAGACGAAGGGCUCAGCAGAAUUUGUCAAACCAGCAGGCAGAGUCGUCCCUCGAAGAAGAGACAUUAAGUAGAAGGUUGAAGCAUUAGUAAAGUAUUUGGAAACAAGCCGAAGAGUAAUAUAAUUAGAUACUUUUUAAUUGAACCAUCUGGAGAGAUGAUGGCCACCAAAUUAAAUUAGCAUGGUUUGUUUGCGGUUUUAAAUGACCGUCUCCUCCAUCCAAACUGACCUUCAGUGAUGUCAAUGAGGCAGAGACUGAGGACGCGUCAACAAAGUGACUUCAUCUUUAAAAAAGGUUUAUAAAACGAAGGGCAAACAGAUCUUUCAAACUUCAGUCUUCAAGAGUGAUGACGCACGGGCUUAAAAUCAUUCUGAAAACACAUUCAAUCACUGCAUCCACAAAUGCAGGUUAAAACUGAACCGUGUAAAGAGGAAAUCAGAUACAAACAUAAUCUAGAAAUGGUGGCAACUUCUGAAACAAAGUCUAAUGUGACUUUUUUUUGCUGCAUUCUCAAUUUUACAUAUUUGUAAAGGUGCCAUUAAUGUUGAACAAUAUAUACAGGUUUAAGAGCAACAUCUGCUGCCAUCCAGACAAAGACUUUUCCAGGGAAGACCUUCGUAUUUCAGCAAGACAAUGCCAAAAGCAAAUAGUGACACUGGAAGAAAUCCUGCAGCGGAAUAAGAAAUGUGCAAACUACCACCAGCGUUUCUAAUAGACUAUUAUUACUGAUGGACAAGCUGUGGAUGGAGGGUUGUAAGAAAUAAGUAAACUAAAGUUUGCAAAAGGAUAUAUAUCAAAGAGGAAAUUUGCAAGUCCUGGUUUGUCGCCCACUGAAGACAUCUAGACUUCUGGAUAAGGCUCCUUAGUUCCCAAAUGAUAACAGAGUGCUAUCAAAUCAAAGGUUUUGAAGUGAACACAUAGUUUUCAUCAAACAGUGGUGUUUUUCAGUUUUGUGCCAUUAACAUUGAAAUAUAGGCUUUAAACGGUUUGUAAACCAUCACAUUUGUUUUUCGUUCUGACAGCAUUGAGUUGAAGAACCUUUUUAAAUAUGUUACCGCUAGAAAAGAAGAAACAUUUACCAUCUUUACUGCACUACCUCCUUUAAAUUUCACUUCUUCUUUUCCAAACCUCUCCGAAGAUCACUUAAUAAUUGAUGUUCCACCAGUUUCCUGAGUUUUAGUGCAUUAUAUGAUUGCUCUAGUCUGUGAUCAAUAGCCAGCACAUAAAUAUACUGCUUAUAUUGAAUCUAAUCUAGCAGAGUGGGGAGCUGGGGUUUAAUUAGCCGCUGUUAGCAGUUUCCUGUGUUUGUAGCUCUUCUCGGCGUUUGGGACCCCUUUGCCCCAUGCAAUCAUGUUAAUUGUAAAGCGCUGUGUUUUAUCAACGCCGCCAGAGAUGGGAUCGAGCAUUAUGCAUCACCACCUCCUACAUCAUUCCAGUCACUUCAAGUGUAAACAGUUUAACAAGUGUACACUCAUAAAAUGCAGGUCUUUAAUCAAAUGGUCAGAGGAGGGAAAGCAGAUGUAACGGCCCAUUCUGAGAAAGCAGAGAAGUAAAGUUACAUAACAGGGAAAACUGUAAUAUUCUUUACCUUAGAAAUAGGGAGGCCUGAUUUCUGUUACCAUAAAGCCCACAAGAAGAGGUUUUACCUGGUUGGGAAACAGGUUUUAAUAAACAAUGAUCCCUUUCUAUGACCAAUGCAUUAUACUGGAUAGACAUCAGUCAGUCAUAUAAGUGUCUAUGGAUUAUCUCUGUUAUGUAUCCAGUGGGGGUUGCUGCUGCUCUCAAUACACCUUGAGGUGAGACUUUAACUCCCACAUUCCCAGGGCUGCAACAUUCUACACAUAAGGUCCGGGAAAAGAUUGUAUUUCUUGCAGCAUUGAUUCAUCAAUACAGACUGAAUCAAGAAAUAACAAGCAGAUAACGCUGCCUGGGUAUAGGUGCUUGUUUGACCCAGCUAUCACUCCCAAAUGUCACCUAGUUUACAAGUUAGUGUGAAAAAAAAACAAAACGGGAAACUGCAGCGUUGUUUCAUUCAUUAUAUUCUAACAACUUCCACGUGAUCUGCCGUGAUCCCUGUAUGUCAGUCCUACUGGGAGUAAUUUCUCUUCUCAGAGAGAAAGAUACCAUGAAUAUUAUCCUAUGUACAGUAUGUUUCCUUUGUUAUCCCAGCGGGACAUAAUAGACUCUUGUCACAUUAACAUUUGAGUGUAUAAUCACCACAGAUCUCUCAGAAUGGGUACUCAGGUUUGACCUAUGAAUGGAGCUCUGGGCCAUGGCUUGUCGAUUGUCCUCAUACUUGUCGCCUCUGGUUGAGUUGAGUUGACAUUUUCUGCCAUAAUGUCACAUCCAAAUGGAGCCUUGAGGGAAAAAUGCUGCAGCACAUCGCCACAGGACAAAGUCGGGCCUCUUUCAUUAGAAAUGCACCGAGCGGUGGACGUGAAACUCCUGAUGGAGGGACAAUAGGGUGACCUUCCGUAUCAGAUCAUGACAUCUCUCCAAUCCAGACAACCAAUUCCCAUCAUCCCCCUUUUCCACGACCCAUUGAAGCGGGGUAUGGUCCUAAAACGGCCAUUCGACCUCUUUGUUCUGCAAUAAUUAACUACUGCAGAGGUAACAACCCCCCCUGCCCCCAUAGGUUCAUCAGAGAGCUGCUGUGGUGAUGUCUCUCUGUGAGCCAGUGUUGCCAAAAACAGGUAGAUAAAAGUCUGCUGGGAGCUGAUUACCGCCUGUGGUUAAUACAGCCGCGAAUGACUUUACCAUUAAGAGCAUGUGUGCACCCAGCAGAGACACCGACCUGAUUUCUGGCAGAGGAAUUAAACGGCUGUUUGCCCGGCCAGGCACGACCAGCUGAUGAACCACUGGGUAUUGAAGCAUGCUGAUGAGUCCCAUCCAAACAGAGGGAUGACUAUGCUGAUGAAAGUCUGCUUUUUCUGUGAUUUAGAAAGAAAAAGAGACUGGAUGAACAGUUCGACUUUCUGUAGGAAUCAGUUAUCAUCUCGUCUCUCAAACAGCAGCCUGAUAGAGCAAAGCACAUAAACUGAGACCAGCAAAAACUUGGUCAAAAUUGUGAAGCCCAAAUCCACAUCCCUCUCAUUUUUGUGCUCUAACUGGCAAUUUCCACUGCAUGCGUAAUGGCUACGAAAAGGCCAUAUCCGCCGAUGGUAACUGAUCGUAACCAUUCAAGUCAAUGUGUCAAUUUCCACCGGCUUCUUUCCUUUUGCUGCUUAUCCCAAGAGUUCUAUUUUUUCCAGACGCCGGAGCAUGCCGGAUAAAUUCAGCACAGAUUAACCCGUGCUAAAAAGGAAGUUGGGCACAGACACAAAAUAAAACAUCCAGCUUCUUUUCAAAAUAAAACCUUCCAUGUUUCAGGCGGAUCGUAUUUCACACCAUGCAAAAAGGGCAGGGACGAACAAGUAAAAGGUUUAUAGACAGCAUUUCACCCUGAUGACACCACAGAUGAGGAGAUGCUGAUUUUAUAAGUCUAGAAGUAGAUUUCCUCUUCUGGAAGGACACAAUCUACAGCUUAUAAAGUUAGCCUGUGUGGCUAAAGACAACUUGAUAUCGCGCGAUUGCACAUGAAUCCACGGGUUCUUGUGAGUUCUUGCGAUUCCUGCUGUCUGUAAUCUGCUUCGAAAUUCACCUCACAAACGGAUCUGGUAGGAAUUAGCGUACGGCAAAAAUCGCUGCCGUUCCGGACCGGAGUCAUUCCGGAUGCGGUGGAAAUCCCGGGUAAGGGAUGCACAGCUGCACUAAAACUGAAUGUUUCUAUUGAUACAGGGGAACUAAAGACGCAACUCCUCUGCAUACAGCUUGGCACAGUAUGGUGCUGAUCUAAGUAUGUAAAAGACAAGGACCUCCCUGUGACUUCCUCUUCUCUCACUAGCUUCACCUUAGGCCCGUGCAGGCAAAACACUCCCAAGAGUGUCAUUGUGCAGGCCAAACACUCCCAAGAGUGUCAUUAAGCGCUCCAUCAUGCGCACUCUUGAACGGACACUGUCCUUUUACCUAAAAGCUUUAGGUACAACUUUUUUGGUCUUAUUCUCGAUUGGGGAAAAAAUCCUUACAGUGGCACACUAGCUUACACCAGGAAUAGGAGUGUGCUUGGAUAUUUGAGGAUAUGUUAAAACCACCGACAGAAGUAUGAUGUACAAUCUUGAGGAAAUGUGUUGAAGUAAAGAUUUACUCUACAACCAAUCACUGCAUGCUCUUAAAUCUGCUUCAACUGUGUAAAUAACCUCCUAGUCUUCUCAUGUACCGCUGAUAACCUUUGUCUCUUGCUCUCAGGUGACAAGGACAUCGAUGAGUAUUACACCAGGAAGCAUCUCCACCCAGAUUUUGGCGGUAGAGGGCCCACCCACAUGGUGAAGCUGAAUGCAGAUCAUCAGCAGCACCAGCAGAGGCAGCGUCCCCGCCGAGUCCAGAGGGCCAUGUCCCAGGACCACGUCUUGUCUCCUCCCAGGACGCCACGCCGCGGAGAUUAUGGCCUAUCAUCGUACGGUGUAAUGGCAGCUGCAGCAUACAGCAGCAGCCGCCACCUCUCAGAUGAGCAGCUCCUGUCAGCUGAUCGCCUCCACUCCCAGGAUCCUUUGCUGUCCCCUGCAAUGAGGCGCGACAAGUUCCGGGAGAAAGCGAUGGCACGGGCCAUGUCUCACGCUGACAUGCUGAUGCCCAUAACACCAGUCAUGGACCGCCACAAGAUGACCAAGAUGCACUCCCAGCCCACUGCCUCUAACGACUCCUACAACACGCUGACGGUCAACCACCAAGGAACCACGUCCAAGAGGCAGGCGUUCGCCUCCCGACGGACUCACACCGUGGACCACCUACAGUACAUUCCCGGCCACCACCACACAUACCGCACUGCCAGUAAGAACGAGGUUACUGUUUAACCUCAGAGCUGCAGGAUCACGAGACUCAACACGGACGUGGACAGAGUCAGCGAGUCUCCUGGGCAGAGGCGGCGUCUUCUUCUUACAGUAACUUCCUGCUUUUUAGCACAAGCUUCCAGGUUUGGGUAACUAGAUUCAACCCGGCAAAGACUCAUCUCUCUUAGAGCAUCUUAAGGGCUUAGCGUGUUGACACAAAGAGAGAUCCUUCCUGUCAGACAUGUCACAAUGUGAAGAAAAUAUUUUUUAAACUGGACAUGGGACUGAAGGGGAAAUCUAUCGACUUUAUAAAUAUAUAAAUAUAUUAUAUUUACAACUUGUAUUUUCAGUCCUUGUUAUAGCUUUAGAGAUUCUCAUUGACUGAUGUAAGCACUUCGAGUAGUGCCUCUUGAAAUCGUCCCAUUUCUAUGACGAAGUGGAUUUGUGGGUUAAAAAGCACAAUUUAUGAAGUCCCAUUUUUGUUAUAUUUGAUUUUACUCUUCUUCUUUGGUAAACGGCCAGAACAUAUCAGCUUCUUAGUAUAAAACAGGCUGUUUCUGUUGCAUACAGUAGAUGAUUGUAAAUAGGCUUUAUUAGGAGCAUUUAAAGACAAAAAGCUGGCCUCGGCAUCGUGUUAUGGUUUGAUUUCCUCCCACGUGGAAUCUAUCAUGGAUUCCCAAUUAAUAAUUUUAGUUUAGAUAAGGCAAAAAUCCCAUGUUAAUAUUAUUUCCACAGAUGUCUGCAAAAUAUGUGGAUGUAAUAUGUAUACAGGGAGUAUAUUUUUUCUUUUUUUUUUUCUUUUUUUUUUACUGUGCUUGUAGCAUAGAUUGAUUGUGUAUGAAACAAGCUUUUACCAGUGUCGAUUGGCAGCUUCAGGUGCAAACUCACAGGAGAAAAAAAGGAGCCUGAGGGCUGUUUUAGCUUAAUUUACAUUCAUAUAUAUCCCUGCUUGGUCAUCAACUCCACCAAACCAACAGGAAGCAUGUCAGUCAUGAUUAGAUUGAUUGGAUAGUCUGCAAAUCCUUAUUUAAAAUCAGUCCUCAAUCUGCAGCCAGGUCCCUCAUUAUUGCUGUGGUCACAUCCUUUACGUGGCCAGUAAAUUCCAUAUUUCUAUCAUGGAAAACAACAUACAAGUGAGUAAGCAAUGGUCAUGUUUUAGCCUCAUGCUCUGUACUUAUCACAGGCCAUCUCUGUGUAGUCAGCUCCAGUUUUUUUUAUUUUAUUGCAAAGAUUAAAGCUGUCACCAUCUCCACUCUCUGUUGCCCAGAGCUGCUCUGUGCACUCUAAUCCUGACAGCACUGAACUGUAUCUGCUUAUAUGAUGAGCUGAAGGAGAAGGAAAGUCUUUACCAUUUUUCUCCCUGUGGAGUCCUGGAACAAGCUAGCACAGAAGAAGAGUGUUUGGGAAAAAUAGGCUUAAAUCAAUAUCGCGUUGUGCAUAAUUGCACGGUCAGUAGCACUAUUUGGGGUAGUCUAAAUAGGUCUGACUGUAAGACCAUUGUCAGCUGAUUUAUAAAGGUUUGGCAAUCUUACCUAAAACAGUAAAAUGACCAUGCCUCCUAUCUCAUGACAGUCUUAAGACAACACCCCAGAUAUGUGAUGGCCCCCUCAUCUGGUUUACUGUCCUCAGGGCUCACUUCCUGAUCUCUACUGCCACCCUUAUCUUAGACUGGUAUCUGGUAGUCUCUGAGUGGGUGACCUUGUCCUUCUCCCAGUGGUCUAGUUACAAAGGAGUCUUAACUUUGAUUAGACCGCUGUUUAUCAAAAAUACUAAUGUCAUACUCAUAUUUACAGUCUUUAAGAUAUUCUAUUCCUGGUUCAACCAAGAAAGGAAUUGCUGUUUUUAUUACUGCAGAGUUUAAGCGUGAUGAUGCUUAUACUUGAGUGCAUUUGGUUAAUUCCAUCCUAACUUUCCCACCAGGAUUAGUACGUUCUGUUCAAAGGUUACCAAGGGUCAAAUGUAAUUUAUCUGCAUUCCCGAUAUUUUGCACACAAGGCUAGAAACACCAAAUUUGGCAAAUUCAUGAAGGCAAACAUGCACAAUGGACAAUGUGGGUUAUCUUGGACAUUUGAAUGAUGCAUUAGUAUCUCAGUUUCUACUUUUGCAGGUGAUAUCAAUCCUUUACUUUGGUAAAUCAGGUCCCAUUGUGUUUUAUUUUGAAAUUGAUCAGAUGGUUUAGGUCAUUACCAUGUUUGACUUCCCAUUCAGGUCGAUUCUACAGUGUGCAGGGUGCAGGUGCAGUUAAAAAUAGGCUUUAGUAGAAGGGGACAUGCUUCCUGUGGGUUUUCGGGUGAAGAAGAUGACCCUCCCCAACUCCGCCCACCCUUCUUGGGUAGUGAUUGGCCAGCUGCUUCCAUCUCUUCAUAUCAGGUACUCUGUGUAGGAGCUGAAGAGCGCGUAGGUUGAGUCGUACUUUGGUGUUAUUGUCGUGUUGACUGAAACAAUCAGUAAAAAGGACGUCCAGCGUUAAAUAAUACUGUGAAAUGUUGGUUAGAUGUUUCAUUAAAGCAAUGCCUUAUUGUAUGAAUCCCAUGUGCUCUUAAUUGAACAAUCACGCUUUUGUCAUGUGUCUUUGUCAAUGCUUUUUUGUGCAAUGUUAUCAAGUACAAUUUACUAGCAGAACCAGCAGGAAAGACUCAAUCAGAUGUAGUUUUAGCAGUUAAUUUACCCAGAUGGACCAAUUCAAUCAAAGAAGUUCAAUCCAAUGUAAAGACGUUUUGGCACCUCGUCCAGACAAGUCUGUAUCAGUAAACUUUCCCGGGUAAAAUCAUUACAGUCCCAAGUCUGGACAUGUGAAGCCUAAGCUAGUAUCAUCAAGUCAAGAUGGAUUGAAUCAAGUCUUUAAAGAGACUGUUUUGAGUUCUAAAGGUCUGAAAGUUCUCUUGAACAUGAAGAGACGUCAACCAAAAAUACAGAAGCCCUCACAAUAUGUUGAUCUUUUAAUCACACAGCCUGAAGGUUAGAAAUCAGUUUUAAGUAUGUUUUUAUUUGCAUUUCUGGAGACUUGUACUCUCUCUUCACAAAUCGCCCGAGUCUAAAAUGUUAAUCUCACUUACAUCUAACAAUAAUCGGAUUACAACCUCACUUUAAUUCAAACAUAACAUCAGGAAUAUCGAUGUUAUUGUCCUUUUCUUGGAGCUCUACGCUUCUUUAUACAAUGACUUGAAUAUCCAUUGCAGAAGGGCAAUGUUUCUUUACACAUAAAACGUUUUCUAUGUUAGAAUAAGCUUAAGUCUUUACAAUCAGUCUUACUUUUUAUUCAAAUUCAAGGUUAUGACCUUGUAGGAAGGUAUAAAGUCGAAUAAAUGGUUUUAGCACCCAUUUUCUUUGACCUUUUUUAAAAAUUUGAUGGGCUACUUUCCUUUUUCUGCUGGAUCUGCAUUAAAUGAUGUCAAUUAGAGAUUGUCCUUUUUUUCCUAUAAUCACGGUCUUUGUGUAUAUAAUGUGAUUUUUGGGGGGAGUUUUCACAGGUAAUGAUGAAUAUUUUAAAGCUUUGGGUAAGAGGGUUGUUAAAUGUGCAGCAGGCCGCUUCAGACAGAUAUCUGUACCCCUUCACUUCACUCAAAUAAACUCACAAAUGUCUUUUUCUUUUCACUUUAUUAAUAAUGAUGUCAUCCUGAGAGCCUUUUGAUCUAUGUGCAAUAUUUCCUCCUCAUGCACCAUAACUCUAUAUCCACAUAUUCAUUUUAAAAUGUUUGCUGCCAUAAAGGCUGUGUUGUCCUUAAAGAGUUGUGCUCUUUGAUAAUAAAGAGGAGUUUGUUUUAUUCACAGCUAAAUGUGAUAUGAAUGGAUCAGGUGUCGGUGUAUCUGCACAAGAAGUGGAGAGUAAUUUAAAAGCUUGAAAUCAACAAAUAUGACUGUUCUUGUUCAUUUUCUGUUUGUUUACAGCAUAUUAAAGCACAUCACAUGUGUUGUCUACAUUA